CGUACGCCAGCAGCCACUCCCUCACGCACCAACAAAAAACAGACUUCAUAAGUGUCCAUCCCUCCCAGGAUCCCCUGCGGCUCCGACCAAUCAGAGGCCUCUCCCUGCAUGAUGUCAGUGGCGUAUAAAGCCCCCGGCGGUCGGUGGGCAGCCCUGAGCAGAGUCAGCGUUCCCAGCCCGGACGCCUCGGCUGGAGGGACUGCUGUCAGGAGGAAAAACAGAACUACACGGCGCCGGCCUGUAGUUUUGUUUUUUUCUGAGGGCUUCCUGCGCCGCUCAGCUGCUCUACUGGACUUUCCGACCUGUUUCUGGACAAAGAUUUUAGAUUUCCUACACCGCGCCCUGCCGUGGGCCCCCCAGGCAUCCUUGUGCUGACAGGGUGCCGACCGUGAUGUCAACACAAGCGCCAACGUUUACUCAGCCGCUGCAGAGCGUCGUGGCACUGGAGGGUAGUGCCGCUUCGUUCGAGGCUCAAGUUAGUGGUUUUCCAGUUCCUGAGGUGAGCUGGUUCCGUGAUGGCCAGGUUCUUUCCGCCGCAGCUCUGCCCGGCGUCCAGAUCUCGUUCAGCGAUGGCCGCGCUGUUCUGAGCAUCCCCGCUGUGACCGCCGCACACAGCGGACGCUUUUCUGUCAGAGCCACCAACGGCGCUGGACAAGCCACGAGCACCGCCGAGCUCCUGGUUACAGCCGAGACGGCACCGCCAACCUUCAUUCAGAGACUCCAGAGCUCCACGGUGAGGCAGGGCAGCCAGGUGAGGCUGAGCGUGAGAGUCUCUGGCAUCCCCACACCUGUGGUGAAGUUCUACAGGGAGGGAGCCGAGAUCCAGAGCUCCACCGACUUCCAGAUCCUGCAGGACGGAGACCUGUACAGUCUGAUGAUCGCUGAGGCCUUCCCAGAGGAUUCUGGGGCGUAUUCUGUGACAGCCACCAAUAGCAGCGGGCGGGCCACAUCCACCUGCGAGCUGCUGGUUCAAGGUGAAGAAGCAGUUCCCAUUAAGAAAACAAAGACGAUCAUGUCCACAUCCCAGAUGGAGAUGUCUGGAACUACAGUGGAGAGGAAAUCCAUGGAGGCCAGUUUCCAGGCCACCACCAUGAUGGAGAUGCACGUUGAAGGAGGAAUCAUGACUCAACACAUUGCUCACAAAACCCCACCGAGGGUCCCACCGAAACCCACAUCCAGGUCUCCGCCGUCCUUCGUCUCCAAAGUAACAGGAGGUCGCCAGCAGUCACCUUCACCCGUUAGACAUGUGAAGGGGCCAACACCCGCACCUGUCAGACCCGUCUCUCCCUCCAGCAGGAUGUCCAUCUCUCCCAUCCGACCUGUCCGGUCUCCUGUGAUGACCAGAAAACAGGUAUCUGGCUCCACUGAGGUUCUGCCGCCUUGGAAACAGGGAGAUUACAUGACUGAAGGCUACACCAGCGUGACCAGUAUGAGUAGCAUUAGCAGCUCCACACAGCUGCACAUGGAAAAACAGUGGGAGCAUCAGGUGGCUGCCAGCAGAGAGACUGAAGGGGAGAAAAAAGCCGAGGCGGUCGCCACUGUGUUGGCCGCCGUUGACCUUGCUCGUGUUCGCCAGCCCAUUCAUGAGGAGGGUGUCUGGGCUGGAGAGGAGGAAGAAGAAGAGGAGGUUCUCGAGGUGAAGCAGAAGGCAGCAGUGAUAACAGACAAACAGGUUGUUGCUGCAAACACCAAAGAGCAACGACGAGUCCAGAUCCAGGAGGUCCAGCAGAUCCAUCAGAUUCAGAGAACAGCCGAGGUCUCCUCCCACGUGGACACUGACGUCGCUACAUCCACAGUCCCGCAUUUCACGGUUUCUAAAGUUUCCGUUCCUAAACACGAACCAAGCCGGGAGGUGUCCAUCACCGGCUCAGCCAUCGCUGCUCUGCACAAAGAGCUGGCCUCCCCCUCUGCCACCAGGAAGAUCAUCAAACCAGUCAAGUCUCCUAGUCCAUCUCGCAGGUCGGUGGUGGAGGCCAGAGUGAUGCUGGACCCCCUUCCACCGCCGUUUAAGGACAUCAGAUAUCAGAGGCAGUUUGAGGGCGGGGCUUAUGCAGUGAGUGAGGAGGAGUUUGAGGACUGGGAGCCUCAGGAGGCGGUCGCUGUGCCAAUGAGAACCCAAGAACCUGCAGUCCCUCCCACUAUCAUGGCAGGCCUGAAGAACCUGACAGUGACAGAGGGCGAGUCGGUGACCCUGGAGUGUCAGAUCAACGGUCAGCCCGCUCCCGUCAUCAUGUGGUUCAGAGAGGACUACAAAAUCGAGAGUUCAAUCGACUUCCAGAUCAGUUAUGAGAAUGGUGUCGCCCGGAUGAUGAUCCGCGAGGCGUUUGCCGAAGACAGCGGUCGCUUCACUUGCACCGCCACUAACGAGGCCGGAACCAUCAGCACCUCCUGCUACCUGCUCGUUAAAGUUUCAGAGGAAAUAGAGAGCAGAGAGGAGAUGGUGACUGUCACAGAAACUGGGCUUACGCAAGCCAAAACCGUUGCUGUUGAGAUGAGGGAGCAGGCAGAGAUCAGCACAGGAGAAUCUGCUGCCCCCUUCUUUAUUAAGAAACCCACUCCACAGAAGCUGGUGGAGGGAGGAAGUGUUGUGUUUGAGUGUCAGAUUGCAGGAAACCCAAGACCUCACAUCAUUUGGAAGAAGAGCGGCGUUCCGCUCACCACUGGAUACAGAUACAAAGUUGCCUACAAAAAGGAGACCGGAGAAUGCCGACUGGAGAUCUCAAUGACCUUCGCUGAUGAUGCAGGAGAAUACUCCGUCUUUGCUAAGAAUCCUCUCGGAGAAGCGUCAGCCACUGCCAUCCUGCUGGAUGAAGAACAAUAUGAAGCCUACAUGAAGCAGCAAGAUGUGACAUAUAAAACCGAAGUGACAACGACUGUGGUCCAGGAGCCCCAGCCAGUCGUAGCUCAGUAUGAGUUUGAACAAAGGAGGGUGACGACCCCCAUGAGCUUCGUCUCAGAAACGGAGUUCAUGAUUUCAGCCUUUGAGGAGAGAAUCAUCCAGGAGAUUGAGAUCCGUAUCUUGAGGAUCACCUACAGAGAGUUGGUGACUGAGGACGGAGAGCUGAUGGUGACUGUCGCAGAAGAAGAGGCGCUGCAGCCUGCCUUUGAGACGCCAGUGAAAAACUACCGGAUCAUGGAGGGAAUGGGCGUCACUUUCCACUGCAGGAUGUCUGGCACGCCGCUGCCUAAGAUUGUUUGGUACAAAGACGGCCAGCGCAUCAGGCCCGGCGGCCGGUACCAGAUGGAGGUCCUUCAGGAUGGACGAGCUAGCCUCCGUCUGUCUGUGGUUCAACCAGAGGAUGAAGGAGUGUACACUGCCUUCGCCUCCAACAUGAAGGGAAAUGCUGUCAGCUCAGGGAAGCUCUACGUGGAGCCCUCUGGAGGUGUAACCCCUCCCAGUUACACACCACAGCCAUCAAUGCAGAGAAUCAGAUCCACAUCUCCUCGCUCUCUGAGCCGCUCUCCUGGCCGUUCAUCCAGCCGUUCACCUGGACGUUCCCCAGCUCGCCGCCUCGAAGAGACUGAUGAAAUUCACCUGGAAAGACUUUACAAACCCGUGUUCGUCAUGAAGCCCUCCUCUAUCAAAUGUGCAGAGGGCCAAACUGCCAGAUUUGACUUAAAGGUUGUAGGCAGGCCAAUGCCUGAAACCUACUGGUUCCACAAUGGACAACAAAUUGUCAACGACUUCACACACAAGAUAGUAAUUAAGGAGGACGGCACUCAGUCCCUGAUUAUUGUCCCAGCUGUGCCAAAAGACUCUGGAGAAUGGACCGUCGUUGCUCAGAACCGAGCUGGACGAACAUCUGUUGCCGUUAAUCUCUCUGUUGAAGCCAGAGAAAGUGUGUCCAGACCUCAAUUUAUUGAAAAACUGAAGAACAUCACCGUGAAGCAGGGCACAUUAGUGGAACUGGCUGUCAAAGCCAUCGGAAACCCCCUGCCAGAUAUUGUUUGGCUGAAAAACAGCGACAUCAUUACUCCAUCAAAGCACCCACACAUAAGGAUUGAAGGAACCAAAGGAGAGGCCAAAUUCCAGAUUCCUUCAUCUGCUGGCUCAGACAGUGCCUGGUACACCGCCACAGCCAUCAACAAGGCUGGCAGAGACACCACCCGCUGCAGAGUCAAUGUGGAGGUAGAUCACUCUGCCCCGCAAGCUGAAAGGAAGCUCAUUAUUCCCAAAGGAACCUACAAAGCCAAAGAGAUUGCCGCUCCAGAGCUGGAGCCUCUCCACCUCCGUUAUGGCCAAGAGCAGUGGGAGGAAGGCGACCUUUAUGACAAGGAGAAACAGCAGAAACCAUUGUUUAAGAAGAAGCUCACCUCCAUCAGGAUGAAGCGUUUUGGUCCAGCUCACUUUGAGUGCAGGCUGACUCCAAUUGGAGAUCCCACCAUGGUGGUGGAGUGGCUGCAUGAUGGCAAGCCUCUGGCUGCUGCUAACAGGCUGCGUAUGGUCAAUGAGUUUGGCUACUGCAGCCUGGACUAUGAGGUUGCUUAUGCAAGAGACAGUGGUGUGAUCACCUGCAGAGCAACCAACAAGUUUGGAGUCGACCAGACCUCGGCUACCCUGAUCGUCAAGGACGAGAAGGGCCUUGUUGAGGAAUCUCAGCUUCCGGAAGGCAGGAAGGGAGCUUAUCGAAUGGAUGAGAUUGAGCGUAUUGCUCAUGAGGGAGGACCUGCAGGAGUCAGCCUUGAUGACGAAUCCGAAAAGACAAAACCUGAAAUUGUCCUGCUUCCAGAACCAGCCAGGGUACUGGAAGGAGACAUUGCUCGGUUCCGCUGCAGAGUGACUGGCUACCCUGCUCCAAAGGUUAAUUGGUACCUCAACGGACAACUCAUCCGCAAAAGCAAGAGAUACAGACUUCGUUACGAUGGUAUUUACUACCUGGAGAUCGUUGACAUCAAGUCGUACGACUCCGGUGAAGUCAGAGUGGUUGCAGACAAUCCUUUAGGCACAACUGAACACACUGUGAAGCUGGAGAUCCAACAGAGAGAGGACUUUAGAGCAGUGCUGCGUCGUGCUCCAGAGCCCAAAGCUGCUGAGGUCCCACAUGAAUCUGGCAAAAUCGGAUUUGACAUCGUCAAGGUGGACAGACCUGGUGAGGUCCCACAGGACAGGGAAGUAGUUAAGCUGCGUAAGGCGCAGAGAAUCGUUCAUGAGAAAACCUCUGAGGAGUCUGAGGAGCUGAAGAGCAAAUUCAAGCGCAGAACAGAGGAGGGCUUCUAUGAGUCUAUCUCUGCAGUAGAAUUCAAAUCUCGCAAGAGGGAUGACUCCUAUGAAGACUUACUAAAAAAGACUAAAGACGAGCUACUUCAUCACAUGAAGGAGAUGGAAGAAGCUGAAAGGAGGAAGAUGGAAGAGCAAGGCAAAAUCACCAUCCCCACAAUCAAACCAGAGAGGAUCCAGCUGUCACCCAGCAUGGAAGCCCCACAUAUCCUCGAACGUAUUGGAAGCAAGACUGUUUCUCCAAAGGACGAGGUUCGUUUCAGAGUCAGAGUUGUCGGUAGACCAGAACCUGAGUGCCAGUGGUUCAAGAAUGGCAUUCUUCUGGAAAAAUCUGACCGUAUUUACUGGUACUGGCCUGAGGACCAUGUGUGUGAACUGGUGAUUAGAGAUGUCACAGUAGAGGACUCUGCUAGCAUGAUGGUUAAGGCCAUCAAUGUCGCUGGAGAGUCGUCAAGCCAUGCCUUCCUUCUUGUACAAGCCAAGGCAGCCAUUAAUUUCACCCAAAACCUGGCUGAUGUCAGUGCAAAUGAGAAGGACACCAUGGUGACCUUUGAAUGUGAAACCAACGAACCAUUUGUCAAGGUCAAAUGGCUAAAGAAUAAUGUUGAGAUUUUCUCAGGAGACAAAUACAGGAUGCACUCUGACAGAAAGGUCCACUUCCUGUCUGUGCUGAUGAUUGCAAUGAGUGAUGACGCAGAAUACUCAUGUAUGGUCAUAGAUGACGAGAACAUCAGGACUAAUGCCAGGCUCCAUGUAGAAGGUGCCGCCCUGGAGCUGAACAAACAUUUGGAAAACAUUGAAGUACCAGAGAGCUACGCUGGAGAGUUUGAGGUUGAGGUUUCUCGCGAAGAUGCUGAGGGAAAAUGGUUCUUUGGUGAGAAGGAGCUCUCUCCCAGCAGUAAAUACGUCAUAUCCUCCCGCCGAGGACGGCACACCCUGGCUGUCAAGGACGUCAGGAAGGACGACCAGGGGAAGUACACCUUUGUUUGUGGAGAUCUGAAGACCAGCGCCUCACUAAAAAUGAAAUUGCGACCCGUGACUCUAAUGCAGCCGCUGACUGACCUUACUAUCUGUGAGGGUGACAUUGCUCAGCUGGAGGUCAGGUUCUCCCAGGAGAAUGUUGAAGGUACCUGGCUGAAAAACGGCCAGGCAAUCUCUGCCUCAGACCGCGUCCACAUCGUCAUCGACAAACAGGUUCACAAACUGCUAGUGGAGAACGUCAGCAGAGAAGACACUGCAUCCUACUCAUUUGUAGUUCCAACUCAUGAAAUCUCCACCUCAGGCAAACUCAAUGUGCAAACUAUCGACAUCGUGGUGCCACUGAAGGACGUGUCAUCCACCGAAGGUACAAAGGCGGUCCUUGAGUCCAAGAUCUCAGCUCAGGACAUCAGCUCUAUCAAAUGGUACCACAACGACAAGCUGCUGAUCCCAGAUGACCGAGUCCAGGCUGUGGCAAAGGGCACCAAGCAGCGACUUGCCUUCACCAGGACCUUUGCUUCAGACGAAGGACGUUACAAACUGGUGGUCGGCAAGGUUGAAACCAGCUGCAACCUGACUGUUGAACAGGUCCAUAUCGUGAAGCACAUGGAGGACAAAGUGUGUUCAGAGUCCCAGAACGUUACCUUCAAUGUUGAGGUUUCACAUCCUGGAAUCGACCCACUCUGGACCUUCAGGAACCAGCAGCUCAAGGCUGGACCUAAAUACAAGAUGGAGUCCAAGGGAACGGCUCACUCUCUGAUUGUGUUAGACACCAUGAAAGAUGAAGAGGGCCAGUACAUGUUCCACGCUGGGGAGAAGACAUCCAGCGCUCAGCUCACUGUUUCUGGUGGCGCCAUCACACGGCCUCUGCAGGAUGUGACGGUGGCCGAGUCUCAGACCUCUGAGUUCGAGUGCGAAGUUGCCAACGCUGAAGCUGAAGGCAAGUGGCUUAAGGACGGUCAGCUCGUCAACUUCAACGAGAACGUUGUGAGCGAGGUGAACGGGUCUGUCAGACGUCUCGUCAUCGUCAUCACCAGGCCACAGGAUGUCGGAGAGUACACCUACCAGGUGGCCAGCUCCAAAACCAGCGCAAACCUCAAGGUGGAAGCUGUGAAGAUCAAGAAGACUUUGAGAAACCAAACAGUAACGGAGACCCAGGAGGCCAUGUUCUCACUGGAACUCACCCACCCAGACGUGAAAGGAGCCCAGUGGAUCAGGAACGGAGUCGAACUGCAGAACAGCGACAAGUUUGAGAUUAUCUCAGAAGGAACAAUCCAGACUCUAAAGGUGAAGGAGUGCAACACACAAGAUGAGACGGUUUAUUCCUUCAAGCUGGGGAAACUGUCCGCCACUGCCAGACUCAAUGUAGAGACAAUCAAGAUUGUCAAGAAGAUUAAAGACGUGAAAUCCCUGUUGGAUGGCACUGCCUCCUUUGAGUUGAGUCUGUCGCACGACAAUGUCCCCGUCAGGUGGAUGUUCAAAGGCGUCGAGCUGAAGGCAAGCGAGAAAUGCAAGAUUCUGUCGGAGAGGAAAGCUCACAAACUGAUCCUGCAGAACGUCGACAGCAGCAACGCAGGAGAGUACACGGCCGUGAUCGGACACCUGCACUGCAGCGCCAUGCUUACUGUAGAGGCUCUUUGUGUCACCAAACCAAUGAAGAGUGUGGAGGUCCCUGAGACCCAGGUGGCCACGUUUGAGUGCGAAGUUUCUCACUUCAACGUGCCGUCCACCUGGCUCAAAGACGGCGUGGAGAUUGAGAUGAGUGAGAAGUUCAGGAUCGUAGUUCAGGGGAAACUUCACCAACUGAAGAUCAUGAACACCAGCAGGGAAGACUCUGCAGAGUACACCUUCAUCUGCGGGAACGACAGAGUGUCAGCGACGCUUACCGUCAACCCUGUCCUGAUCACCUCCAUGCUAAAUGACCUGAACGCUCAGGAGAGAGACACCAUCACCUUUGAAGUCACCGUAAACUAUGAGGGCAUCACCUACAAAUGGCUGAAGAACGGCAUAGAGGUCAAAUCAUCAGAAAGAUGUCAAGUCCGCAGCCGGCAGCUGACACAUUCACUCACUAUCCGAAAUGUUCACUUUGGAGAUGGAGGAGAAUAUCAGUUUGUAGCAGGCUCUGCUGCUAGUGCCGCUAACCUCUUUGUCGAAGCUCGUGUGAUUGAGUUCACCAAGAAGAUUAAAGACAUAAAGAUAACCGAGAAGAAAAAGGCAAUGUUUGAGUGUGAAGUUUCUGAGCCGAACAUCCAGGUGAUGUGGAUGAAGGACGGCCAGGAGUUGGACUUAACUGAGGAAAGGUAUGUAGUGACAGCCGAGAAGUUUGUCCAUCGUCUGAUGAUCCAGACGGUUCGUAUGUCAGAUGCUGGAGAGUAUUCAGUCGUGGCUGGAUCCAGCGUCUCCAAGGCCCAACUGAUCGUAGAGGGACGUGACGUCCGGAUCGCUGAACCUGCAGAGCGCGAAAUCAUGGUUCUUGAGAAACACAGAGCAACCUUCGAGUUUGAGGUCAACGAGGACGACAUUGAAGGACGUUGGCUCAGGAACGGCGUGGAGAUCCAGUUCUCUGUGGAGGAAAGGUUCAGCUAUGUUGCCAUCAGGAAGCUGCACCGCCUCACCAUCUCUGAGACCUACAGGAGUGAUGCUGGAGAAUAUACUUUCAUCGCCGGAAAGAACAGGAGCACCAUGCACCUAAGAGUCAACAUCCCGGAGCCUCCUCAGAUCCUCCGUCACAUGGAGCCCCAGUCAGUCGAGGCAGGAAAGCCGGCUCGCUUCUCCGUUCAGGUGAGCGGCGUUCCUCCACCGCAGGUCUCCUGGUACAAAAACUCCCAGGCUUUGUCGCCGGGCUUCAAGUGCAAGUUCCUUCACGACGGCAAUGAGCACACGCUGCUUCUGAUCGAAGUAUUCCCCGAGGACGCCGCCAUCUACAACUGCGAGGCGAAGAACGACUAUGGCACGGCCACCAGCACUGCCACGCUCAAUGUGGAAGUGUCAGAGGUGGUCUCUCCAGACUCUGCCGCCCCCAUCGCUCCACCCGUCAUCAUCUCACCCAUCUCCAACACCUCAGCCAGAGAGGGAGAAUCCGCUUACUUCCAGUGCAGAGUCCGAGGAGACGAUGUGAAGAUCAGCUGGUUCCACAAGGAGAAGGAAAUCAAGCAGUCAGACUUCUUCAGGAUGUCUCAGUUUGACGACAGCUGUCAGCUGGAAAUCUCCAGAGUUUACCCAGAGGAUGAGGGGGAAUACACCUGCGUGGCCACAAACAACGCCGGGAAAGUGUCCUGCUCUGCCACUCUCACACUGGACGGGCAAAUUCAAACAGUGAGCAGUUCUACCGAGCCUCAGUGGCACGUCUCCAGCCUAAAGAAACCGUCAGUUGGCCAAAAGCCAAUUUUCAUCCAAGCAAUCACAAGCUGCACAGUGACACACGGGGAGGUGGCCCGUUUUCAUGCGUGUGUAUCCGGCCUGCCAAAGCCGGAAAUCAGCUGGCUCCACAACCGGCAGCUGGUCCAUCCUUCCAAAAAUGUGGUGUUCCACUUCGAUGAGGUGACAAACAUUGCCACACUCAUCAUAGUGGACGCCUUCUCUGAGCAUGCAGGGCAGUACACCUGCAGGGCGGUGAAUAACGCCGGGGAGGCUGCAUGCUCGGCCAGCCUCACCGUUAUCAGAGAGGAAGAAGUGACUCUUGUGAGGGAGCAGAUCGAAGCCACAGUUGAAGAAGAAGUUAAAGAGCGUUCUAGCACCACCAUCACCACUGUGGAAGAACGAGAGGAAACCUUCUACACUGGUGUCCAGUUACCACAGAAAUCUAAAACACUUGAACUCAAGCCAGAACCCAAACGUUACUCUUCCACUCUAGAGAAGAAAAAAGAGAAGCCAGUUUUCCUUAGCCAGCUAUGCCCUGCAGCUGUAACCUCAGGGGAAACAGCCAGAUUUACUGUUAAGGUGUCCGGCUUUCCAAAGCCGAUUGUUCAGUGGUCUCACAAUGGUAGGGUGAUAAAAAGCUCCUCUGCGUACAGGCUGGUAGAGGAAAAGGAGGAGUACACAUUGGUGAUCGCCAAAGUUACAUCUGAGUAUGAGGGCGAAUACUCCUGCACUGCCACCAACAGAUUUGGGCAGACAACAUGCACCACAUAUCUAGAAGUGAAAAAGCCUGACAUCAGCCAAGCAGAGAGGUGGGUGGAGAAAAUGUUUAAGGUCACAGGCCAACCACCUACAUUUACUGUUCUGAUCCAACCUGUUAGAUGUUCAGAAGGAGGGGAGGUUUAUUUUAAUUAUAAAACCACAGGAGAUCCAGUUCCUGACGUGAAAUGGUUGAAAGGGGCUUUCCAAAUCCAGCCCAGCAGAAACUGCAUCAUAGUAACCAACCCAGAUGGAUCUGGCCUAAUCAAUAUCAAGAACGUCAAACAGGAAGACAGUGGCCUAUACACUUGUAAAGCCUCCAACCAGUUUGGUGAGGCAACCUGUAGUGCUGAGCUUGUUGUGUUUAGGGAGUCGGUCUCUGUUUCACACAAAGAGGAGCAACUAACCGUGGUUCAGAAAAAAUCCUACAAGGUGUCAGUAUCAGAACAGGCGACAGAGUCUCGUCUGUAUCAGGUCAGCCUUCCAGGCCAGGACAAGACCCGGUCAGAUCAAAUGGUUUACACCAUUGGUACUGAAGACAGGAAGAUCAUUCCUAGUGAGCAGGUGGCCUCGCUUGGGGAGGUUGACAUCUCUGCUGCAACCAUCCAUCGUGAGACACUGACCCAACAGGCAGCUGUGCUUCAGACUCAUGAGAUAGAGGAGAGGGUUUCUGUGGUUCCCACUCACCCACCUCAGGCAUCAGCUGUUCCUGGGAAGCAGCUUCACAUGGCAGCAUUUACAUCCUCUGUAGAAGAGAGUCAGGGUCUCACAGAGCAGCACUGUGACCGCAUUCAGAGUCCUGAGGUCAUUGAACUGCAGCUGGCAAGAGAAAAGCAAUCAAAAUUAAUGUCUGCCAUGGCAGAGGAGGUUAUCCCACUUUCAACAGUCAGCACAGGGCUUCUGCAUGAUAAGCAGCCUGCUAAAGUUAAACCCACCUCUGAACCCAAACACUUGGUCAGCGGGCAUCAGGUGGAGUCGCAACUUUCUAUUGUAAGAGAGCAAUCUGAGGAUAUUCCUGGACAACACCAAGAGAAGAGCUACAGGGUAAAGGAAGGUAUUAAAAUUUUAUAUUCAGCUCAGUCUACAGAGAAACGAGUAAUGGAAGAAGGCCACACAACAGAACUAUCAACAGCAGAAUCUACUGUCAAAUCCACAAUUAAGAAAGAACAGCGUCAGCCCAUUUUAGCCUCAAUCAGUGAGUCCAAACAAACUCUUUCUAAGGAGACAGGGUUCUCGAUGCAGAUGCCUCCUGAAGAAGCAGCUCAGCUUUCUAAAGACAGAAUAAUGAAGGCAGCUUUAAAUGCUGAAGAAAGGCAAAUACUGCAGGCUGAGCUGACUAAAGAACUGCCAUGUCUGGACAGGGCAGUGACUAUUCAGUCAGAUGUAGAAAGUGGGAAGGUACUGCACCUGCAGGUCAUCACAGACCAAGACCUCCUUUCAUCUGAAAAGAGUUUCAGUUCUGAAAAACCAGCACCUGAGCAGGCGGAUACCAGGAAGAGUCCCACCCUGUUGCAAACUGUAAGUCAGGAUGAGCAAAGAACUGUUUUUUGUGAAGACAUAUCAGAGUUUGAAGCUAAGGCCAGCUCGAUAGUGAUUCAACCCCAAAAAGAGGCUCAGACUGUGCUGCAUCUCCAGUCAAUAAUGCCUAUAGAGGUGCUGCCUAAAGAGGGUAUUUUCACAGAUGAAAAGCCUGAUGAACAAGUAGCAACACAGAAGCACGAAAAAUCAAGGAGCCAUGCGGCUGUCUCAGAAGAAAGACGAGAACUCACAGCAGAUUACCAUGCAGAGCUAGAUUUGUCAGUGACCGGGGUUCAGUCUAACAUUCGAACUGAGCCCAAGCCUCAGAAAAUCCUCCAGAUUUCCUACCAGCCCAUGCAGUUGCCAAAGGAAACCCCCAUUACUGUUGAUCUCAAGCACCAGAAAGCUUUAGUUCAGAAAGAAGAUCGCUGGAAUGUGAUGCAUGUCACCAGUGUAGCAGACAGUCAGGUCUUAGAAGAGGGUCACACAGAAACUCUGUCAGGUGUGGACAAGUUUAAGUGUCUAACAACCAUAGAGCCCAAAAUGCCCACUGAACCAGUCCAGAUUGAAGAGAAGGAGAUCUCCACUGAGAGCAGCAUCUCUCUGAAGGCAGCAGAACAAGACUUUGCUGUUCAGAUCCAGGAGGGUCAGUCCGUUAGGCAGUCAAUAGUGAUGGAUGAGAAGCGAGUGUUGACAGGGGAGCUUUCUCAAAAGAUCUCCAAGUCUGAGUCAACUAAAGUUAUAGUCAGCACACAACCAAAACUGUCCCUUAUGGCAUCAGAAUCUAAAGACAGCACUGCUCUCCCCAAAGAGAUGAUGUUUGUGAUUCAAAUCCCUAAACCUUCCAGUCUGAAUAUACGGCACCAGCUCAGAGAGGCACUGCAGUCUGCUGUUGCCAGUGACCAGCCAGUCCUACUGGCUGAUGUUGUUGGGAAGUUACAGGCUGUGGAAGUGCAGGAGGUCAAAGUUCAGCGAGAACCCAAACGCUCUAUGUUUACAUAUUUGAUCACAACAACAGGUGCCCCUAUGGAGAUCACACUAUCUUUUGAAGGUGAAUACCCUCAAAAGGCUGAUCUCAGGACCGAACUACAGGCGGCAUUCCACUCUAUUGUGUACCAGGAGGCUCAUGUUCUUACCUCAGAGCAACCAGGCACCAUGCAGCUAGACAAACCCCAGAGGGCUCAUGUUUCCUCAGCCAGGUCAGAGCAAAUGCUUUCUACAAUGGUAGAGUCCGUGCGUGUGGCAGAGAGUACAGUAGAUUUCACAGCUGCAAAAUCUCAGGCUGCUGCACUUAAGAUCGAGUCUGAUGUCACAGUUGAAUACGCGGCAGAAGGGGGACAGGUUGUAGUUCAAGAAUCCAAGACAGCGAAGGUGGAAAAGUCCAUUUCAUCUAAGACCAAGAUAACCACAGAGACUCAGGUGGCCUUUGAACAGUCGGUUCAGAUAUCAAAAAAAGAAAUGAGGUCUGUAAUGGUAGAAAGUGAAGAAAAAGAAGUGGGAACAGCUUUUGUCACUACUGCUCUGCCUCUUGCCACCAUCCCCACUGAGCAAACACUAGAUGUAAGCAUCCAGCAGGAGCACAGGGAAGAGAUCUUCAAAGAGGAAGUCACAUUAUCCAGAUCAGAGCAGAGAGAAUACCCUGAAAUAGUCACCUCCCUACAGGACUUAGCUACUGAAGAAGAUGGUGAGGUCACUUUUAUUACAACCAUUAAAUUUGCAACAAAAGUAAGCUGGUUUUUUAAUGGCCAAUUGGUGAAAUCUGGCAAAGAGUUCAAGUGUUUGAAAGACCAUGACACAUACUCACUGGUUAUCAACAAAGUUGUCAAGGAGAGACAUCAAGGAGAAUAUGUUUGUGAGGCUGAGAAUGAAGCCGGCAGGACAACAACAUCUUCAAGACUCACUGUGGUCCCAAGAGUGCCACCUGUUUUCAGGCAGAAAAUCAACCCUGUAGAGAUCAACGUCGGAGGCCAUGCAAAGUUCGACUGCGAGACUGAGGAUGCACCGAACGUGACCUUCAAGUGGUACAAAUCUAACAUUGAAAUCAAACAGAGUGAGAAGUACCGGAUCAUCAGCCGCCACACAGGGUCUUCAUUGGAGCUCCUGAAUCCUGUGAAGGCUGACAGCGGUGACUACACCUGCAAGGCUUCAAACCAGCACGGCUUUGAUAGCUGCACCGCCUCGCUCAUCGUGACUGAGAUGUAUCCACCAGUGUUUGUUUCAAAACCAGAGCCAAUGACCUUAUUUGUGGGCAAACAAGCUGUUCUCCAGUGCUCACUCACUGGAUCUUCACCAAUGGAGGUUGUCUGGCACAAGGACAACAUAGCCAUCACAUCUGAAGGGAAUUAUGUCAUAAAAAGUGAAAAGAACAAGUAUUCUCUUCAUAUUAAAAGUCUCAAGUUGACUGAUCAGGGAGUAUACCUGUGCAAGGCCUCCAACAGUGUCGGCACUGUUACUUUUACCACAGAGCUUACAGUUAUAAGAAAGCCCAGCUUUGUUAGGACCUUUGAACCAACGUCAGCUGCUGUCAAUGACCCACUAAAACUGGAGUGCCAGGUGGAUGAGGACACUGGGGUGACUGUCACCUGGACCAGGGAUGGCAAAAAAGUCCACCUGAGCAUGGACUGUAAGAUAUCCUUUGAGGAUAAGGUGGCAGUUCUUGAGAUUCCCAAGUCCAAGCUCAAGGACUCUGGGAAAUAUGUUUGCACAGCCACAAAUGAGGCUGGGAGCUCAUCCUGUGAGGCUGUGGUAACAGUUCAAGAACCCCCUGCUUUUGUCAGAAAAAUGGAGCCUAAGUUUACCUGGAAGCAGGGUGCAGCUGCACGUUUACAAUGUAGCGUUAAAGGAUCACCUGAACUUCACAUCCAUUGGUUCUGGAAUGACAGAGAGCUUAGUGAUGGAGAGAAAUAUAAAAUCACCUUUAAGAACGGAGUUGCAUCUGUGGAAAUAUUAAAUCUUCUGGUGACAGACAGUGGAAGUUACACAUGUGAGGUGUCGAAUAAUGCUGGUAGUGAGAGCUGCAGCACUGUGGUUGCUGUUAAAGAGCCUCCAUCCAUUAGAAAAGAUCUACAGACUGUAGAAGCUGUGAAAGGUGCAGCAGCUCAGCUGGAGUGUGAGAUUGCAGGAACGGCUCCUUUUGAAAUCAGCUGGUUAAAAAAUAAGAAGCCCAUCUCAGGUGAUCAGAAAUAUAAAAUUAUCUCCCAAGACUCUCUGUCAAGGCUAGAGAUCCAGACCUUUGAAAGCGCAGACAUUGGAGAUUAUCAGUGUGUCGUUUCCAACGAUGUGGGGAAGGUAACCACCAAGGCCUCAGCUAAACUGAAAGAGCCACCAUCUUUCUCAAAGAGAGUUGAAAGUGUUACAGCCGUGUUGGGAAAUGCAGUGAAGCUACAAGGAACCAUAAAGGGCUCAGCUCCCAUCACUGUUAAAUGGAUGAAAGACUCUGAAAUACUCAGAGAUGAUGAUCCAAAUACCAAGAUGGUUUUUGAGAACAAUGUUGCAAGCCUUUCUAUAACAGCAGUGGCCAUCAACCAUGGUGGCAAGUACUCAUGCCAAGCAGAAAAUGAGGCUGGGCAGCAAAAAUGUGAAGCCACUCUGACUGUGCAAGAACCUGCUAGAAUUGUAGAACCUGCAGAGUCCAUUAGUGUGACUGCAGGAGACUCAGCCACGUUGGAGUGUACAAUCUCUGGAAGCCCAGAGCUGAAAGUGAAGUGGUUCAAAGAUGGGAAAGAGAUGAUAAGUGGGCGGAAAUACAAGAUGACAUUGAAGGACCACGUAGCCACCAUGAAAAUUUUGACAGCGGAGAAAGGAGACACUUCGGAGUACAAGAUGGAAGUGUCCAAUAAAGUCGGGAAAGACCAGUGCACAUGCUCAGUCACUGUCUUAGAUCGGAUAAUGCCUCCAACUUUCACCAAAUCCCUGAAAAGAGUCGACGGCAACAUUGGCAAUGAUGUGUCCAUGGACUGCAGGGUGUCUGGGUCCCAACCCAUGACCAUUGUUUGGUUCAAAGAUGACCAGGAAAUAGAGUCGGGAGCCAAAUUUCAAUCAGAGUUCAAAGAUAGCUCUGCCACACUGAGAGUCAGUCGGCUGGAAAAGGCAGACUCUGGAGUUUACAAAUGCAAAGCCACCAACUCGGCUGGCUUUAAAGAAACCAGUGGCACACUCUACGUCAAAGAGCCCCCAGUGUUCACAGAGAAACCAGAAAACCAGGAUGUUAUACCAGGAGCCAAAGUCUCCUUCAGGGCAGCCUUCACUGGAACUGCUCCUUUGGCUGUUAAAUGGUUCAAAGAGGAAAAAGAGGUUGUAACUGGAGGCAUUUAUUUUAUAAAAAAAGAUGCUUCUUCCAGCACUCUGGACCUUCACUCUGUGAAGCCCAGUGAUUCCUCUAAAUACACCUGCCAAGUGUCCAACGAUGCUGGAAAAGUGGAUUGCUCCACAGUCCUCUUUGUGAAAGAACCUCCUGUGUUUGUACGAAAGCUUGAUGCAACCAAGCUCGUCACAAGUGGCAUCUCCACCAGAUUGGAGUGCAAAGUGUCAGGCAGUCCUGUCAUCAGUUUCAAAUGGUUUAAGGAUGAGAUGGAGAUCAGCUCCAGUCCUAAAUAUACAGUCAGUGUGUCUGAUGUAGAAGCAACUCUUGAAAUAUUGAACUGUGCAACUGGGGACAGUGGCGAUUAUGUCUGUGUUGCGUCAAGUGAAGCAGGCAGUGAUCGGUGCAGCAGUACAGUUACUGUCAAAGAACCACCGGUGUUUGUACGUAGCUUGGAGGCCAAAGAUGUUGUGAAAGGUUCUGAGAUGAUGUUGGAGGGCCAAGUCUCUGGCUCUGCUCCUUUCACUGUGUCAUUUUACAAAAACACCAAGGCAAUUAGAAAUGACAAAAGACAUAAAAUCACAGUGAAAGACGAUCUGGUGGCUCUGCAAGUCCAGGCGGUCGAGGCUGGAGAUGUUGGCUUAUACCAGUGCACUGUUGAGAAUGAAGUGGGGAUGUCAACCUGUGAAUGUCAAGUUACACUCAAAGAACCACCGUCUUUUGUAAAAAAGCUUGAUAAUGUCAGUUCAUUGGUGGGCAGUGAUGUUUCUCUCCAAUGCAUACUGAAGGGCUCUGAGCCCAUAACUGUGACCUGGUUAAAGGACAACCAUGAGCUCAAGGAAGCUGAAAAUGUUAAUAUUUCAUAUGAGAACAAGACUGCCCUGCUGCACAUAAAUGGAUUGCACAAUAAACAUGGAGGAAAAUACUCCUGCCAGGCACAGAAUCAGGCUGGUAGCCAGACAUGCUCUGCUGUUCUAACUGUCAAAGAACCCGCUAAGAUCACAGAAGAGGCUAAGUCCAUCAGUGUGACUCAGGGGGAUCCGGCCACGCUAGAGGUCAGAUUCUCUGGGACUAAACCACUGAAGGCCAAAUGGCGUAGGGCUGGCAAGGAGCUGACCUCAGGCCAGAGAUUUAAAGUACAGACCACAGACACCAGCUCUGUGCUCAAGAUUCUCAAAACUGAGAAAACUGACAGUGGCGAAUUCACCUUUGAGAUUUCUAAUGAUGUCGGACAAAGUUCUUGCGAGGCCACGCUCACCGUUCUUGAUCAAGUAAUUCCUCCAUCCUUUACAAGAAAACUGAAGCAAACAGAAGGUAUUAAAGGAUCAUUUGCUCAUCUGGAAUGCCUUGUGUCAGGCUCUCUGCCGAUUACUGUCCAGUGGUAUAAAGAUGAGAAGGAGAUUCAGGCUGAUGAUAGACAUAAAUGUACAUUCUUUGAGAAUGUUGCUUGCCUGGAAAUCUCUGAUCUUCACCUUAAAGAUGGUGGAAGUUAUACAUGCAUCGCCAAAAACAAAGCGGGGACAAUCCAGUGCUCAGGCAUCUUGUUUGUAAAAGAACCACCAUGCAUUCUUGAAAAGCCUGAAUCCAUGAAUGUUUUACCUGGAUCUAAGGUCCAGUUUAACGUACUGCUCUCUGGCACACCACCACUGAACAUCAAAUGGUUUAAAAACAAGAAAGAGAUUUUAUCAAGUGCCGAUUGCUCUGUGGUUAAAGACAACACAUCCAGCUCACUGGAGCUUUUCUUUGCUAAGAGCUCAGAUUCUGGAGACUAUGUGUGUGAAAUUCACAAUGAUGUGGGAUCCACUUCCUGCCAAGCAACGCUUUUCGUCAAAGAGCCUCCUAAGUUCACUCGGACACCGGACCGCGUAUCCGUAGUGCGUCCUGGGCAAAGCAAAGUGUUUGAGUGCCAGGUGACCGGCACACCUGAAAUAGACAUCUAUUGGUUCAAGGAGGGCUCUGAGAUCAGUGCCAGUGAUCACUUCAAGAUGGCCUUUGUAAACUCUGUGGCUACUCUGGAGGUUUGCGGGGCUGAAACUAAAGACGGAGGCCUUUAUUACUGUGAGGCUCGUAAUGAGGCUGGCAGUGAGAGCUGCAGCAUGGAGCUCAAAGUGAAAGAACCACCAAUUUUUAUUAAAGAACUGUCUCCAGUUGAUGUUGUGAAGGGCUCAACAACAUCUUUUGAGUGCCAGAUUGUUGGAACAGGUCCAUUUGAGAUAACCUGGCACAAAGAUGGAAAAGAGAUCAAGGCCAGUGCAAAACAUGGCUUUUCCCAGAUGAAUGACACUUUGACCCUAGAGCUCCACAGAUGUGAUGGUGUAGAUGUGGGUGAAUAUCAGUGUACUGUAGCUAAUGAGGUUGGGAGCUGCACUUGUAAGACAACUCUAAGCCUCAAAGAACCUCCAGCCUUUACCAGGAGGAUUGAGGACUGUGUUACUGUCCUCGGUAAACUGGCACAGUUUCAGUGUGUUGUUGUAGGUUCUCCAACCCUUUCUGUUCAAUGGCAAAAAGAUGAGAGCUGGAUUUUGGAGGAUCCAAGGAUUGAGAGAACCUUUGAAAACAAUAUAGCGACUCUCAGGAUUUCUGCCUGUGAAGCAUCUCAUGCAGGUAGAUACAGCUGCCAGGUGAUAAACGAGGCUGGGCAGGAUAAAUGCUUCGCCACUCUCACAGUUCAAGAACCCCCUCAGAUCUUAGAGAAACCUGAGGAAAUCAAGGUAACAGUCGGAGAUCCAGUCAGUCUAGACUGUAAGGUGAAAGGCUCACCUGAGCUCAAGGUGAGAUGGAUGAAAGAUGGCAAGGAACUUCAGUCCAUAAGGCAGCACAAGCUUAUCUUUGAGAACAACAUCAGCAGCCUAAAGAUUCAGGGAGCGCAGAAAGCAGAUCAAGGAGAGUAUGUGUUUGAGGUGUCAAACCACAUCAGCAGCUGCUCCUGCAAAGUUAAAGUGGUCGUAUUAGAGCAAGUAAUUCCUCCGAGCUUCAUCAAACCACUGGUAGAAAUGCAGGAGAUUCUGGGCUCAUUUGUUCAGAUUUGCUGUAAAAUAUCCGGUUCCCUCCCAAUCUCUGUGGAGUGGCAGAAAGAUGGGAGUAAAAUCUCCAGUGGUAUCAAACACAAACUGAUCCAGCAGGACAACUCUGUGUCUGUGGAAAUCGAACAGCUUGAGAGACCUGAUGCUGGGUCGUAUUCUUGCAAACUGACCAAUGCAGCUGGGACCUGUGAAUGUAGUGGAUCCCUCAGGGUCAAAGAGCCUCCCAGCUUUGUAUUGCUGCCCGAGUCACAGGCGGCUCUGCCCAAUGCCACAGUUCGCUUCAAAAGCACGUUUACGGGUACGCCACCCUUUACGGUCAAAUGGUUCAAGGACGACACGGAGCUCAUGACCGGGCCAACAUGUUUCACAGGCGUGGAUGAAACGUCCUGCUUCUUAGAGCUCUACUCAGUGGCCGUUGCUCAGAGUGGAAUUUACUCUUGCCAAGUCGGCAACGAUGCUGGUUCUGUACGCUGUAGUGCAGAUUUGACUGUGAAAGAACCACCUGAGUUUGUGCUGAAACUUCCCGCCACUAAGUUUGUAAAGCGGGACGAAUCACUCCGCCUGGAGUGCAAAGUCCAUGGCACGGCCCCUCUGAAAACGACCUGGUACAAACACGACACCAAGGUCUCGGAUGGGGGCAACUACAGGACCUCCUUUGUUGACUCGGUAGCUGUCCUGGAGCUGGUGUCCAGCAGCUUUGAUGAUGAUGGAGUUUACACCUGUGAAGCUCAGAAUGAUGCUGGCAGUGUGAGCUGCAGCACCACACUUACUGUUAAAGACCCCCCUGCAUUUGUGAAAGUACCCCAGCCUGUUGAGGGGCUGAUGGGUAGGGACGUGAGCUUGUACUGCGAGAUGAGCGGUUCCGCUCCGUUCCAGGUCGCCUGGUUCAAAGACAGGAAACCUCUGAUGGAGAGCAGGAAGUAUAAGAUGGUGGGCGAGGGGAGCUCAGCCACUCUGCAUGUCAUUGGGAUAGAGCCUUCGGACGUCGGCGAGUAUGAGUGCAAAGUUUCAAACAGUGUAGGAAGUGACUCCUGCCACACUUUGGUUAAACUCAGAGAGCCGCCAUCAUUUGUGGAGAAACUGUCCAACAUGACAGUGAUGCUGGGAGAGGAGGUGACCCUUAUGGCCACUGUUAGAGGCUCUGAACCCAUUACUGUGUCCUGGGUUCAGGACAAGGAUCACAUUCUCAGGGACAGUGACAACAGGAAAAUCACCUUUGAGAACAACCAGGUGGCACUUACUGUGUUUAAGGCCGAUGCAACCGUUGCAGGCAGAUACACCUGCCAACUCAGAAAUGAUGCUGGGAGUGUGGAUUGUUUCGCUAACUUGACUGUCCUAGAGCCUGCUAAGAUUGUGGAUAAACCCGAAACUUUGAGCGUGACGGCAGGCGACAUGGCCGCCCUGGAGGUCAAAGUGUGCGGAACGCCGGAGCUCGUCCCCAAGUGGUUCAAAGACGGCAUGGAGCUGGCCACAUCCGGGAAGUACAAGAUCUCCUUCUCGCAGAUGAUCUCCAGUCUGAACGUGUUUUCUACGGAGAAACUGGACUCUGGCGAAUACACGUUCCAGGUCAUGAACCAAGUCGGAAAAGACCUGAGUAAAAUUAAUCUCACCGUUUUGGAUAAGACCGUUCCUCCAUCGUUCACCAGGAAACUGAAGGACUGUAAGAUGACUGUAGGAGAAGCUGCAGAGAUGGAGUGCAAAGUGUCGGGCUCUCCACCUUUUACUAUUUCAUGGUACCAUGAUGGUGAGGAGGUACAGAGUGGGCCGAACUGCGAGGUUUCCUUCAGCGACAACAGCUGCACGCUGAGAGUGCCGACCCUGAGGAUGACUGACUCCGGAGUUUACAAAUGCAAAGCCGUCAACAAAGCUGGUUUCAGUGAAACUUCAGCAACUUUGGCUGUCAAAGAACCUCCAUCUUUCGUGGUGCCACUGCAGCCGAUGGAGGCCAUGCCUGGCUCCAACGUGACCUUCUCUGGCAUGGUGAAGGGCAGCGUGCCCCUCACCCUGAAGUGGUUCAGAGGAACCAAGGAGAUACUGCCAGGGAAGGACUGCAGCUUCACCCUGAAGGACAACCAAGUGAUUCUGGAGCUUCACAACGUGAACCGAUCCCAUGCUGGAGAGUACACCUGUCAGAUCAUCAACGAUGCAGGAAAAGAAAGCUGUGCUGUGAAUCUCACAAUCAAAGAACCGGCAUCUUUCUCUAAGAAGCUGAAGAACGUGUCAGUCGAGAAGGGCAAACCUCUAACGCUCGAGUGUUCGUACACCGGAACUCCAAAGAUCACAGUGAGCUGGUUCAAAGACGACCAGCAGAUCUUUGCUUCCUACAAAUACAACAUCACCACAACGGAAAGCUCCUGCAUCCUGGAGUGUCUCAGCACAGACGACAAGGAGGCUGCAGGGACGUACAGCUGCCAGGUGUCCAACGAGGCAGGAAAGGACACAAGUGAAGCUGUUGUGUCCAUUUUGGAGCCUCCAUACUUUGUUGAAUCUCUGGAGCCCAUGGAGGUGACUGCUGGUGAUGCUGUGUGUCUGAAGUGCCAGGUGGCAGGUACACCUGAGAUCAAGGUGUCCUGGUUCAAGGCUGAUGGUAAAGUGCGGUCCAGUUCCAGCUGUAAGUUGGAGUACUCAAAGGGCGUCGCCAGUCUGAAGCUCAGCAAAGCCACCAAAGCUGACAUCGGGGAGUACACCUGCAAGGCGGAGAACAAGAUCGGCUCUGCCUCCUCCACCUGCAGACUCAAUGUUCUCGAGGCCAAAACGCCUCCUUCCUUCCCCAAAAAGAUCACCAGCCUGCAGGAGACAGAGGGUCAGGCGGUGCGUUUUGAGUGCCGUGUCGCCGGCUCAUCACCCAUUGAGGUGUCAUGGCUGAAAGACGGCGAGCCGCUGACGCAGGGAGGCGAGUUCUCUAUGCUGUAUGACGACAAUACGGCUGUGCUGCAGAUCAGCCGUGGCGAAAUGAGGCACUCUGGGGAGUACACAUGCGUGGCGACCAACAGUGUUGGCUCAACUUCCUGCAGAGCCAAACUCACCAUGCAAGAACCCAGAUACGCUCCGGUCUUUGACAGAAAGUUGUCACCGCGGGAGGUGACGGUGGGUGACAGCAUCGAAAUGGAGUGUCACAUGACUGGGUCUGCCCCCAUCAAAGUCACAUGGUCCAAAGACCAUAAAGAUAUCCGCUCUGGUGGGAACUAUAAGAUCAGCUGUGUGGAAAAUACCGCCCACCUGACCAUACUGAAGGCGGAUAAAGGUGACACAGGGAAAUACUUCUGCCAUGCCUCCAAUGACAUGGGGAAGGACUCUUGUUCCACUGACAUCUCUGUCAAAGAGCGUAAAAAUCCACCGAUGUUCACCAAAAAGCCCUCGGAGCACAUCGAAGACACGGAGGGCAAACUGGUAAAAAUUGAGGGCCGAGUCUCCGGCUCUCAGCCCGUUUCGGUCAGCUGGUUCAAAGACGGCAAGGAAAUCCACAGCUCUGACAAAUACGAUAUCAGCUUUAAGAGCAAUGUGGCGGUGCUGUGCAUCAAGAGUAGCCAGGUGACCGACAGCGGCAGAUACUCCUGCCAGGCCUCCAACGAAGCUGGAAGAGCAUCCUGCGACGUCACUGUGGGCAUCCUGGAAGCCAAGAAGCCUCCAGUGUUUGAUGUCCCACUCAAACCAGUGACUGUGGAUGAAGGCGACAAGCUGAGCCUCAGGUGUCACGUCUGCGGGUCCGCUCCUCUGAAGGUCCAGUGGAUGAAGGACAGGAAGGAGCUUUCAUCAGCCGGCAGCAUCAGGCUGGGCUUCUCUGAUGGUACAGCCAGUCUGGAGAUCAGCUCAGCCUCCAAACACGAUGCUGGCGAUUACCUCUGCAAGGCUACAAAUGAAGCCGGCGCUGAGUUCUGCAAGGCCAAAGUCACAGUGAAAGAGAAACCAGGAGCAGCUAAACCCGAGACUCCAGCAGCAGCUCCAACCAAAAAACUGGAUAAUCUAUUCUUCAUCGAGGAACCCAAAACUGCGCACGUUACAGAGAAGGGAACUGCCACCUUCAUCGCUAAAGUUGGAGGAGAACCCAUCCCAAGUGUGAAGUGGAUGAAGGGAAAAUGGAGGCAACUCACCCACGGCGGCCGCAUCUCAAUCGUGCAGAAGGGCCAGGAGUCCAAGUUGGAGAUUCGAGAGGUGACCAAGUCGGACUCGGGUCAGUACCGAUGCGUUGCCUCCAACAAGCACGGCGAGAUCGAGUGCAACGCCGACAUGCAUGUUGACGGAAAGAAAGAGGCGCCGCAACUAGAAGGAGACCUCCGAGCCAAACUGAAGAAGACGCCAUCGAAGCAGAAGAGUCCUCAGGAGGAAAAGGACAUCGACAUUGUCGAGCUGCUGAGAAACGUCGACCCCAAAGAGUACGAGAAAUACGCCCGUAUGUACGGCAUCACCGACUACAGAGGUCUGCUGCAGGCCAUCGAGCAGCUCAAGAAAGAGAGGGGCGAAGAAAGUGGAAGACCGGAAGUGGAACGUGGAGACAGAGAGUCAGAUGAGGACAUGGCUCGGUUGGUGGCCGACCUGCAGAAGAGGAUGGAGAGGACAGAGCCUGUCACUGUAGUGAAGGACAUCUCCAACCAGUCCGUCUUCACCAACGAAGAGGCGGUGUUUGAAUGCGAGAUCAAGAUCAACUACCCAGAGAUCACGCUGUCAUGGUACAAGGGCACGCAGAAGCUUGACACAGACGACAAAUACAACAUCAGCAUCAGCGGCGACCGCCACCUGCUCAAGAUCAAAAGGUGCCAGCCGUCCGACCAGGGCAACUACCGGGUGGUGUGUGGGCCGCACAUCUCCAGCGCCAAGCUCACCGUCACAGAGGUGGAGGUGGAGAAGCACCUGCAGGACACGUCGGGUAAGGAAGGCCAGGCGUGCACUCUGUCUUGUCAGUUGUCUGUUCCUAACGUCGAGGCUCAGUGGUUUAAAAACGGAAAGCAGUUAGAGAUGAAGGGAAGGUAUUCGUCCGAGGUGAAACACAAAGUUCAGAAGCUUCUGAUCAAAGACCUGAAGUCUGAAGACCGGGGCAGAUACUCCUGCAGAUACCAGCACCUGGAAUCCUCGGCGGACCUCAAGGUGGAAGCCGAACAAAUUCAUUUCACCAAGCGCAUCCACAACGUGGAAGUCAACGAGCGCCAGUCGGCCACCUUCGAGUGCGAGGUGUCCUUCGACAACGCAAUCGUUUCUUGGUACAAAGACACGUGGGAACUGAAAGAAUGCACUAAGUACAACUUCAGAAGCGAGGGCAGGAGACAUUUCAUGGUCAUUCGAAAUGUGACCAUCGAAGACGAAGGCGUGUACUCAGUGAUUGUGAGAUUGGAGCCCAGAGGAGAGGCUAAGAGCACAGCUGAGCUUUAUUUGUCUGGCAAAGAAAUCGAAUUAGCGAUGGUACCGACAGAUUUCCCAGACUCUUCAGUUCAGAGGCCUGAAGUGCCUUCAUCAGAAGAAAUUCAAGAAUCAGCUGAGUUCUAUCAGUAUGAAGAAAAGAUCGAACAGAGAGAAUCAGCUGAAUAUUCGUAUCAGUAUGAAGAGGAGGUGCAGCAGAAAGUCGAGUAUCAGAGCAGGACAGAAGAGACUGUAACUCAACAGAUUUCAGAGACUAAAGCUGCCAGAGUUGCUGUUGAAGAAAAAGUGGAGACCAUGAAAGUUGAACUGAGGGAGGAAAUCCCAGCUAAAGUUGAGAAGAAGCCCAAAGAGAAGCCAACUGCAGCUGUGGAGGAACCCAAGAAAAAACCAGAGGCCAGAAAGCCAGUAGAGGAAAAGGUUCCUGCAGUUUCAGUCCCAGAGAAACUUCCAGAGAAGAAGGAAGUUUCUGCUCCCAGAGCAGAACCAGAGGAGGUGAAGAAGCCAGUCCAGCCUGCUCCAAAAGAGAAGCCUGGACUUCCAACCAAAGAUGAAGCCAAGCCUCAGGUUCCAGCUGAGCCCAAGAAACUGGUUCCUGAAGCAAAGCUCAAAGCUGAACCAGAAGCCAAACCCGCCCCAACUCCAAAGGCAGAGCCAGAACCAAAGGCUAAACCUGCUCCAGCUCCUAAAGAAGAACCAGAACCAAAGGCUAAACCUGCUCCAGCUCCAAAAGUAGAACCUGAACCAAAGGCUAAACCUGCUCCAGCUCCAAAAGUAGAACCUGAACCAAAGGCUAAACCUGCUCCAGCUCCAAAAGUAGAACCAGAACCAAAGGCUAAACCUGCUCCAGCUCCAAAAGUAGAACCUGAACCAAAGGCUAAACCUGCUCCAGCUCCAAAAGUAGAACCUGAACCAAAGGCUAAACCUGCUCCAGCUCCAAAAGUAGAACCAGAACCAAAGGCUAAACCUGCUCCAGCUCCAAAAGUAGAACCAGAACCAAAGACUAAACCUGCUCCAGCUUCUGAAGCGGAACCAGAAGUGAAGCCAGUGAUUCCUCCAUCCAAAGGCCCUGAAGAGGCUGCAAAGAUCAAACCUGAACCAGAAGCUCCAAAACCAAAGCCUGAACUGAAGAAAACAAAACCAGAAGUCCUUAAACCUGAACCUCCUAAACCAGAACCUGCAAAACCAACACCAGAACCGAAGGAACCUCAGAAGAAAGUGCCAGAAGAACCAGUAAAGAAGGAGGUGGCUGCUCCUCCACCUCCUUCAGUCCCACAGAAAGUACAGAAAGAGGCAGAAGAACCUCAGAAGAAGCCAAUUAAAGUUUCCGUGGAAGAAAAAGUUCCUGAUCUCCCGAAAGCAGCGAAGAAACCAGAACCAAAAGCGGCUCCUCCCAAAGAAGAGCCAGCUCAGAAGGACAAAGAAACUGAAGACAAACUCAAGAAGCUUCCUUCCAAACCUGCUGAGACAAAAGGAAAGAAAGUGGAGAAAGUUGUUGUGAAGGAGAAGGAGUUGCCUCCAGAACCCAAAGAAGUGAAGCCAGCUCCUCCUCCAGAAGAAAUCAAACCAAAAGUUGGAGAAGUCCCCAAAAGACCUGAAGUUACUCAAAAGAAAAUUCCUCCACCACAGGAAACAAAACCAGUGGUCAAGCCUGUUGUGAAGGCUGAAGAACCGACUAAGGUGGCUCCAGAAGAAGAAAAGCCAGCUCUGAAAGAUGAAACCAAAGGACCGGUCCAGACACCGGGAGGAGUCCAGAAAGAAACUGUUCAGCAAAAAAGGGGUAAAAUUCAAGUCACUGAGGAUGGGACGUUUGAGCUUCCCACCUUGAAGAAAGCAACCAGAGUCAUGAGGGAAGUGGAAGAGGAGCAAGAGGUUGUCACACUGAAGAAGAUCCCAUCAGUUCCACUGACAGAAUCUGAAGAGGAAGAAAAACCUCAGAAAGUCACCAAGACCACCGUUUUCCAGGCCGAGGAAAUGGUGCAUGAAGAAGAGUCUUUUGAGAUGUCUGUUGUCACCAGACGGACUGUUGAAGAAAGAAAACCCAGAGAGAAACCUGAGGUGGUGAAAAAGCCAGACGUUAUCAAGCCUAAAGUGGAGGAAGAAAAAGAAACUCCAAAAGACGCUUGGACCCGCCAGAAGCCCCCCCCUAAAGAUGAGAAACCAGAAGACAAGAUCUCUCUUAAGAAAACCCCAAAAGUACCAAAAGAAGAGGAACCUGCUCCUCCGAGUACAGCACCAAAAAAAGUGAAAAAGUUGCCCUUGUCUGAAGCUGAACCAGAAGUAGUCAAGCUCAAACCUUUUGAGAAGCCUGAUAAACCUUUAGAAGAGCCAGAGAAAGAUAAGAAGGAGAGGCCAGAUAGAGAUAGUGUGCCUUUCCAGAAGGGAGAAAGGAUCCCCCGAGAGGUGGAACCCAAAGAACCAGGAAAGAAACCUGCGGAGGCUCUCCUUGAGGUAAAGGAGUCUCCAACUAAGGUACCAAAGCCAGCAGAUAAAAUGAAAACUCCAGAGAAAGAGCUAGAGGAGGUCAAAGCACCAACUAAAGGGAAGAAAAUCCCAACAGCAGAACAGGAAGUAGAAAGCGUCAAACUGAAGCCCUUCUCCAAACCUUCCAAAGAAGCUGAGGAGCCUGAGAAGAAACCAUCAGAGGAGAAAGACAGGAAACCAUCUGAUGACCUGCAGCGCCGUCGCACCAGUCCUGAUGAAAAACCAGCGGCAAAAAAGCCAGAGGCUAAGCCCAAGAAACCUGACGUCCCCGAAGCUCCUGAGAAAAAGCCAGAGAAGCCAAAGGAGGUAGACACUGCUCCAACAGAGAAAACACCUGACAAGAAGCCCGAUAAGAAGCCUGAGAAGACUCCAAAGGAGGUCAAACCUAGGCCUUUGGAGCCAAAGAAAGGAGUUAUACCCAAGGCUAAAGAGGAGAAGGAAGACGUAGCACUGAAGCCAGUAGAGCAGCUCAAAAAGGCAGAGCUGAAAAAGACUCCUUCUCCUAAAGUUGAAAAACUCAAGGAGGCAGAAGCAGCUCCAGCUGAGAGGAGGCCAAGCAUUGACAAACUUAAAAAAGAGCCAAAAAGCAUUUCACCUAAAGACUCUGUUGAAGCUGCAACUCUUAAAAAGGUUCCAAAGAAACCAUCACCAGAAGAGGCAAAGGCUGUCAUACCAGCAGAGCCUGGCAAAGAGAAAGUUCCCGCAGCGAAGGAGAUCUCUCCUGGGGCUGUGCAAAUAAAGAAGGUUGCCACUCAGCCAGAGGAGGAGGUGUUUGAAGAGGAGGCAGAGGAAGAGGCUGAGCUGGAGGAAGAGGAAGCCUGGGGCUGGGAACUGGUUCCACGGGACAGCUAUGGCUCAGAGGACUGGGAAGGUGAAGGAGAAGAAGGUGCCUUGGAGGUUCCUGGGGUAACCCAGAGAGAGGGGCAGCCGGCAGAGGAAGCAGGAAGAGGCAGAGGCAGAGGGCUAAAACCCAGGCAGACGCCAUCGCCCGGAGAGGGCAGAGGUCGGGGCAUGAAACCUGGUGGCAGAGGCGGCCCCACACCACCAGAGGAACCUUUUGCAGGCUUCAAACUCAAAGCUGUUCCCCUGAAGUUCAUCAAGAAGCUUGAAAAUAUUGUCCUCAAGGAGGCCGAGUCCAUUGGCUCAUCGGCCGUGUUUGAGUGUGAGGUUUCACCCUCUACAGCCGUCACCUCCUGGAUGAAAGAUGGCGGCAACCUGCGUGAGAGUCCCAAGCACAAGUUCAUCUCUGACGGCAAAGACCGGAAGCUGCACAUCAUUGAUGUCCAGCUGUCCGACACUGGAGAAUAUACUUGCGUCGCCAAAAAUGCUGGAAAGGAGAUUUCCUGCACUGCUAAGCUCAUAGUUGAAGAGCUUCCUGUAAAAUGGAUCAAGGAAUUGGAACCGGAGAACUCGGCCAUUCUGGGCCAGCCCCUCUACAUAUCCUGCGAGCUGAGCAAAGAGAGGGACGUGGUCUGGAAGAAGAAUGGUGAAGUCCUCAAGAAAAAGGAGGGCAAAAUUCAAAUCAACGUCAUUGGAUUGCAACACGCCGUGACCAUCCAAGGCUCCACACUAGAAGACGCCGGUACCUACACUUGUGAAGUGUCAGGGCAGGAGGACGUCGUGACCACCACAAACGUCAAAGUGCUCGAGAUUAUUAAAGACUGGAUAAUAAAACCACUUAGAGACCAGCAUGUGAAACCAAAGGCCAAUGCCACAUUUAAGUGUGAGCUCUUCAGAGACACUCCCAACUGGAAGUGGGUCAAAGGAGAGAAUGAACUCACUCCAUCAGACAAGGUUGAGAUCACGAAGGACGGAAAGGAGCUGACACUGACCAUUAAGAACUGCCAGCCGGACGAUGUAGCAGAAUAUGCCAUGGAGGUGGAAGGACGCGUCUAUACCGCCAAGCUAACGCUAGGAGAGCGUGAAGCUGAGAUCCUGAGGCCUUUGGCCAGUAUAGAGGUGGUAGAGAAGGAAGAUGCUGCAUUUGAAACAGAAAUAUCUGAGGAUGAUAUUCCAGGAGAAUGGAAACUCAAAGGAGAGGUUUUGACCAGAUCUCCGACGUGUGACAUCCAAAUGGAGGGUACGGUUCGUAGGCUCACACUGAAAAACUGCCAGUUGGAUCAGGCUGGGGAAGUGUCGUACCAGGCCCUGAACGCCAUCACAACUGCAAUGCUAAAUGUCAAAGAAAUCGAGAUGGACUUUGUUGUCCCGCUGAAGGAUGUUUCUGUACCAGAAAAGAAACAGGCUAAGUUUGAAUGCACCAUCACCAAGGAUGUCGCCAAGGUCAUGUGGUAUAAAGGGGCUGACAUCAUCACCCCAGACCAAAAGUACGACAUCAUCGAUGAUGGAAAGAAACACAUGCUGGUCAUCAACUGCUGUGAGUUUGAUGACGAGGAUGAAUAUAUGAUUGAGGUUUUGGGCAAAACUUCCACAGCUAGACUCACCGUUGAGGGUAUCAGGCUCAGAUUUGUCUCACCACUAAAGGAUCAAACCGUAAAGGAGGGCAGUACAGCUCGCUUUGAGCUGGAGCUCUCUCAUGAGAACAUCCCUGUCACCUGGUACAAGAAUGACGUUAAAAUCCAUCCGAGCAGAACCGUCAUCACUCACAUGGACGGAAAGAAACACGUACUAGAAAUUAAGGACGUGACUCUAGACGAUAUCUGUCAAAUUAAGGCCGAGGCCAAAGGAAUCCCUACCAUGGCCAACUUGACAGUUAUAGAGGGAGAUCCCUACUUCACGAUUAAGCUGCAGGACUAUACUGCAGUCGAGAAAGACGAAGUGGCUCUAGAUUGUGAGCUCAGCAAAGAUGUUGAUGUCAUGUGGUACCACAACGAGGCCGAGAUCAAGGCCUCAAAGAUGGUGGCCAUCAAGGCUGUGGGCAAGCGGAGAACAUUAAUCAUCAAGAAAGUUGGUGACAAAGAUAAGGGACAGUAUGUAUGUGACUGUGGGACAGACAAAACGACAGCCGAACUUCACAUCGAAGCUCGGCACAUUAAGGUGGUUCGGCCCAUGUAUGGUGCUGAGGUCUCAGAAGGAGAGACAGUUCGAUUCGAAGUCGAACUCAGUGAGGACGACGUUCACGGCCAGUGGAAGCUAAACGGAGAAGUCCUCAGUCCGUCUGCUGACAUUGAGAUUGUGGAAGAUGGCGCCAAACACACUCUGGUUUUGUACAACUGCAAACUGCCCCAAACAGGGGAGCUUGUGUUCACCGCCGCCAACGCCAAAUGUUCUGCUAACCUGAAAGUGAAGGAACUUCCCAUGUCUUUCAUUACACCACUGGCUGAUGUGCAUGUGUACGAGAAAGAUGAAGCUAAGUUUGAGUUGGAAAUUUCACGAGAACCCAAAAGCUUCCGUUGGCUCAAAGGAACUCAGGAAUUGUCAAAUGACGAUAAGUUUGAAAUCCAAGUAGACGGAAAACGACACACUCUAGUUGUAAAAUCUGCCAGAUAUGAAGAUGAAGCCAAAUACAUGUUUGAGGCUGAGGAUAAGAGGACGUCUGGAAAACUGAUUAUUAAAGGUAUUCGCCUUGAGUUUAUCAAGCCAAUUAAAGACGUAACCGUAAAGGAACGAGAAACCGCAGAGUUCAGCGUUGAACUGUCUCAUGACAAGAUUCCAGUAGUUUGGUACAGAAAUGAAGUGCGCCUGCACCCCAGCAAGCUGGUGCACAUGUCGGAGGAAGGAAGAUCGCAUACACUGGCCUUCAAGGAGGUUACAAUCGAUGAUACCUCUAUGAUUAAGGUGGAGGCAAUGGGAAAGACGUCAGAGGCAAUGCUAACUGUUCUUGAGGGCGACCUCUACUUUACAGUGAAACUUCAGAACUACACCGCAGUUGAGAAGGACGAGACAAUCUUGUCCUGCGAGCUGAGCAAGGCCGCCGCCGAGGUCAAGUGGUUCAAAGAUGGUAACGAAAUCUUUGCGUCCAGGAACGUUAUCUUCCAAUCCGACGGCAGGAAGCGCAUGUUGGUCAUUAAGAAAUCGGCGAAGAAAGACAGGGGAGCUUACACCUGCGACUGUGGCACUGACAAAACCACAGCAGAGCUGAACAUCGAAGAGCGCAACAUUAAGAUUGUCCGCCCGCUGUACAGCGUAGAGGUCACGGAGACCGAGACGGCCUCGUUUGAAACACAGAUUUCUGAAGACGACCUCCAUGCCACCUGGAAACUGAAGGGAGAGACGCUCCACCCAUCUGCUGAUGUGGAGAUAAAGGAGGAAGGAGCACGACACAUUUUGACACUCUUCUGCUGCAGAAUGGAUAUGGCUGGAAGCGUUCACUUCUCUGCAGCAAAUGCAAAGUCUUCAGCACAUCUCAGAGUCAAAGGCCGGGUGAUCUCCCUUGUGAGGCCCCUGAAGAACAUCACAGUGACUGCCGGAGAGACCGCCACCUUCCAGUGCGAGCUGUCCUACGAAGACAUCCCUGUUGAUUGGUACCUGGGGGACACGAAGCUGGAGUCAAGCGACAGAGUUGUAUUCAAGGAUGAAGGGAAAACCUACAGCGUCACGGUGAGAGACGUCCAACUGAGUGAAGCUGGACGAGUCAAACUCACCGCCAAAGACUUUGAGACAGAGGCCACCCUGUUUGUCAAAGAGCCGCCUGUAGAGUUCACCAGACCUCUGCAGGACCAAACGGUGGAGGAGAAAACCACCGCCACACUCGAGUGUGAAGUUUCCAGAGCAAACGGAGAGGUCCAAUGGCUCAGGGACGACCAGGAGAUCCGCAAGACAAAGAAGUACGAAAUCCUGGCCGAGGGCUGCAAGAGAACGCUGGUCAUCCAUGAGUGCACCCUGGACGACUCGAAGACCUACACCUGCGACGCCAAAGACUUCAAAACGUCCUGCUUCCUCACGGUCGAAACUGCCCGUGUCGAGUUCUCCAAGCCUCUCCAUGAUGUUGAGGUUCGGGAGAAGGAAACUGCCAGGUUUGAGUGUGAAGUCUCCAGAGAGGAUGCUAAAAUCACCUGGUUGAAGGAUGGAACUGAAAUCAGAAAAGGAAAGAAGUAUGAAAUUAUUGCACAAGGUCGCCAACACAUCCUUCUCAUCCACAAGGCCGCAUUCGAUGACGAAGCUGAAUACGAAUGUGAUGCACAGACCUCCAAAUCCUCCGGCUUGCUCACCGUCGUAGAGGAGGAAACUACUUUCACUAAAAACCUGCCAAACGUCGAGGGAACAGAGACGGACAGCGUGAGGCUGAUCUGUGAGGUCUCCAAGCCCAACGCUGACGUCACCUGGUACAAAGGCGACAAGGAGCUGCCAGACGGCGGCCGCUAUGAACACAUCGUCGAUGGCAAGAAGAGGAUUCUCCUCAUCAAAGAUCUGAAGACAGAGGACGCCGGAGAAUACAGCUGCAGGCUGAGCACCGGCACCAAAACCUCCGGAAACCUCAAGAUCAACGAACUGGCUGCUGAAUUCCUGUCCAGACCUCAGAACCAGGAGGUGGUGGAGGGUCAUAGGGCAGAGUUCACCUGCACCGUCUCCAAGGAAACCUUCAAUGUCAAAUGGAUGAAGGACGGCAACGAGCUGGAGUCAGGAGACAAGUACGAGUUGGUGAGUGACGGCAAGAAGCGCAGUCUGAUCAUAAAGGCGUCUGAGCUCAAAGACGAGGGCGGAUACGUUGUGGUGAUCGGAGAGACGAGAGCCAGCGCCGAUCUGACUGUGAACGCGACACUGAAGGUCAUCACCCCUCUGAGAGACACGGAGGUCAAAGAAGGCCAGGAGGUCGUCCUGAACUGCGAGGUGAACAUCGACGGAGCCAAGGCCAAGUGGCUGAAGAACGACGAGACUCUGUUCGAGAGCGGCAAGUACGUGAUGGUUCAGAGAGACAACGUCUUCUCGCUGAGGAUCAAAGACGCUCGGAAGGGAGACGAAGCCGACUACAGCAUCACACUGACCAAUCAGAGAGGAGAACAGGCCAAGAGCUCCGGCAAACUCUCCGUCAGAGAGGAGAGUCUGAGGAUCAUGGUUCCUCCGGAGGACAUCGACACUCAGGAGAAGAAGACAAUCAGCUUCUCCUGCAAGACCAACAGACCCAACGCCACGGUGAAGUGGAUGAAGGCCGGCCAGGAGAUCACCUUCAGCAAACGCAUCGUCUACAGGGUCGACAAAGAAAAGCACACGCUCACCAUCAAGGACUGCACGCUGGCCGACGAGGGCGAGUACACGGUGGUCGCCGGGGACGACAAGGCCACGGCGGAGCUGAUCAUCAGCGAGGCGCCGACUGACUUCAGCGCGCAGCUCAAAGACCAGACCAUCACUGAGUUCGAUGAUGCAGAGUUCACGUGCGAGCUGACCAAGGAGAAGGCCGAGGUCAAGUGGUACAGGAACGGACGGGAGAUCAGAGAAGGACCGAGAUACACAUUUGUGAAAGACGGAAGGUUCUGCACGCUGCGGAUCAAAGAGUGCAGGCCGGAUGACGAGUGUGAAUACGCCUGCGGAGUCGACGAUAAGAGAUCCAGAGCCAGGCUCUUUGUUGAAGAGAUUCCAGUGGAGAUCAUCAGACCUCCACAGGACGUGUUUGAGCCUCCGGGCUCGGACGUCGUGUUCGAGGUGGAGCUCAACAAGGACCGGGUGGAGGUGAAAUGGCUGCGCAACAACAUGACCGUCGUCCAGGGAGACAAGUUCCAGAUGAUGAGCGAGGGGAAGCUGCACCGGCUGCAGGUCUGCGAGAUCCGACCCAGAGACCAGGGACUGUACAGAGUCAUCGUCAAGGACAAGGACGCCAGGGCCAAGCUGGAGCUGGCAGCUGUUCCUCAGAUAAAGACCUCCGAUCAGAGCUACGUCACAGACGCAGGAAAGCCCAUCGUCUUGGCCGUCCCGUACAGCGCCUACCCUCAGGCCGAGGCUGACUGGCUGUACGACAACCAGAGUCUGCCCAAAGAUAACAUCUACACCUCCGCCGAGCGCACCGAGUACCGGCUGAAGGACCCGAAGAAGUCGGACCAAGGCCGCUACAAGAUCGUCAUCAAGAACAAACACGGACAGGGAGAAGCUUUCAUCAACCUGGAUGUCAUCGAUGUUCCCGGACCCGUGAAGAACCUUCAGGUGGUCGACACCGCGGACGGCGAGGUCAGCCUGGCGUGGGAGGAGCCUGAGAACGACGGCGGCAGCAAAGUGAUCAGUUAUGUGGUUGAGAGACGCGAUGUGAAGCGUAAGACCUGGACUCUGGCCACCGAUCACUCAGAGAGCCCCGAGUACACAGUGACGGGGCUGCAGAAGGACUCCUUCUACUUCUUCAGAGUCAGCGCCCGAAACAGGGUCGGCAACGGACCCUUCGUUGAGACGGACGAAGCUGUGCAAGCAAAGAACAAGUUUGACGUUCCUGAAGCUCCUCUGAAUGUUGACGUUGGAAACGUCACCAAGUUUGGCUGCACUGUCUCCUGGGACCCUCCAGUGUCGGACGGAGGCUCUCCCAUCACCUCCUACAUCGUGGAGCUGCGCGACAGGACGUCGGUGAAGUGGUCGCCUGUCCAGGUGACGAAAGCCGGCGAGCUCAGCGCCAUCAUCAAUGACGUCAUCGAGAACAAGGAGUACAUCUUCAGAGUCAAAGCUGAGAACAAAGCUGGCGAGGGCAAACCCAGCGCCGCUUCACGACCUGUGAAGAUCAUGGAUCCAAUUGAACGUCCCAGUCCACCUCAGAACCUGACCUGGCAGGACCAGAACAAGAGCUCAGUGCAGCUCACCUGGGAGACGCCUCUGAAAAACGGCGGCAGCAUCAUCACAGGCUACAUCAUCGAACGCUGCGAGGAGGGAACCGACAAGUGGCUCCGCUGCAACGCACGCCUCUGCCCAGACCUCUUCUACAAGGUGUCGGGCCUGAAAUAUGGAACCAAGUACAACUACAGAGUGUUUGCUGAAAAUGCUGCAGGAGUUUCUGAUCCGUCAAACGUCAUCGGACCCCUGCUGGCAGACGACCCACAUUUUGCUCCAUCUUUUGACCUGAGUGCUUUCAAAGACGGCCUGGAAGUGAUCGUCCCUCAGCCUCUCACCAUCAGAGUUCCCAUCACUGGAUACCCAACCCCCGUCGCCAAGUGGACCUUCGGAGAGAAGGAGGUCACGACCGCAGACGAACGCGUCUCCUUGAUGACCAAGUCCACUUUCACAGAACUUCUGAUCACGCCGAGCGUCCGGCCAGACAAAGGCAUCUACACCCUCCACCUGGAGAAUGACGUCACGUCUGUGUCUGGAGACAUCGAAGUCAACGUCAUCGCUGCACCCAGCGCUCCCAAAGACUUCAAGGUUCUAGAGGUGACCCGGCAGCACGUCCAUCUUAGCUGGGAGGCUCCAGAACACGAUGGAGGAAGUCCUCUAACCGGCUAUCAGGUGGAAAAACGGGACGUGUCCCGUAAGACCUGGGUGAAGGUUGUAACAGGGAUCCAGGAUCUGGAGUUCACCGUCACCGAUGUGGUUGAAGGAAAAGAGUAUCUGUUCAGAGUCACCGCCUGCAACAAGUGCGGCCCAGGAGAGCCAGCGUACAUCGAUGAGCCCGUCAAUGUCUCUUCUCCAGCCACUGUGCCAGACCCACCAGAGAACCUGAGGUGGAGAGACAAGUCAGCCAGUGGCAUCUUCCUCACCUGGGAGCCGCCAAAGUAUGACGGUGGCACCGGCAUCCGAGGCUACAACGUGGAGCGCUGCCAGAGAGGCACAGAUAAGUGGGAGCCCUGCGGAGACACGAUACCGGAGCUGAAGUGCCAGGUGACCGGUCUGAUCGAGGGCGAGUGGUACGCCUACAGAGUCCGAGCUCUGAACCGACUCGGAGCCAGCCGGCCCUGCAAGCCCACAGACGAGAUCCAGGCUGUUGAUCCUAUAGAGGCUCCAGAGAUCCAGCUUGACGCCAAGCUUCUGGCCGGUCUGACGGCCAAGGCUGGCAGCAAGAUCGAACUCCCAGCUGAAGUUAAGGGUAAGCCUGAACCCCGAGUGAAGUGGACCAAGGCAGACCUGGUUCUGAAGCCAGACGACAGGGUGUCCAUCGACACCAAGCCAGGACAUUCCACCAUCACCGUUGCUAAGACCAAGAGAGACGACAGCUCCACCUACAUCAUUGAGGCGACCAACAGCAGCGGCCGUGCCACCGCCACUGUGGAUGUCAACAUCCUUGACAAACCUGGUCCUCCUGCUGCCUUCGACAUUUCUGAGAUCACCAACGAAACCUGCCUCCUGGCCUGGAACCCGCCGCGCGACGACGGCGGCUCCAGAGUCACCAACUACAUCGUGGAGCGCCGAGCUGCCGACAGCGAGAUCUGGCACCGGCUGUCCUCCACCGUCAAACAGACAACAUACAAGGCAGUCGGCCUGGUCAAGUUCAAGGAGUACAUCUUCAGAGCGUUCGCUGAGAAUCAGUUUGGUGUUGGUCCACCAGCUGAACACCCGCCCAUCAUCGCCAGAUAUCCGUUUGACACCCCUGGAGCUCCCUACAAACUGGAGCCUUCAGACAUCGCCAAAGACGCCGUGACCCUGAACUGGUACGAGCCGGAUGAGGAUGGAGGCAGCCCCAUCACAGGUUACUGGGUGGAGCGAUACGAGCCGGACCAUGACAAGUGGAUACGGUGCAACAAGCUGCCCAUCAAAGACACCAACUACAGAGUGAAAGGUCUUCCCACAAGGAAGAAGUACAAGUUCAGAGUCCUGGCUGAAAAUCUGGCUGGAACUGGAAAACCCAGCAAAGAGACAGAUCAAAUCCUUAUCAAAGACCCUAUUGAUCCUCCUUGGCCUCCUGGUAAACCCGCAGUGAAGGAUGUAGCCAAGACUUCCUGCUUCCUGACUUGGACCAAACCCGAGCAUGACGGCGGGGCCAAGAUCGACAGCUACGUCAUCGAGAUGUUGAAGAGCGGAACCACAGACUGGAUCCGUGUGGCAGAGAACAUCAGCCUCCUGGAGUUCUUCCUGAAGGGCCUGAUGGAGAAGCAGGAGUAUUCGUUCAGAGUGAGAGCCAUUAACGUGGCCGGGGAGAGUGAACCCAGCGAGCCCAGCGACCCAGUGCUGUGCAAGGAGAGGCUGAAUCCUCCAUCGGCUCCUCGAUGGUUGGAGGUCGUGAGUAUCAGCCGGAGCAGCGCUGACUUGAAGUGGACGGCUCCGGAGCGUGACGGAGGAUCUCGCAUCACUAACUACGUUGUGGAGAAGCGCGACGUCAGGCGUAAAGGCUGGCAGGCGGUGGACACCACCGUGAAGGAGCUGAAGACCACCGUGACGCCGCUCAACGACGGAGCUCUGUACGUGUUCAGAGUCGCCGCAGAGAACGCCGUGGGUGUCGGGCCGUUCUGCGAGCUGGAGGACUCCGUGUUGGCCAAGGAUACUUUCACUACUCCUGGGCCGCCCUAUGCACUCACCGUCUACUCUGUGACCAAAAAGUAUGUGGAUCUGGAAUGGGAGGCACCUAAAAAUGACGGCGGUAGACCCAUACUCAGGUACUCUAUUGAGAAGAAGGAGAAGCUUGGAACACGCUGGGUGAAAUGUGGAAAGACUUCUGGUCCAGACUGUAAAUACCGGGUAACGGAUGUUAUUGAGGGAACAGAAGUCCAGUUCCAGGUCCGAGCUGAGAAUGAGGCCGGAGUCGGACACCCGUGUGAACCUACAGAGAUCUUGACCAUUGAAGAUCCAACAGGAAUCCCAUCUCCUCCCAUCGAGCUGCAUGUAACCGGAGCCAGCAGGGACUUCCUAUCCAUCGCCUGGAAGCCUCCGCAGCAGGACGGCGGUUCCCCGAUCCGCGGCUAUCACAUCGAGAUGUGCGAGGCUGGAACUGAGAAGUGGAUGAGGGUCAACUCCCGACCAGUGAAGGAGCUGAAGUACCGAGUGGAGGAGGGCAUCGUCCCUGAGAAGGAGUACAUACUGAGAGUGAGGGCCAUCAAUUCUGUAGGAGAGAGUGAGCCCUCCGACAUCUCAGAAAACGUCUUUGCCAAAGACUCUGACUGUAACCCAACACUGGAGUUCCAGACUCUGGACCUCGUUGUGGUGGAAACAGAGAAGCUUCACAUCCCAGUUCCCUUCAGAGCCGUUCCGUCUCCCAAAAUCACCUGGCACAAAGACGGCAAGGAGCUGAAGGCUGAUGAGCGUCUCAUGUUCAGGAAGGAGUACACUUCCUGUCACCUGGAGAUUGACAGCAGCCUUCACCCCGAUGCUGGAGUUUAUAAAGUGACUCUGGAGAACAAACUGGGAAGUGCCAGUGCAACCAUUAACGUGAAAGUCAUCGGUCUUCCUGGUCCCUGCAAAGAUAUUGUUGCCUCAGAAAUCACAAAGAGCUCAUGUAAAGUUUCCUGGGAUCCUCCAGACUACGACGGUGGCAGCCCGAUUCUUCACUAUGUCCUUCAGCGGCGUGAGGCUGGUAGGAGGACCUACGUCAACAUGAUGUCUGGAGAGAACAAGGUGAGCUGGACGGUGAAAGACCUCAUCCCCAACGGAGAGUACUACUUCAGAGUCCAGGCCGUCAACAAGAUUGGAGGAGGAGAGUUCAUCGAACUGCGCAAUCCUGUCAUUGCAGAGGACCAAAAACAUGCUCCUGACGCGCCAGUGGACGUGGAAACCCACAACCCCACUUCCAGCACUAUAACCCUAACCUGGAAGCCUCCUAUGUACGAUGGCGGCGCCAAAAUCAUGGGCUACAUUCUGGAGAGGCAGCAGAAGGGCGAGGACAAGUGGGAGAGGUGCAAUGACUUCCUGGUUCCUGUCCUGUCCUACACAGUCAGAGGACUAACAGAGGGCAAGAACUACAUGUUCAGAGUCAAAGCUGAAAAUGCUGCUGGCAUCAGUGAUCCGUCACGCAACACAUUGUUCGUUAAGGCCUCUGAUGCUGUUGAUCCUCCAAAGGUUUUCCUCAGUGGUAGCCUGCAGUCCGGUCUCAGUGUGAAGCGAGGCUGCGAGAUCUGCCUGGACGCCAAUAUUUCUGGCUCACCGUACCCUCAGAUCACCUGGUACUGGAACAACCAGCUGAUCCAACCUGAACCACUCCGCAAGAGACCUGAGAAACCCCUGAAGAAGAAACCUGAGAAGAAGGAGGAGGAGAAGAAAGAAGGAGAGGAGAAAAAGGAAGGAGAGGAGAAGAAGGAAGAGGAGAAAAAGCCAGAGGGAGAAACAGAGACUAAAGAGGAGAAGAAGGAGGGAGAGGAAAAGAAAGAAGGAGAAGAGAAGAAGGAGGAGGAGAAAAAGCCAGAGGAGGAAGCUGCUGAGCCAGAGGUGGAGGAGCCUGACUAUCCCACCAUAAAUGAACGUCUGACCAUCAAUAACAGCCACAGGGGCGUGUCCUCCAUCGUCAUUAAUGAGUCAGUCCGCCCAGAUCAUGGGGUCUACAUGGUGAAGGUGGAGAACGACCACGGCAUUGCCUCAGCAACCUGCGAGGUCAACGUGCUCGAUACUCCUGGUCCUCCCGUGAACUUUAGAUUUGAGGAAGUGAGGAAGAACUCAGUCAUUUGCAAGUGGGAUCCUCCUCUGGAUGACGGCGGCAGUGAGAUCCUCAACUACACCCUGGAGAAGAAGGAUAACUCCAAGCUGGAGUUCGGCUGGAGUUGUGUUACCAGCACACUGAGAGGCUGCCGCUACCUGGUGCCCAAACUCAUUGAGAAGAAAGAGUAUAUCUUCAGGGUUGUAGCUGAAAACAAGUUUGGCCCUGGUCCACCCUGCGUUUCCAAAUCUCUCAUCGCCAAGAAUCCUUUCGAACCUCCCGAGGCUCCAGAUAAGCCACAAAUAGACGACAUCACAGCCAACAGCAUGCUGGUCACUUGGGAGGUACCAAAGGACAAUGGCAGCCCUAUUCUGGGAUACUGGGUGGAGCGCAGGGAGAUCAACAGCUCACACUGGGCACGUGUCAACAGGAACAUCGUCCCAGACACGGAGCUGAACGUCGAAGGUCUCCUGGAGGGACUCACUUACAUCUUCAGGGUGGCGGCUGAAAACCAGGCCGGCCCUGGAAAGUUCAGUCCUCCCUCUGAGCCUAAAACAGCUCAGGCUCCAAUCUUGCCACCUGGACCUCCCAUUGCCAGAGUGGUGGUAACCACUGACCACUCCAUCGAAGUCGAGUGGGAUCCUCCUACCGACAAUGGAGGAGGAGAGAUUCUGGGAUACCAUGUGGAUAAGGCAAUGGCUGGUACCAAGGACUGGUCUAGAUCAACAGAACGUCCCUGGAAGCAGCGUAACUUCACCGUCUAUGGAGUUCGUGAGGGAGCAAAGUACACAGUCAGAGUCAUCGCCUGCAAUGCUGCAGGAGAAGGAACACCUGGUUUCACAGACGCUGUUUUUGUCCGGAACCCAGCAGAGGUCCCAGUAAUUGACAUGGACCUGGCCAUCAAGAAUGGUAUAAUCAUCAGAGCUGGAGAAACGCUGCGUGUUCCUGCUACAGUCACUGGUAAACCCUAUCCAUCCAUCACCUGGACAAAGGAUGAUGGCAAACCAGAUAAAGACCGUGUGGAGAUCCUCAGUGAGGGCAACGACAGUGUUGUCUCAAUCAAGAAUGUCCAGAGGCAGGAUUGUGGAAAAUAUCAGAUCUCUGCCUGCAACCCCAGUGGCUCCAAGUCUGCAUCGACCAGAGUGGAAGUGAUGGAUGUCCCUGGUCCUGUCAAGGACUUGAAGCCAGUUGUUGUUACUCGUAAGAUGAUUUUCCUGAACUGGGAUGACCCAGAUGAUGACGGAGGCAGCGAUCUGACAGGCUUUCUUGUGGAACGAAGGGAUGCCAAGAUGCACACAUGGAGGCAGCCUGUUGAAACCGCUUCGUCCAAGUGCGAGUGUGUAGGAAUCAUGGAGGGACAGGAGUACUUCUUCCGUGUCACCGCCAAGAACAAGUACGGUUUGGGUGUUCCCUUUGAGCUGGGACCCAUUAAAGCUGUCGAUCCUCAGGGUCCACCAUCAUACCCUGAAAAGUUCCACUACACAGAGAGGACCAAAAACUCCAUCACUCUGGCCUGGAAACCACCGCGCAGUGAUGGUGGCAGCCCAGUUAUUGGGUACUUCGUAGAGAAGAAGAGGCAGGACCAACAGGCCUUUGAGCCCUGCAACACAGAGAUCUGCCCCAACAUGACUCUCACUGUUGAAGGCCUGGAGGAGGCUUGGAUGUACGAGUUCAGAAUCAAGUGUGUCAAUCUUAUUGGAGAGAGUGAGCCAUCCAUUCCACUGACUGUCGUAAUUCAAGAUGAUGAAGUUGGUCCUGAGGUCCACAUGCUGAAGCACUAUACUGCUGACUGCAUUACUGUGAAGAAGGGUGAGCCUAUUGAAAUCCCCGCUGAUAUCAUUGGACUCCCCAUCCCAAAGAUCGAAUGGUCCAAGGACGACGUGCUAAUCGACAAGCCGACAGAGACUCUGCUGAUAGAGACAGAGGUGACUGGAAGGUUGAAUGCCAAGACCACACUAUCCAUCCCAGCUGCCAACAGGAGGGACCGCGGCAGCUACACUGUGUCAGCAUCCAACAACAUGGGCUCAGCCAAACACACCGUCUAUGUCAUGGUGCUUGACCGACCAACCCCUCCCAGGAAUCUGGCUGUGUCAAACAUCAGGGGCGAGUCUUGCUACUUAAACUGGGACGCACCAGUUGAUAAUGGUGGAAGCGAGCUGACCAACUACAUUAUUCAGAGGAAGGAAGUGCAUAAAGACCAGCCUGAGCCAGAAGAGGGAGAAGAGGCUCCACCAGAGCCACAGUGGGAAGUGGUCAACAAUGCUGUAAUUGAAAGGAAAUUAGGGGUGUGGGAGUUAGAGACCAACAAGACCUAUCUGUUCCAAGUCAGAGCCGAAAACAAGUACGGCAUAUCCGACCCAUGUACAACGGAGGAAGUCCUUAUCAUAGAUCCAUUUGGUCUUCCUGGCCCGCCACAGAAACCAACUAUUGCAGAAUACUCCAAGACCUCCAUGACACUAACAUGGGAGCCUCCAAGAGAGACUGGAGGCUCAAUGAUCACUGGGUACUGGCUGGAGAAAAGAGAGAAAGGAACGGACUAUUGGGCCAAAGUUAACAAGACGCCAGUCACUAAAAGAGGCACGAAAGGUUGGGAGUAUCAGGUGACUCGACUGUUUGAAGGAACUGAGUACGAAUUCAGGGUGGCAGCCUCCAAUUCAGCUGGAACUGGACCAUUCAGUGGGCCUUCUGACUCUGCCUUUGCAGUUGAUCCGAUCACUCCUCCAAGCAUGCCUGCUGCUCCUGAGGUUGCAGAUAAGACGAAGCAUAGCGUCACGCUCUCCUGGAAGCCACCGGAGAGUGACGGAGGAAGCCCCAUUAAGGGCUACAUUAUCCAGAUUCAGGAUGAAGGCUCAUCAGAGUGGCACAAGAUCAACGACAUUGACAGCCUGCAUCCCACCACGGAGUUCACCGUGCCCAGUCUCCGUGAGUUGAAACGCUACCGCUUCAGGAUCAUCGCUGUCAACGACAUCGGCGAGUCCGACCCCAGCCCACGCACCAGCGAAGUUCUGAUAGAGGAUGUCCAACUUCCUCCUGUCAUUACAAUUGAUGUCAUGGCUGAGGAACUAGUCAACAUUCGUGCUGGAGAUCCAAUCAGGAUUCCCGCAACCAUUAAGGGCCGGCCUGCUCCCAAGGUUACAUGGGACUACGAAGGCAAAGCCAAGAGCGAGAAAAAGAACAAACUGCACACAAUCCCUGUUGAGGCUCAAGUUGAGUCCACUGACACCACCUCAGUCGUGAACAUCCCUGUGAGCUUGAGGAGUCACUCUGGACGUUACAUCAUCACAGCCAAGAACAAGUCUGGACAGAAACAUGUCAACGUCAGAGUCAUUGUCGUCGAUGUUCCUGGACCUCCAAAGGACCUGAAGGUCACUGAUGUAACUCGUUCCACCAUGAGGCUGAUCUGGAAGCUCCCUGACACUGACGGAGGAGAGAGGAUCAAGAGUUACUUCAUUGAGAAAAAGUCUGUGAUUGACAAGGCCUGGACCAAGGUGAAUGCCACUUGUGCCAGCCAGGCCUUUGUGGUUCCAGGCCUGCUUGAGGGUCAGGAUUACCUGUUCAGGGUUCGAGCAGAAAACAGACUGGGAUUUGGUCCUUUUACCGAGACAACCGAACCCAUCAGAGCCAGAGAUCCCGUCUACCCACCUGACCCCCCAACCAAGCUGAAGGUAAACCUAGUCACAAAGAACACGGUCACUCUGAGCUGGGAGCCUCCAAAGAACAACGGCGGCUCACCUGUAAAACAUUACAUCAUCGAGCGUCUGAGUUGGGACACCAGCAGCAAGGAGAAGGAGACCUGGAAGCAGUGCAACAAGAGAGAUGUGGAGGAGCUCACCUUCAUUGUGGAGGACCUGAAGGAGGGAGGAGAAUAUGAAUUCAGAGUAAAAGCUGUGAAUGCAGCUGGACCCAGCCGACCUUCUGCCACUGUUGGACCUCUGGUCAUCAAGGAUCAGACAUGUCCUCCCACCAUUGAGCUGCGUGAAGCCAUGGAGGGCGAGGAGGGCUGCGACGUCAGCAUCGUGGCGAGGAUCAGCGGCUGUCCCUUCCCAACGCUGACCUGGCACAAGGCCAGCCUGGCCAAACCUGAGGAAAAGGCUGCUGUCCAGUAUGACCAGCAUAUCAACAAACUGGUGACCCCAGACAAGUGCACACUGUUGAUCCAGCAGUCCAGCCGGAACGACAGCGCCCUCUACAGCCUGACGGCCAGUAAUAGCCUGGGUUCUGUCUCCAAGGACAUCAAGCUGGCAGUGCUGGGACCUCCUGGCCCACCAGUGGGUCCAAUCAAGUUCACAGAGGUAUUUGCGGAGAGGAUCGGCCUGGCCUGGAAUCCUCCCACAGAUGAUGGUGGAUCCAAGAUCACCAACUAUGUGGUUGAGAAGCGUGAGGACAACAGAAAGACGUGGGUCCACGUCUCCAACGACCCGAAAGAGUGCGCCUAUGUGGUGACACGUCUUACAGAGAACCACGAGUACGAGUUCAGAGUCAUGGCCCAGAACAAGUUUGGAGUUGGACCGGCAGUGAUCAGUGAGCCUGAGAAGGCCAGAAACCUCUUCACCAUUCCUGGUCAGUGUGAGAAACCAACAGUCACUGAAGUCUGUCUGGAGUCCAUGACCGUCAACUGGGAUGAGCCCAAAUAUGACGGCGGAUCCCCCAUCACCGGCUACUUCGUCGAGAAGAAGGAGACCACUUCCAAACGUUGGACCCGUGUCACCCGGGAACCAAUCCAUGCACUCCCUCUGGGCAACAACUGGGACGUUACAGGCCUACUGGAGGGCGCCCUGUACCAGUUCAGGGUGAUCGCCAUCAACGCCGCCGGCUGUGGUCUGCCUAGCUUGCCCUCUGACCCUGUACUCUGCAGAGAUCCCAUCAAGCCUCCAGGGCCACCUUACCCGAAGGUGAUGGACUGGACUAAAUCAACGGUGGAGCUGGAGUGGCUCCCUCCCUCUACAGACGGAGGGUCCAAGGUGACAGGUUAUAUAGUUGAGUUGAAGGAGAUAAACAAGGAGGAAGAGGAGAAGAAAGCCAAGAGGAGGCUGCUGUUGAGCGAAGCUGAGGAAGAGAAGGAGCCUGAGAGCGACGAGAGCUGGAAGAAGGCAAAGGACAUAGAGAUCAGAGGAACUAAGUUUGUUGUGACCGACCUGAAAGAAGGAGGGCUGUACCAGUUCAGAGUCCGGGCCGUGAACUCUGCUGGCGUGGGAGACCCAGGUCUCGUGUCUGAGCUGAUCGAAGUCAAAGACAGAACAAUUCCUCCUGAGAUGGACCUUGAUGCCUCAGUGAAGGAGAAGAUUGUGGUCCAUGCUGGCGCCACUAUCCGCAUCAUCGCCUAUGUGUCAGGCAAACCCGCCCCGCAGAUCACCUGGUGCCGUGACGAUGCCGAGGUGCCCAAAGAGGCCGUGGUGGAGACGACGGGCAUCUCUAACUCUCUGGUCAUCAAGAACUGCAGACGGCAACAUCAGGGCAUGUACACACUCAGCGCCAAGAACGAGGGAGGCGAGAGGAAGAAGGCCGUCAUCGUUGAGGUUCUCGAUGUUCCUGGACCUGUCGGUCUUCCCUUCGCUGGUGAGAAUCUGACCACCGACUCCUGCAAACUGACCUGGUACUCCCCUGAAGACGACGGCGGCUCGGCCAUCACCAACUACAUCAUCGAGAAACGAGAGUCCGACCGAAUGGGCUGGACCUCGGUGUCCUACACGGUGACGAGGAACAACGCCGUGGUGCAGGGACUGAUUGAAGGCAAGGGCUACUUCUUCAGGAUCGCAGCUGAGAACAUCAUCGGAAUGGGACCUUUCAUCGAGAUCGACAAGAUGGUCCUCAUUAAAGACCCAAUCUCCGUCCCGGAGCGUCCAGAGGACCUGAUUGUCACAGGUGUUACCAAGGACUCCAUUUCUGUUGCCUGGAGACCACCCAAAUACGACGGUGGUGCAGAGGUGACCUCCUACGUCCUUGAGUCCCGAAUGGUGGGCCGUGACACUUUCACUCGGAUCGGAGGCGAGGACAAGCUGUUGGACAGGAAGUUCACGCUAACCGGACUGAAGGAAGGCUCGAGUCACGAGUUCAGAGUCUCAGCCGUCAACCAGGUUGGGCAGGGCAAGCACUCCUUCCCCACCAAACCUGUGCAGUGCAAGGACGAGCUCGAACCACCUAUUUUGGACCUGGACUUCAGAGACACGAUGAUGGUCAAGGUGGGAGAUCCAUGCAUGCUAUCAGGACGUUACAGCGGCAAGCCAGCCCCGACAAUCACCUGGACGAAGAACGACGAAGAGCUUAAAUCAGACGAAGAGAUCAACCUUCACAGCACCGCACACCACCUCAGCCUGAACAUCAGCAAGGCCAAGAGAGAACACAGUGGCCGCUACUGCGUCAGCAUCGAGAACGCCGCCGGGCCUCGCACCGGAAUCUGCACCAUCACUGUAGUCGACCGUCCUCAGCCACCAGAGGGCCCCGUAGUGUUCAAUGAAGUCUACAGGAACUACAUGGUCAUCUCCUGGAACCCUCCUCUAGAUGACGGCGGCUGCGCCAUCUCCAACUACAUCAUCGAGAAGAGAGACACCAACAGAGACCUGUGGAUGCCCGUCACCUCUUCCUCCACCAGAACCUCCUGCAAGGUGCCAAAGCUGAUCGAAGGUCGUGACUACAUCAUCCGGAUCAUGGCUCAGAACAUGUACGGCAUCAGUGACCCACUCCUGUCAGCGGAGACCAAAGCUCGAGAUGUCUUCAAGGUGCCUGAUGCGCCAAAGCAACCCACAGUGAAGGAAGUUUACCAUGACUGCGCCCUGAUCAGCUGGGAGCCACCUGCUGAUGGAGGAAAACCAAUCACAGGUUACAUUGUGGAGAGGAAGGAGACCAAGGCCAACAGAUGGGUUCGCUGCAACACAGAAAGAAUCUACCCCAAAGUGGAGUACUGUGUGACAGAGCUGCUACAAGGCUGUGAAUACGAGUUUAGAGUCAGCGCUGAGAACGUGGUGGGAGCUGGAGACCCGAGUCCACCAUCCAAACCAGUUUUUGCAAAGGAUCCCAUCGUGAAACCUAGUCCACCUGUCAACCUUCGCGCCAUCGACUUCACCAAAGAGUCAGUGACUCUGUCCUGGGAGCCGCCCACCGACACCGGACGAGGCAAGAUCUUCGGAUAUCUGCUGGAGUUCCAGAAGGCCGGGCAAGAGGAAUGGAACAAGGUGAACCAGACUCCAGAUUCCUGCCACGAGACCAAGUUUAAGGUGAUAGGCCUGGAAGAUGGUGCUCUGUACCGUUUUAGAGUCAUGGCUGUCAACGCAGCCGGAGAGUCUGACCCAACCAACCUGAAGGAGCCAGUCAGAGUACAGGAGAGACUUGAGCCUCCAGAGUUGAUUCUGGAUGCUGGAAUGACCCGAGAGGUGAAAGCCAUGGCUGGUACUCACAUCACCCUGAUGGCCACCAUCAAAGGCGUGCCAUUCCCCACAGUCACCUGGAAGAAGAACGAUGCAGAGGUUCCUACCAGAGCUGACAUUGAGACAAACCAGGCAGGUACAAAGCUGGAGAUGAGAUUCUGCAACCGUGGAGACUGCGGAGACUACACUCUGACCGUGGAAAACCCAGCUGGCUCCAAGACUGCUACCUGCACUGUGCUGGUUCUUGAUAAACCUGGUCCUAUUCAGCACCUCCGGGUGUCUGACAUCAGAAGUGACUCCGCCUACCUGUCAUGGAAGGAUCCGGAAGACAAUGGCGGGUCUCGCAUCACUAACUUUGUGGUAGAGAAGAAAGACACUGCAUCCACUCAGUGGGUUCCUGUCUGCUCCACCUCCAAGAAGCGCAGCAUGAUGCUAAAGCACUUGAUGGAGGGCACAUCCUACUCAUUCAGAGUUGCUGCUGAAAAUCACUAUGGCCGAAGCGAAUUUGUUGAGACACCAAAGGCUAUAAAGGCAAUGAACCCUCUCUUCCCUCCUGGUCCUCCUAAAGACCUGCAUCAUGCUGAUGUGGACAAAACAGAGGUCUGGUUGGCCUGGAACUGGCCUGAUCGCGAUGGAGGAAGUGAGAUCACUGGCUUCUUUGUGGAGUAUCAGGAAGAAGGAGCCAGAGAGUGGGAAGAAUGGAAGACUGAGAGCAUCCCAGAGAGUCAUGUUACCGGCUUGGAGGAAGGAAAGACUUACCGCUUUAGAGUGAGGACUGAAAAUGCCAUUGGCCUCAGUAGACCUGACACCACACUGCCCAUCCUCUGCCAGGAGAAACUAGUCCCUCCAAUCGUCGAAGUAGAUGUUAAGCUGAUUGAAGGCAUCAUUGUGAAGGCUGGCACCACCAUCAGGUUACCAGCUAUAAUGAGAGGAAUCCCUGUUCCUGCUGCCAAAUGGUCCAUUGACGGGGAGGAAAUCACAAGCCAGGGCAAAAUCAAAAUCGAUACUGACAAUUUCUCAACUGUGCUCAACAUCAACGAGUGUACCAGGAACCACACAGGCACCUACCUGCUCACUGUGUCCAAUACGGCAGGGACGAAAACCGUGGCCCUGAGUGUAACUGUUUUGGAUGUUCCAGCUGCACCUAUUGGACCCGUCAACAUCAUGGAAGUCAGUCCAGACUCCAUGACGAUUGAAUGGCGCCCUCCCAAGGAUGACGGCGGAAGCCCCGUCACCAACUACAUUGUGGAAAAGCGAGAGUCCAGCAAGGAGACUUGGGGAGGCGUUAGCUCUGGCAGCCUUGAAACUCAGCUCAGGAUUACUCGCCUGCAGAAAGGAACAGAGUAUGUGGUUCGCAUUCGUGCCGCAAACAAGAUGGGAGUCGGUGCUCCACUAGAGAGCAAGCCAACCGUGGCUGAACACACCUUCAUGCCACCCAGUCCACCUGGUAAACCACAGCAUUAUGAUCUGUCUGAAGAUGCUGUUGCAAUCGGAUGGACCAUGCCUCUAGCUGAUGGUGGCAGCCAGAUCACUGGCUACCUCAUAGAGCGCAGACACAAGGGAGGAAAAUGGAUUCGUGUUAAUAGGACUCCAUGCAAGGACCUCCGAUACAGAGUCCAGGGUCUGUUUGAAGGAAAUGAAUAUGAAUUCAGGGUGUUUGCAGAGAAUAUUGCUGGCUAUAGUGGUCCUUCUCCUACCUCUGACCCUUCCAAGCCCUGCAGACCCAUCUCCGUCCCAAGCUCUCCUAUUAAUCCCAAAGUUAAGGAUUACAGUAAGAACACCGCUGACCUGGUCUGGACCAAACCCUCCAGAGACGGAGGCAGCCCCAUCCUUGGCUACACAGUGGAAAUGAAGAAAGCCGAUACCGAGGAGUGGAAGAAAGUGAACCUGGAUGACUUCAUCAAGCAGUGUGCUUACAGGGUGAAGGGUCUGGAAGAAGGUGUGAGUUACAGUUUCAGAGUCUAUGCUUCAAACAUGAUUGGAGAUGGAGAGCCAAAAGAAAUACCACAGUCAAUCACCGCUCAGGAUAUCCUCAUCCCUCCUGAGAUUGAAAUGGAGGCUACCUGUCGCGAUAGGUUAACCGUGCGUGUCGGCCACAACAUCAACAUUAUUGGCUACAUCAAGGCCCGUCCUGAUCCUGAGGUCAUUUGGUCAAAGGAGGAGACGGUUCUGGAGAACAGCAAACGAGUGACCAUCAUCCAGAACCUCCCGGUGGUUCACCUCAGGGUAAAGGAAGCUACGAGGAAUGAUCAUGGAAAAUACACACUGAAGGCUUCAAACGAGGGUGGUGAGGCUUCCUGCACUAUCACGGUUAAUGUGCUGGACAGACCAAGUCACUGCCAGAGUCUGCACAUAACCUAUGCCACCAAGGACUCAUGUAUGGUCAACUGGGAGGCACCAAUCGACAAUGGUGGGUCUGAGAUCACCAAUUACAUUGUGGAGUGCCGUGAGCCCAGCAUUAGCAUGUGGUCCAUGAUCUCUUCCAACUGCACCAAUCGCAAGAUCAAAGCCAAACUGAUGGAGGGCCAUGAGUACCUGUUCCGCGUUUGCGCCGUCAACAAGCUGGGACCUGGCCCCAGUGUGGAGACCAAGACCCCUCUGCUGGCCAUUGACCCCAUUGAGAAGCCUGGUGAGCCAGAGAACUUCAGAGCCACCGACAUUGGUAAAAACUUUGUCUAUCUGAGAUGGAGGAAGCCCGACUAUGACGGUGGCAGCCCCAACCUCUCGUACAACCUGGAGUGCAAACACAAAGAUGCUGAACAGUGGGAGAAACUCAACAGUACCACACUAACAGAUACCUUUUUCUUGGCUGGCAAGUUGGUUGAAAACCAAACCUACACAUUCAGGGUACAGACUGUGAAUGAAGGUGGAGAAAGUGCCUGGGUAAAGAUCCCUGACAUUGUGGUGAGGGAGGAGAUCCAGAAGCCAGUCAUUGACCUGAAGGUAGCUGGAACUUUGACAGUGAAGGCUGGGGAGUCGGUCAGGAUGGAGGCUGCCCUUAGAGGAAAACCACAGCCAGAAGUCAAGUGGACAAAAGACAAAGCUGUGGGAGACAAUCCCAGAAUGAGCUAUGAAACUGGUUCAGAUUAUUCCAAAUUUCUUCUGACCAAGUCCAGACGCUCAGACACCGGCAAGUACGUCGUCACUGCCACUAAUACAGCUGGCACCUUCACAGCUUAUGCAAACGUCAACGUCUUGGAUGUGCCGGGACCAGUGAGGAACCUGAGGAUCACCGGCAUCGGAGCUGACAAAUGCAGAGUGGUGUGGGACGGUCCAGAGGAUGAUGGAGGCUGCGAAGUGGGCAGUUACAUUUUGGAGAAAUGUGAGACCAGGAGAAUGGUCUGGUCCACAUACUCCGCCUCUGUAGUCACUCCUUACUGUAACGUCACCCGACUGGUGGAAGGUAAUGAGUACAUCUUCAGAGUGAGAGCAGAGAACAAGAUGGGAACUGGCCCUGCCAUGGAAAGCAGGCCUGUAACUGUCAAGACUCAGUUCAACAGACCUGGACCCCCCGACGCCCCUGAAGUUACUAAGGUCAGUAAGGAGGAGAUGACUGUGGUCUGGGCUCCACCUGAGAACGAUGGAGGAAAGUCCAUCACCGGCUACAUUCUGGAGAGGAAGGAGAAGCGGGCGGUGCGCUGGGUGGCUUGCACGAAGAGCCCCAUUUCUGAAAGACGCAUGAAAGUGACAAACCUGAUUCCAAACCAUGAAUACCAGUUCAGAGUGAAAGCAGAGAAUGAGGUCGGCCUUGGAGAACCAAGCAAAGCCUGCAGACCUGUUGCAGCCAAAGAUCCUAUUGAACCACCUGGACCGCCAGCAGGCCUGAAAGUUUUUGACAGCACAAAGACCUCCAUUACCCUGUCCUGGUCUAAACCUGUGUACGACGGCGGCGCCCCCAUUAUUGGCUACAGCCUGGACUUGAGGCUGAAGAGCGACGCCGACCCAGAGAAACCCUCAGAGGGCUGGAAGAGAAUCGAUACCCAUGGCCCGCUGGUGAUCACAGAGUUCACUAUUGGCCAGUUGGAUGAGAAACAGGAGUAUGAGUUCAAAGUCUCCGCCCAAAACCAGGUGGGCUGGGGUCGCCACGCCUACCUGAAGGAGGCAGUGUCUCCCAAGGAGAUCCUUGAGGCCCCUGAAAUCGAGCUGGAUGCCAGUUUGAGGAAAGGCCUCGCCGUCAGGGCUGGGUGUCCCAUCCGGUUGUUUGCUGUGAUCAGAGGAAGGCCGGCACCCAAGGUGACCUGGAAGCGCCUGGGUGUGGACAACGUCGUACGCCGAGGUCACGUGGACCAGGUCGACACCAUGUGCUUCCUGGUGAUCCCUGAGAGCACCAGAGAGGAUUCUGGGAGAUAUUCACUGACUCUGUCUAACUCGGCUGGAGAGAAAGCAGUGUAUGUCCGAGUCAAAGUGCUUGACACUCCUGGUCCGGUUGGUGGUUUGGACGCUACCAACAUAACUAAGACAACCGCUCAGCUCUCCUGGUUGCCUCCGGAAAAUGAUGGUGGCAGCCCCAUUGUUAAUUACAUUGUGGAGCAACGGGAAGUGGAUAGAAAGACUUGGACCAAAUGCAUAGAGGACCUGAAGAAAACCAGCUUCAAGGUGACCAGCAUGACGCCAGGCAUCGAGUACUACUUCAGAGUCAUGGCGUGCAACAAAUACGGAAUUGGAGUGCCUCAGGAUUCUCCCAGGUCCUAUCUGGCUGUGGAUCCUAUAAGUGAGCCAGACCCACCUAAGAAGAUGGAUGUGUUGGAGAUCUCAAAGAACAGUGCCACGUUGGGCUGGCUGAAGCCCCUCAGAGACGGAGGAGCUAAAAUCAACGGUUAUGUCGUUGAUUAUCAGGAAGAGGGAGCUCCCGAGGACAAGUGGACACCUUACUCUGUCGUCAAAGAUCUGACCAUUGUGGUGGUUGGUCUGAAGGAAGGAACGAAGUACAAGUUCAGAGUGGCAGCAAGAAACUCGGUUGGAGUAAGCUUGGCCCGCGAGGCGGAGGGAGUGUUUGAGGUCAAGGAGCAGCUCAUGGCUCCAAAGAUCAUUAUGCCUGAGAUUGUUACGGUGAGGGCCGGAUCGAAAAUGGUGAUCGAGGGCAUUGUGGCUGGUAAACCGGCUCCUUUCUGCAAGUGGAAGCAGGGCAAUGAGGACGUACUGACCUCAGAUCGCCUGUCAGUCGUAAAGACUCUGACAACCUGUACCCUCAUCAUCAAGAACGUGAACAGAAAGGACAGCGGCUACUACAGCCUGUCUGCCGAGAACAGCACCGGCAAGGUCAACCAGAUCCUCAGAGUCAUCGUCCAGGACAUCCCUGGACCUCCAGGUGGCCCUCUGGAGAUCUCAGAAUUGGAUAUUGAUGCUUGCACGCUGCUCUGGAACUCCCCAGAGGAAGAUGGGGGCAGCCAGAUCACCAACUACAUUGUGGAGAAGUGUGACAUCAGCCAGGGUGACUGGAUCACCGUUUCAGUUUCCUGCACCAAGACCAGCUUCCGAAUGACCAAACUUACAACUGGAAAGGAGUACUGGUUCAGGGUCCGGGCUGAGAACAAGUCCGGCAUCUCUGAGCCCCUCUACUCUGAAAAGAUAAUUGCCAGAUAUCCGUUUGAUCCUCCAAGUGAACCCAGAAACCUGCAGAUCAACAAGAUCAACAAGGAAUUUGUCAUUCUGUCUUGGGAGCGUCCCAGCAGCGACGGUGGAAGCCCCAUCACUGGUUUCUGCAUCGAGAAGAAGGAGAGGAACAGCCUGCUGUGGGUGAAGGCUAACGAGUCUGUGGUCAAAGCCACACAGUACACCUGCACCGGCCUCAUCGAGGGCCUGGAGUACACCUUCAGGGUGUCGGCCUACAACAUGGCUGGACAGGGAACACCCUGCAAACAGACCGACUACAUCACUGCCAGAACGGCAGUUGACCCACCAGGUAAACCCGAAGCAAUGGAUGUGACCAAGAACUCUGUCUCUUUGGUCUGGAGCCGUCCCAAACAUGACGGCGGCAGCAAGCUGAUUGGCUACCAUGUGGAGUACACUAAGGUGCCAGAGGACAAAUGGACUUGCUGCAACGCCAACUGCAUGAACAUCCAGACUGAGAGCUACGUGGUUCAGGGCCUGGAGGAGGGUCAGAGGUACCAGUUCAGAGUCAUUGCCAAGACUGCCAUCAAUGUCAGCCUCCCGUCUGAGGUGUCGGAUCCCAUUGCUGUCAUUGCUGAGAAUGUUCCACCCCGCGUUGAACUGGGCGUCAACAUGAAGAGCCUCAUUGUGGUAAAGGCAGGCGACCACGUCUCCCUGGACGCCGAGGUUCACGGCAAACCGCUGCCUAAGGUGAGCUGGAAGAGAGACGGUGUGCCACUGGUGAUCGCAGAGGGAAUGAAGGCGACGCAGAAGAAACACGUUCAUCUGCUGGAGCUCUACUCAGUCACCAGGAAGGAGACUGGAGACUACACCAUCCUCGCUGAAAACCUGAGUGGUAGCAAGUAUGCCACCAUUAAGGUCAAAGUGCUGGACAAACCCGGCCCUCCAGCCUCAAUAAAAAUCGCCAAAGUGUUCGCCGACCGUGUGAAGAUUCGCUGGGAGCCUCCACUCGCAGAUGGAGGAUCUGAAAUCACCAACUACAUUAUUGAGAAGCGUGAAACCAGCAGGGCCAACUGGGCGCUGGUAACCGCUAACAUCCACGGCCACAAUACCGACUGUUCAGUGGAAAAGCUCAUCGAGGGUCAUGAGUACCAGUUCAGAGUGAGUGCUGAGAACCAGUAUGGUGUGGGAGACACCAUCAUGACUGACGCCGUAACCGUGAAGAACCCAUAUGAUGUUCCUGGGCCAUGUGAGCCACCGGUCAUUACCAACAUCACCAAGGACUCCAUGACAGUCAGCUGGAAAGCCCCCGCCAAUGACGGCAAAGCUCCCAUCCUGGGUUACCUGGUGGAGAAGCGUGAGGCCACAGAGUUGACCUGGGCUAAGGUUAACCGCCGACCUGUUAUCGACAGAACCAUCAAGGCAGCUCAGCUGACCGAGGGCUCAGAGUACGAAUUCAGAGUCAUCGCCUUGAACAAGGCCGGCCUGGGCAAACCCAGCGACCCGUCCAACGCCGCUCUGGCUGUUGACCCCGUCUAUCCGCCUGGCCCACCUGCGUUCCCCAAGGUGGUGGACUCUACCAAGCAUUCGAUCAGCCUCAGCUGGACCAAACCAGCUUACGAUGGCGGCUGUGAGAUCAUUGGAUAUCUGGUGGAGUGCAAGCGAGCUGACGCUGAGGAGUGGACCAAGUGCAACGUCCCGAAGAAACUCCAGGCCACCAAAUUCGUGGUGACCAGCCUGAUGGAAAACACAGAGUACCAGUUCAGAGUCACUGCCGUCAACAAGAUUGGCUACAGCGAUCCCAGCGAGGUUCCUGGAAACCACAUGGCAAAGGACAUCCUGAUUGCCCCUGAAGGUGAGCUGGAUGCUGAUCUGAGGAAGGCUUUGGUUCUGCGAGCCGGCAUCACCAUGAGGCUCUACGUCCCGCUGAGGGGACGCCCGGCGCCCAAGGUGACAUGGACAAAGGUGGACGCCAACCUGAAGGAGAGGCAGGGCCUGCUGAUCAAAACGUCUGACUGGGACACCCUGCUAAUGAUUGAGGACAUUAACAGAUAUGAUGCAGGCAAAUAUGUCCUGUCUCUGGAGAACAGCAGUGGAUCUAAGAGUUACACCAUCAUAGUUAAAGUCCUCGACUCACCUGGACCACCUGCCAACCUGACUGUGAAGGAGACCUCCAGGACUCAUGCCUGGAUAAGCUGGGAGCCACCGCUGAUCGAUGGUGGAAGUCCAGUAAAAAGCUACGUUGUGGAGAAACGUUUGGCUGAGAGGAAGGCGUGGACCUGCGUCUCUGCCGAGUGCCACAAGACUUCCUUCAGGAUCACCAAUCUGGAGCCGGGUCAAGCAUACUGCUUCAGAGUUCUGGCUGAAAACGCUUAUGGCAUCGGAGAGGGCUGCGAGACGGCAGGCAGCGUCCGGGCCUCAGAACAACCUGGUCCAGUGACAGACUUCAGAGCCCAAAAGACCACCAAAGACUCUAUCACAUUGGGCUGGAAGAAACCCAUCAGUGAUGGUGGAAGCUACAUUACCUCCUACAUUCUGGAGCAGAGCGAAGGAGAGGAGAAAUGGAAGGAGAUUAUGAAGGGCAAGAACACCAGUCACACCAUCAGUGAGCUGGCAGACGGCAAGGAGUAUUUAUUCCGGGUCAAGGCCCUCAACGAGUCUGGAGAGGGGCCACCAACUGAGUUCACUGCUGUUGCCAAGGACCAGUUCGUGCUCCCUGACUGCAACUUGAGCAGUCUUCAUGAUGGUUGCUGCGUGGCGAAGGAGGGCACCACCCUGCGCAUCAACAUCCCUGUGAUUGGAGUGCCUUACCCUACCGCCACCUGGAAGAAGGGCGACAUGGGACUUGGCGAUUCUGGCCGUAUAUGUGUUGAGGCCUCCCAGGGCAUUACCACUCUACUGAUCAGAGACUGCCAGAGAGGAGAUGCGGAUACCUACACCAUCAAUGUCAGAAAUAGCGCGGGCUCAAAGGACUGCAAGUUCCAGUUGAAGGUCGUUGGAAAGCCCGGAAUAUGUACUGGACCCAUCAAGUUUGACGAGAUAACUGCUGAUGGCAUCACCCUGGAGUGGGCACCACCAAAAGACGAUGGAGGUGCAGAGGUGUCCAAUUACAUCGUUGAGAAGAGGAGGACAACAGACAACAAAUGGGCCACAGUGGCUUCAGCCAUCCAGAAGACCACCAUGAGGGUGAUCAGACUCCAUGAUGGAAUAGAGUACAUCUUCAGAGUGUGUGCUGAGAAUAAGUACGGCAUCGGCGAGUUCCUGAGGUCUGACCCAGUCAUCGCCCAGCAUCCUUUCAAUGUACCUGAGGCGCCAGCUCCUCCUGAGAUUCUGAGCAUUCGACAUGAGUCAGCCAUUCUGACUUGGGCUGAUCCAAAAGACAAUGGUGGCUCCCAAAUCACUGGGUAUCACCUUGAGUUUAAGGAGAGAAACAGCCUGAUGUGGAAGCGAGCUAGUAAGACUCCUUUGAGAGUAAAGGAGUGUAGAGUUACGGGUCUCGUUGAAGGACUAGAGUAUGAGUUCAGGGUGAUGGCUUUGAAUGUGGCCGGCCUUGGAAAGGCAAGCAAAGUCACUGAGGCUGUUGUCGCCCUUGAUCCUAUAGAUCCACCUGGUAAACCAGAUGUGAUUAAUGUUACCAGGAACACAGUCACUCUAAUUUGGACUGCUCCUAAAUAUGAUGGUGGCUAUAAACUGACUGGCUAUAUGGUGGAGAAACUUGAAGCUGGUGGAAAGGCAUGGAUGAAGGCCAAUCACAUAAACAUCCAGAGCUGUGCUUUCACUGUUACAGACCUGACAGAAGGAGCUCAGUAUCAGUUUAGAAUCAGGGCCAAGAAUGCUGCUGGUGCUGUCAGUGUUCCCUCAGAGACCACCGAAUCACUGACCUGCAAGGAUGAGUAUGAACCUCCAUCUAUCACUCUUGACCAAGAGAUGAAGGAGGUUGUGUCCGUCAAGGCAGGAGACACAAUUGUUAUCUCUGCUGCAAAGAUUGUGGGCAAACCUCCGCCAACUGCUUUCUGGUCCAAGGGAGGUCGUGAAUUCAAGAACUCUGACAUUGUCACUGUAACUAGCACUCCAACCUCUUCAACACUUUCUAUCAAGUAUGCAAGCCGGAAGAAUACUGGAGAGUACACAAUUAAUGCUAGUAACCCAUUUGGUAUUAAGGAAGAACACAUUAAAGUAAAGGUUCUAGAUGUUCCUGGACCACCAGGCCCUAUUGAAGUCAGUAACAUUUCAGCUGAGAAGUGUACCUUGACCUGGCUUCCACCUGAAGAGGACGGAGGCUCCUCUAUCAAGUCCUACAUCCUUGAGAAGAGAGAGACUAGCCGCUUGCAAUGGACCAAAGUUGCGGAAAAUAUUAUGGAUUGCAGACAUGUAACCAGUAAACUGAUCAAGGGCAAUGAGUACAUCUUUAGAGUGUGUGCUAUAAACCAGUAUGGCACAGGAGACUCUAGCCUGUCUGGUCCCAUCAAAAUGGCUGACAGCUUUGGUCCACCAGGUCCACCAUCAGCUCCAGAGGUAGAUAAUGUCAGUCGGAAUGCAGUUACCAUUUCAUGGAAGAGACCUGUACAGGAUGGAGGAAGUGACAUUAGAGGAUAUUGUGUAGAAAGGAAAGAAAAGAGAGGAAUGAGAUGGGUGAGAGCCUGCAAGAGGACAGUUCCUGACCUUCGCUUCAAGGUGCCAGGCCUGAGUGAGGGAGUAGAGUACGAGUUUAGAGUCACUGCUGAGAAUAAAGCGGGAUUUGGGCAGCCAAGUGAGCCAUCACGCCCUGUAAUGACCAAGGAUAUUGUAUAUCCACCUGGUCCUCCAUCCAACCCUAGAAUUGCAGACACCACAAAAACUACAGCAGCCUUUGCUUGGGGCCGUCCUCAUUAUGAUGGUGGUCUUGAAGUAGAAGGUUACAUUGUUGAGUAUAAAAAGGAGGGUCAUGAUGACUGGGAGACAGAGACACAAUAUCCAAUUAAAGUUACUGAAUAUGUCAUUGGUAAACUUCAAAAAGGAGGCAAAUACCACUUCAGAGUUAGGGCUGUAAACUCUGAGGGAGUCGGUGAGCCUGCAGAGGUCGAGAAAGUGACUGAACUAGUUUACCAGGAAACAAUUCCAGACUUUGAGUUGGAUGCAGAGCUCAGGAAAACUCUGGUUGUCAGAUGCCGUGCUUCAAUUCGUCUAUUUGUUCCUAUCAAAGGCCGUCCUGUUCCUGAAGUCACUUGGAGCAAAGAAAACACCAACCUGAAAGCACGUGCACACAUUGAUACAACAGAGUCCUACACUCUACUGGUUAUUCCUGACUGCACUAGGUACGACGCAGGAAAAUACCAUCUCUCUUUGGAGAAUGCUGCUGGUAAGAAGUCAGGCUUUGUCAACGUGAAAGUUCUGGACACACCUGGGCCUCCAGUCAAUCUUAAACCAAGAGAGAUCACUAAAAACAGCAUAACUCUCCAGUGGGAAAUCCCUAUUAUUGAUGGAGGGUCCAAGAUUCAUAACUAUAUCAUUGAAAAGAGAGAUGCUACAAAGAAGGCUUAUACAGUGCUUAGCACCACAUGGCAAAAGUGUUCUUUCAAAUUUCAAGACCUUGAGGAGGGAGCUUACUACUACUUCCGUGUUUCUGCUGAAAAUGACCUAGGUGUAGGUGAACCUGCUGAAAACCCUGAGCCUAUAAGAGUAUCUCAGGCCCCUUCUGCACCAGAUAACUUGUACGUUACUGAUUUGACCAAUGACAGCGCAAGCCUUGCAUGGACCAAGCCUCUUCAUGAUGGCGGUAGCUUGAUUACAGGAUAUGUCAUUGAGGCUCAAAAGAAAGAUACUGAUCAAUGGGUCCACAUAACCACCAUCAAGGCUCUAGAUUAUACUGUGACAGAUCUGAUUGAGGGUGCUGAAUACACCUUCCGUAUAAUGGCUGUCAAUGCAUCAGGCAGGAGUGAUCCUCGUGAGAGUCGGCCAGCUGUGAUUAAAGAGCAAACUUCUGCUCCAUCUUUUGACCUGAGAGGAGUCUACCAGAAAACCGUAAUUGCCAAAGCAGGAGACCGUGUGAAGGUGGAGAUUCCAGUGCUGGGAAAACCCAGGCCUGUUGUGUCAUGGAAGAAAGGGGACAUGGCACUUAAGGAAACACAAAGAAUCAACACUGAAACCACAGCAACAUCAACAAUCCUAAACAUCAGUGAGAUCAAAAGAAUUGAUGAAGGCCAGUAUUCCAUGACUGGAAAGAAUAUCCUGGGCACACUGACAGAAACCAUCACAGUCCUGGUCCAUGACAUUCCAGGUCCUCCUACUGGUCCUGUCAAACUGGAUGAGGUCUCAUGUGAUUAUGUUAUUAUGUCCUGGGAACCACCAGAGAAUGAUGGAGGUGUUCCUAUAAAUAAUUAUAUUGUUGAGAUGCGUGAGACUACAGGUACUUCAUGGGUGGAGUUGGCAGCUACAGUUAUUCGCACCACGUUCAAAGCAGCAAGACUUAAUACUGGUACGCAGUAUCAGUUCCGUAUCAAGGCUCAGAACAGAUAUGGCGUUGGACCAUGUGUUCUGUCUGAACCAGUGUUAGCUGGCUAUCCAUUUGAUGUGCCAGGCCAGCCUGGCAUUCCUGUAGUUACAGCUUUCAACAAAGAUUCAAUGACUCUUAGUUGGAAUGAGCCAUCUUCUGAUGGAGGCAGUCCUAUUCUUGGGUAUCAUGUGGACAGAAAAGAGAAAAACAGUAUCCUGUGGCAGAGGAUCAGCAAAGCUCUUGUGGUUGGAAACAUCUUUAAAUCAUCAGGCCUUGUUGAUGGCAUUGCAUAUGAACACCGGGUCAUUGCUGAAAACAUGGCUGGUCUCAGCAAACCUAGCAAACCCUGUGAGGCUACGUAUGCUUUGGACCCAGUUGACCCACCAGGUAGGCCUGUGGCAUUGAAUAUCACCAGACAUGAGGUGACAUUAUCAUGGACCAAACCAGAAGGUGAUGGAGGAUUUUCUAUUGUGGGAUACACAGUGGAGAGGAAGGAGAUGCCUAAUGGACGCUGGCUUAAAGCAAAUUUCAACAACAUUCUAGAAACCAUGUUCACAGUCAGUGGUCUGACUGAAGAUGCAACCUAUGAAUUCCGUGUGCUUGCUCGAAACUCAGCUGGUGCCGUUAGUGCUCCAUCACAGCCAUCAGAAGCCAUCACAUGCAGAGAUGACAUUGAAGAACCCAGGCUUGAUAUUGAUGCAUCAUAUAGCAGUAAUGUUGUAGUAAUGGCAGGAGAACCAUUCAAGUUGGAAGCCAGUGUAACCGGCAGGCCAAUUCCUUCUCUAGUAUGGACCAAGGAAGGAAAGGAACUGGAGGACACAGCUAAAAUAGAAAUUAAGACAUCUGACUUCCACACAACCUUAAUCAGCAAAGAUUCCCUAAGGAGAGAUGGUGGUGCUUUUACCCUGACUGCAAGCAAUCCUGGUGGAUUUGCAAAGUUCACUUUUAAUGUUAAAGUACUUGACAGACCUGGACCACCAGAUUCCCUUUCAGUUACAGAUGUUGCUGCAGAAAAAUGUGUGCUUAACUGGCUGCAUCCAACACAUGAUGGUGGUGCCAAAAUUGAAUACUUCAUCAUACAGAAGCGUGAGACCAGUAGGUUGGCAUGGACAAAUGUGGCCACAGACCUUCAAGCAAACAGGUUUAAGGUCACAAAGCUUCUUAAAGGAAAUGAGUAUAUUUUCAGAGUAAUGGCUGUCAAUAAGUAUGGCAUAGGUGAACCCCUUGAAUCAGAGCCUGUGACUUGUGUCAACCCAUAUGGUCCCAGUGACCCACCAACGCAGCCUGAGGUCACAACUAUCACCAAAGACUCAAUGGUUGUCUGCUGGGAACGUCCUGAACAUGAUGGAGGCAAUAGAAUUAAUACAUACAUAAUUGAAAGAAGGGAUAAGACAGGUCUACGCUGGGUGAAAUGUAACAAGAGGACUGUGACAGAUUUGCGAUUCAAGGUCUCUGGUCUCACACAAGGUCACGAGUAUGAAUUUAGAGUUUUUGCUGAAAAUAAUGCUGGUCUCAGUCAGCCCAGCCCUUCUAGUCCAUUCUACAAGGCUGUUGACACAAUCUUUCAGCCUGGACCUCCAGGAAACCCAAGAAUGCUUGACACCUCUAAGUCAUCCAUUACUGUUGCCUGGAAUAAACCUGUUUAUGAUGGUGGUUCUGAAAUCACUGGUUACAUUGUGGAGACUUGCCUGCCUGAGGAGGAUGAGUGGACAAUUCACACUCCUAAGAAAGGAUGGACAGCCACAUCUUUUACCAUUACUGGUCUGAAAGAAAACCAGGAGUAUAAAAUCAACAUCUGUGCAACAAAUUCUGAAGGGGUGGGAGAACCUGCUGCUAUACCUGGUACCCCUAAGGCUGAAGACAGAUUAAUUCCACCUGAAAUUGAACUUGGAGCAGAGCUACGUAAAGUUGUUUCCAUCAGAGCCUGUAGCACACUCAGACUUUUUGUCCCCAUCAAGGGAAGGCCAGCACCAGAAGUAAAAUGGUCAAGAGAGCAUGGAGAAUCCCUGGACAAGGCUAACAUUGAAAUUACCCCAUCAUUUACAACUCUUCAAAUAGACAAUGUUGACAGGUUUGAUGGAGGUAAAUACUUGGUGACAGUAGAGAAUGCCUCAGGAAGUAAAACAGCUUUUGUUAAUGUUAGAGUACUAGAUACUCCUGGACCACCUCAGAAUCUCAUUGUUAAGGAGGUCACAAGAGAUUCAGUUUCCCUGGUUUGGGAUGCACCUCUCAUAGAUGGGGGCUCCAGAGUCCGCAGCUACAUUGUGGAGAAGCGCGAGUCAACCAGGAAAGCCUACUCAACUGUAUGUGCCAGCUGCCAUAAGUCUAGUUGGAAAGUGGGAGACCUGGAAGAAGGAAAAUUGUACUUCUUUAGAAUAGUUGCUGAAAACGAAUUUGGUAUUGGUCUCCCAGUUGAAACGAUUGAACCAAUUAAGGCAUCAGAAAAGCCUCUGCCACCAGGCAAAGUAUCUCUCCGUGAAGUUACCGGAACAAGUGUCACACUAACUUGGGAAAAACCAGACCAUGAUGGAGGAAGCAGAAUUACAGGCUAUAAUGUUGAGAUGCAAUGCAAAGGAAGUGAGAAAUGGACACAAGUGAUGGUGGUAAAGACAAAUGAGGCCCAAAUAACUGGACUUACACAUGGAGAGGAGUAUAUGUUCCGAAUCUCUUCAUUCAAUGAAAAGGGUGUUAGUGACGCCCGGCCUCUCAAUGUACCUGUGGUGGCUAAAGAUUUAAUAAUAGCACCAGCUUUCAAAUUGAUUUUCAGUACAUUCAGUGUGCUGGCAGGAGAUGAUCUUAAGAUUGAUCUACCAUAUGUUGCCUGUCCUAAGGCUACAGCAACUUGGCUGAAGGAUGAUGUCAUUCUCAAAGAAACAACAAGAGUUAAUGCUGAGGCCACAGACAAAACCCUUCUUCUUAUCAUUAAAGAGGCUUGCAGAGACGAUGUGGGCAAAUAUACUAUAAAACUAAACAAUACAGCUGGGGAGGCUACGACAGAUAUCAGUGUUGUUGUUUUGGACAAACCUGGUCCUCCAACUGGCCCGAUCAAGCUGGAUGAUGUCACAGCAGACAGUGUUGUCUUGUCUUGGGAUCCACCACAAUAUGAGGGCGGUUGCUCAAUCAACAAUUACAUUGUAGAGAAGAGAGAUACCUCAACUACAAACUGGCAGAUUGUGUCUGCAACUGUAGCUAGAACAACCAUCAAAGCGGCUCGUCUGAAGGCUGGUUCAGAGUAUCAAUUUAGAAUUGCUGCAGAAAAUAGAUAUGGCAAGUCAUCUUUUCUCAUUUCUGAUAGCAUUGUUGCUCAGUAUCCAUUUGAGGUGCCCAGUUCACCACGAUCUGUUGUGGUAAAAUCAGCCACCAAAGAAACCAUGACUGUUGUGUGGGAGAAUCCCAGCAAUGAUGGUGGAAGCAAAAUUCUGGGCUACCACUUAGAACUUAAAGAGAGAAACAGCAUUCUCUGGGUGAAACAAAACAAGCAGAUAAUCCCAGAGACCAGAUUUAAAGUGGUUGGUCUUGAAGAGGGCAUUGAAUACGAGUUUAGAGUGUAUGCUGAGAAUAUUGUUGGGCUCAGCAAACCUAGCAAAGUGAGUGAAAUCCAAGUAGCCAGGGAUCCUUGUGACAGACCCGGAAAACCAGAGGCUGUCAUAGUAACAAGAAGCCAAGUGACACUGAGAUGGACCAAGCCUGAAUUUGAUGGUGGCAUCAAAAUCACUGGUUAUGUUGUUGAGAAAAAGGAGGCAAGUGGGCGUUGGAUGAAGGCCAGUUUUGCCAAUAUUAUUGAAACUGAAUUUGUUGUCACAGGACUUACUGAGGAUCAAACCUAUGAAUUCCGUGUCAUUGCCAAAAAUGCAGCUGGUGUCUUUAGCCAACCAUCUGAUUCUUCUGGAUCCAUCACUGCCAAGGAUGAGAUUGAUCCACCAAAAAUUGACCUGGAAGCUAAAUACUCCCAGGUUGUAGUUGUAAAUGCCGGAGAGACAUUUAAACUUGAGGCUGCUAUUUAUGGUAAGCCUGUGCCCACUGUACACUGGAUAAAAGAAGGCACUGAGAUUGCAGAAGCAGCUCGUUUAGAAAUCCAUAAUACCAAUUUUUCAGCUUGUCUAAUUGUUAAGGAAGCUAUUCGUGUUGAUGGAGGACAGUACACAUUGCUGGUAAAGAAUGUUGGUGGAGAAAAAGUUAUUAACAUUAAUGUCAAAGUAUUGGACAGACCAGGUGCACCUGAGGGCCCUAUCUCUAUUUAUGGUGUCACCAGUGAGAAAUGCUCAAUUUCCUGGAAACCUCCCUUGCAAGAUGGAGGUAGUGAUAUCUCCCAUUAUAUUAUUGAGAGAAGGGAAACCAGCAGGCUGGUAUGGACUGUAGUUGAGCAAAAGGUUCAGACCCUAAAUCUAAAGAUCACCAAACUUCUUCCUGGUAAUGAAUACAUCUUCAGAGUGAUCCCUGUCAACAAAUAUGGUAUUGGCGAGCCAUUGGAAUCUGAACCGAUGAUUGCCAAAAAUCCAUUUGUAGCACCAAGUCCACCAACUGACGUUGAUGUUUCUUCAAUUACUAAAGACUCUAUGGUGGUAACCUGGGAGAGACCAAAUAGUGAUGGUGGCAAUUCCAUUCAGGGAUAUGUCAUUGAGAAACGUGAUAAGGAUGGUGUGAGAUGGACAAGGUGCAACAAGCGUAGUGUGACAGAGUUGCGUUUCAGAGUGACAGGGCUAAUAGAAAACCAUAGCUAUGAAUUCAGAGUAGCUGCUGAGAAUGCUGCUGGAAUUGGUACACCUAGCAAAUCAACAGUGUACUACAAAGCAUUGGAUCCUGUUUUCGAACCAGGCCCACCCAACAACCCCAAGGUAGUAGACACCUCUAGGUCUACUGUAUCUCUUGCAUGGGGUAAGCCCAUAUAUGAUGGUGGAAGUGAGAUCAAGGCUUACAUUGUUGAAGCAUAUGAUGUAGCAGCUGAUGAGUGGUUUAUGUGCACUCCACCCACUGGAAUAAUAGAUACUAAAUUCACAGUGAAAAAGCUUCUGGAAAAGCAUGAGUACCAGUUUAGAGUUUGUGCAAUCAACAAAAUUGGUGUUGGUGAACAUGCUGAUGUGCCUGGUAAAAUCCUUCUUGAAGAGAAGCUUGAGGCUCCUGACCUUGAAUUAGAUGCUGAUAUGAGAAAAAUGAUCAACAUCAGAUCAGCUUGCACACUCAGGUUGUUUGUACCUGUGAAAGGGCGGCCAGCUCCUGAGCUGAAAUGGGGAAAGGUUGAAGGUGAGAUUAAAGAGACUGCCCAAAUUGACAACACAGGAAGCUAUGCUUCACUUACCAUUGAGAAUGUUGACCGAUUUGACAGUGGCAAGUACACACUGACUGCAGAGAAUGCCAGUGGAGUUAAAUCAGUGUUCAUCAGUGUCAGAGUCCUGGAUUCUCCUAGUCCACCAACUAACUUAACAGUUAAAGAGAUUACUAAGAACUCUGUCACUCUUUCAUGGGAACCUCCACUUCUGGAUGGUGGAUCAAAGAUUAAACAUUAUAUUGUUGAGAAGCGUGAAAGCACAAGAAAGGUUUAUACUACCAUUACAACAUGUAACAAGAUGUCAUGGAAAGUUGAACCUCUUCCAGAGGGUGGAAUCUUCUUCUUUAGGGUCUUGGCUGAGAAUGAAUAUGGUGUGGGUCUCCAAGCUAAAACUAUGGAGCCAAUUAGAAUAUCUGAGAAGCCUCAGCCACCCGGUAAGGUUAGUGUUCUUGACGUCACUCACAGUACUGUUACUCUAAGGUGGGAGAAAUCUGAACAUGAUGGUGGUAGUAGGAUCAGUUAUUAUGAAAUUGAAAUGGCUCCUAAGGACAGCGAGGCAUGGACUGUGUGUGCUAGUGUAAAAGGCCUUGAGACAGUAGUGAGCAACCUUCUCAAGGGAGAGGAAUAUCAGUUCAGAGUUGUUGCUGUAAAUGAGAAAGGUAAAAGUGACCCAAGACAACUGGCUCACUCAGUUGUAGCCAAGGACCUAAUCAUUGAGCCUUCUGUGAGACCCAAGUCAAGUUCCUACAGUGUUCAGGUGGGAAAUGACCUCAAGAUAGAGGUUCCAGUUGCUGGUCAUCCAAAACCAACCAUUACCUGGACUAAGGAUGGAGUGGCACUUAAGCAGACCACCAGAGUUAAUGUCAGUGACUCAGCACAUCACACCACUCUAACCAUAAAGGAUGCCACCAGAGAAGAUGGUGGUAUGUACACUGUCACUAUUGCUAAUGCCUUGGGUUCCAAGGAUGCCACUAUUGAAAUUAUCACUCUGGAUAAACCAGGACCACCAACAGGUCCAAUCAAGAUUGAUGAUGUUAGUGCUGAGAGUGUCACUCUUAAUUGGGAACCUCCCUCAUACACAGGUGGCUGUCCAAUCUCCAACUACGUAGUGGAAAAGAGAGACACAACUACAACUAAUUGGGUUGUUGUGUCUGCCACUGUGGCUAGAACAACUUUAAAGGUUGCCAAUCUCAAGACUGGUGGUGAAUACCAGUUUAGAAUCUUUGCUGAAAACAGAUAUGGAAAGAGUUAUGCAAUUGAUUCAGUGCCUGUUGUAGCACAAUAUCCAUUCCAAGAACCUGGACCACCAGGAACACCAUUUGUUUCCUCAUACACUAAAGAUUACAUGGUGGUCGAGUGGCAUAGACCUCCAUCUGAUGGAGGCAGUGCCAUUUUGGGUUAUCAUUUGGAGAGGAAAGAGAAGAAUAGUAUCUUGUGGACAAAGAUCAACAAAAUGCUCAUUCAAGAUUGUAAAUUCAAGUCUACUCCUCUUGAGGAAGGCAUUGAGUAUGAGUAUAGAGUAUAUGCUGAGAAUAUAGUUGGCAUUGGAAAAUGCAGCAAAGUCUCAGAAGUUUAUGUAGCCCGUGACCCAUGUGAUCCUCCUGGCCAUCCAGAGGCUGUAAUUGUAACCAGACACUCGGUGAUGCUGAGAUGGACACCCCCUCAAUAUAAUGGUGGAAGCAUUGUAACUGGCUAUUUAAUAGAGAAGCGUGACCUUCCAGAGGGAAAAUGGAUGAAAGCUAGUUUUACAAACAUUAUUGAAAAUGAAUUUACAGUUACUGGCCUUACAGAAGACAGUAAAUAUGACUUCAGAGUGAUUGCAAGGAAUGCCGCUGGUGCUGUCAGCAAGCCGUCUGAGAGCACAGGAUCCAUAACAGCUAAGGAUGAAGUUGAGCCACCCAAGUGUGAAACUGAUCCUAUAUACAAUCAGACAAUUGUCCUUCAUGCUGGAGAGACUUUCAGUCUGGAGGCUAGUGUAGAAGGAAAGCCCAUCCCAAUAGCCCAGUGGUUCAAAGGAAGUGUUGAAGUUGAAAACUCAGCAAGAACUGAAAUUAAAAACACUGAUUUUAAAGCAUUACUUGUAGUAAAAGACUCCAUCAGAGUGGACGGUGGACAGUACACUUUGGUUCUGACAAAUGUUGCAGGAACUAAGACUGUCCCGUUCACUGUGAAGGUUCUUGAUAGACCAGGCCCAUCCGAGGGACCCCUCACAGUCAGUAAUGUUGCUGAGGAGAAAUGCUCACUGUCAUGGCUGCCACCCAGGCAUGACGGAGGAGCUAGCAUUUCUCACUACAUCAUUCAAAAGAGAGAAACUAGCCGCUUGGCUUGGACUGUGGUCUCCAGUGAUUGUGGAGCUACAAUGUUCAAGGUUACCAAACUAUUGAAAGGCAAUGAGUACAUCUUCAGAGUUUUAGCUGUCAACAAGUAUGGAGUUGGGGAACCUCUGGAAUCUGAGCCAGUUAUCAUGAGAAAUCCAUUUGUUCCUCCUGGAUCACCUCGUGAACUAGAAAUCACUAACAUUACUAGGGAUUCAAUGACUGUUUGCUGGAACCGCCCACAGUCUACAGGAGGAAGUGACAUUGCUGGUUACAUUAUUGAAAAGAGAGACAGAGCUGGAGUGAGAUGGACCAAGUGCAAUAAACGUAGAGUGAUUGAUUUGCGUUUUAGAGUAACAGGUCUCACUGAGGACCAUGAUUAUGAGUUCAGAGUAUCUGCUGAAAAUGCAGCUGGAGUGGGCCAGCCAAGCCCACCUACACCCUAUCUCAAAGCCUGUGACCCUACUUUUGAACCAGGCAUUCCCACUAAUGCCCACGUAGUUGACACAACAAAAGACUCCAUCAGCUUAGCUUGGCACAGGCCUAUAUAUGAUGGGGGUUGUGAAAUUCAAGGAUAUGCUGUUGAAAUAACCAAGGCAGAAGAGGAGGAAUGGACUAUUUGCACACCACCCACUGGAGUGAAUCUUACCAAGUUUACCAUAAAAAAUCUGAUAGAACACCAAGAAUACAAGGUUCGUGUCUGUGCUAUGAAUAAAAUUGGUGUAGGUGAGCCCACCGAAAUUCUGGGAGUUGUAAUCCCUGUGGAUAAAAUUGAUCCCCCUGAGAUGAUUUUGGAUUCAGAGCUCAGAAAGGGAAUAGUUGUUCGUGCAGGAGGCUCAAUGAGAAUCUGCGUUCCUUUUAAGGGUCGCCCCACUCCUGACGUAAGCUGGGCUAAAGAGGAUUGUGAGCUGCCCAGUAAAGCACAGAUUGAGACUGCUGAACAUUUCACACAGCUCUCUAUUGACAUUUGUGAUAAAUAUGAUGCUGGAAAAUACAUCCUCAAUGUAGCAAACAGUGCUGGUAGCAAGUCAGCUUUUGUCUCUGUUAAAGUUCUGGACACUCCAGGAGCUCCAUUAAAUCUUAAAGUUAAAGACAUAAAGAGGGAGAGUGUCACUUUGACUUGGGAAUCCCCUGUAAUUGAUGGUGGCUCAAGAAUAAAGAAUUACUUGGUUGAGAAGCGUGAGUCAACCAGGAAGGUGUACUCUAAUGUAGACAAUAAAUGUACAAAGACAAGUUACCGUAUCACAGGUCUUACUGAGGGAACAAUUUAUUACUUUAGAGUCUUAGCAGAAAAUGAAUUUGGUGUUGGACAGCCAGUUGAAACAAAAGAAUCUGUUAAAACAUCUGAGCCACCUUUACCUGUGGGUAAAGUUAAUUUGACUGAAGUCACAAAAACCACAGCCUCACUCUCCUGGGAGAAACCAGUCCAUGAUGGAGGCAGCAGGAUCAUUGGAUACUAUAUUGAGAUGCAGCCUGUGGGGUCAGAAGAAUGGGUUGUGGCUGCCACCACGAAGACCUGUGAGGGUACUGUUACUGGUCUAAGUGCAGGACACGAGUACCUUUUUAGAGUAUCAGCCUUCAAUGAAAAAGGAAAGAGUGACCCAAGGCCUCUGGCUGCAGCAGUUACUGCUAAAGAUGUUACUGUUGAACCUGGAUUCAAGAUGAGAUUCAAUACUUACAGCUUACAACAAGGCGAAGAUCUGAAAAUUGAGAUUUCAGUUCUUGGACGUCCUGUUCCAAAGGUUGAAUGGAAAAAGGAAGGACAACUUCUUAAAGAGACAACCAGAAUAAAUGUAUCAAGCACACCAUCAUCUACAAAGUUGGUAAUCAAAGAUGCCCAUAAAGAAGAUGCUGGCAAGUACACUAUUAUAGCAACCAGCAGCAUUGGAACAGCUACAGAGGAGAUUACUGUUAUCAUUCUUGACAAACCCGGACCUCCUACAGGCCCUGUGAAGAUUGAUGAAGUGAGUUCUAAUUUUGUUACUCUGUCCUGGGAACCACCAGAGUAUACUGGAGGUUGUCAGAUCAACAACUACAUUGUAGAGAAGAGAGACACCACUACUACUGCGUGGCAAAUUGUUUCUGCUACAAUAGCCAGGACAACCAUAAAAGUCAGCAAUUUAAAGACUGGCACUGAAUAUCAAUUUAGAGUCUCAGCUGAGAAUAGAUAUGGAAAGAGUUCAGCUAUUGUCUCUCCUGCUGUGGUUGCCAAGUAUCCAUUCAGUGAGCCUGCUGCCCCUGGAAUACCAGUUAUUACAUCUGCAACCAAAGAGAGCAUGGUUGUUGAAUGGAAACCCCCCACCAACAAUGGAGGUAGUCCAAUUCUAGGCUAUCACCUGGAGAGAAAGGAGAAGAACAGCCUUUUAUGGGCCAAACUAAACAAGCUUCUUAUUCCAGAUGCACGAUUUAAGACCACAGAAUUGGAAGAGGGCAUAGAGUAUGAAUUUAGAGUUUAUGCUGAGAACAUUGCUGGCCUCAGCCCAGCUAGCAAGGUCUCACAGAGCACAGUGGCCAGGGAUCCAUGUGACCCACCAGGCACUCCUGAAGCUAUUGAAAUCACCAGAAACCAUAUCACACUUCAAUGGACCAGACCCCAGUACGAUGGAGGCAGUGCAAUCACUGGGUAUUUGAUUGAGAGGAGGAAGCACCCAGAUAAACGCUGGAUGAAAGCAAGCUUCACCAACAUCAUUGAUACCCAAUACACUCUCACUGGUCUCACUGAGGAUUGUGUUUAUGAGUUUAGAAUCAUUGCUAGGAAUGCUGCUGGUAUUUCUAGUUGCCCAUCUGAAAGCACAGGAGAAAUAACAGCUAAAGAUGAAAUUGAGGCUCCAGAUGCCACAAUGGAUUCUAAGUUCAAAGAUCUCACAGUUGUUCGUGCUGAUGAGACAUUUAUCAUUGAUGCUGAUUACACUGGUAAGCCUCUGCCUGAGGUCACAUGGUUAAAGGAUGGAAAGGAAAUUGACAAAGCUACCCCAAGAAUGGAAAUCAAGACCACACUUACCCGCACCAUCCUGACAGUUAAAGACUGCAUACGAGUUGAUGGUGGCCACUUCGUUCUCAAACUUGUUAAUGUGGGUGGAGUCAAAAUGAUCCCAGUUAAUGUAAAGGUUUUGGACAGACCUGGUCCUCCAGAUGGACCAUUAGAAGUAAAAGGAGUGACAGCUGAAAAAUGUUAUCUGCACUGGAGCCAUCCUUCACAUGAUGGUGGAGCUAGCAUCUCUCACUAUAUCAUUGAAAAGAGGGAAACCAGUCGUUUGUCAUGGACUGUGGUUGAGCCAAACAUCCAGGCAAUCAGCUACAAAAUUACAAAACUGCUUCCUGGAAAUGAAUACAUCUUCAGAGUUACUGCUGUGAAUAAAUAUGGAGUUGGUGAUCCUUUAGAAUCCGAGCCUGUUGUUGCUCGUAAUCCAUUCACCACUCCCAGUGCACCCUCCACUCCUGAAGAAAGUGCUAUUACUAGAGAUUCAAUUGUGCUUACUUGGGAGAGGCCAGAGAAUAAUGGAGGAGCUGAGAUUGAAGGUUAUAUACUUGAAAAACGUGAUAAGGAUGGCAUCAGGUGGACCAAGUGCAACAAGAAAAGACUGACUGACUUGAGAUUUAGGUGUGCUGGUCUCACAGAGGGCCAUUCCUAUGAAUUCCGGGUCUCAGCUGAAAACGCUGCAGGUGUUGGAAAGCCUAGCACACCGACACAGUACAUCAAAGCAUGCGAUGCCACUUAUCCACCAGGACCUCCAAAUAACCCCAAAGUCACUGACCAUUCCAGCACAACAGUCUCCCUUUCCUGGUCAAGACCUAUCUAUGAUGGUGGAGCACAUAUUACUGGAUAUGUUGUUGAAAUGAAGGAGGCAUUAGAUGAUGAAUGGAUUGUUUGCACACCUCAUACUGGUGUCCAAGACACUCACUACACUGUAAAGAAGUUAAAGGAGAAUGCAGAAUACAAUUUCCGCAUAUGUGCCAUGAACUGUGAGGGAGUAGGGGAUCAUGUGGACCUCCCAGGGUCUGUGAUUGCGGCAGAGAAGUUGCAGGCUCCUGAAAUUGAACUAGAUGCUGACCUGAGAAAGAUGGUCAAUGUUCGUGCCACUGCGACACUACGUCUUUUUGUGACUAUCAGAGGAAAACCUGAGCCUGAAGUCAAGUGGUCAAAGGCUGAUGGCACUCUAAAUGAGCGUGCUCAGAUUGAAGUCACAAGCUCAUACACAAUGCUUGUGAUUGAAAAUGUUGACAGAUUUGACACUGGCAAAUAUGUACUUACCCUUGAGAACAUUAGUGGCUCUAAAUCAGCUUUUAUCAAUGUUAGAGUUUUGGAUUCACCCAGUGCUCCAACAAACCUACAAGUUAAGGAUGUAAAGAGACAUUCUGUCUCUCUUUCCUGGGAGCCUCCCCUGAUUGAUGGUGGAGCAAAGAUAUCACACUAUAUUGUGGAGAAGAGAGAGCAGAAGCGAAUGGCUUUCACCAGUGUUAGCACCAAUUGUGUAAGGAACUCAUACAUUAUUUCUGACUUGCAGGAGGGAGUUAGAUACUUUUUCCGCGUGUUGGCUGUAAAUGAGCUAGGAGUUGGUCUGUCAGCUACAACAGAUCAAGUCAAAGUUUCAGAGGCACCUUUGCCCCCUGGUAAAAUAACUGUGGUUGAUGUGACUCGUCACACUGUCACCCUUUCAUGGGAAAAACCAGAUCAUGAUGGUGGCAGCAAAAUUACAAGCUACAUAGUGGAGAUGCAGCCUAAGGGAGAUGAAAAAUGGACCGUGUGCAGUGACGCUAAAGCACUAGAAGCUACUAUUGAAGGACUCAUUACUGGUGAGGAAUACUCCUUCAGAGUAACUGCUGUGAAUGAUAAGGGUAGGAGUGAUCCCAAACCUCUGGCUACGCCUGUGUUAGUAAAAGACAUCACAAUGGAGCCCACCAUCAACUUGCUUUUCCAUACAUACAGUGUGAAAGCAGGAGACGACUUGAAAAUUGAUGUUCCUUUCAAAGGCAGACCUCAACCUGAGGUGUCCUGGAAGAAGGAUGGCAGUGCACUAAAGCAGACUACUAGGGUAAACGUUCUGAAUUCAAAGACCUCAUCAAAGAUCACAAUCAAAGAUGCCACCAAAGAUGAUGUUGGAAAAUAUGAGAUCACUUUGACUAACUCAAUUGGCACAAAGACAGCUGAAAUUUCAGUAAUAAUUCUGGAUAAACCAGGUCCACCCAGCAACAUUAGGGUGGACGAGGUGAGUGCCGACUUUAUCUCUCUCUCCUGGGAUUCUCCAACCUAUGAUGGUGGGUGCCAGAUUAACAACUAUGUUGUGGAGAAGAGAGACACUACCUCUACCACAUGGCAAAUUGUCUCAGCUACAGUAGCCAGGACAUCCAUAAAGGUUUCCCGUCUCACUCAGGGCACAGAGUACCAAUUCCGCAUUGCAGCUGAGAACCGUUAUGGCAAGAGUCCAGCAAUUGAUUCUGCUCCUGUUGUUGCACAAUAUCCAUUUGAGCCUCCUGGCCCUCCAACCAAUCUUCAUGUUGCCCACGCCACCAAGACUGGCAUGCUUGUAGUCUGGGGCAGACCUGCCAGUGAUGGUGGAAGCCCUGUCAUUGGUUAUCAUGUUGAAUCCAAAGACCAAAGCAGCAUUUUGUGGACCAAAGUCAGUAGAGGUCUGCUGACUGAAAACCAAUUUAAGAUGACAGGCAUAGAAGAAGGCUUGUCAUACCAGUUUAGAGUCUAUGCUGAGAAUAUUGCUGGCAUUGGUCCUUGCACUAAAUCUUGUGAACCAGUUGCAGCCAGGGACCCAUGUGAAUCUCCACAUAACCUUAAAGUCACAAAUAUCACCAGAAACUCAGUUUCUCUCUUCUGGGAUCCUCCUGAAUAUGAUGGUGGAGUGAAAAUUGUUGGAUACAUAGUGGAACGCAAAGAGCUCCCUAAUGGUCGCUGGCUAAAGUGUAACUUCACCAAUCUACAGGAGACUUACUUUGAUGUCACAGGUCUUACAGAAGAUGCACAAUAUGACUUCCAUGUAAUUGCAAAGAAUUCUGCAGAGAUGUUGAGUGCCCCUUCAGAAUGCACUGGUCCUGUCACCAUCAAAGACGAUGUAGACCCUCCAACCAUCAUCUUAGAGGAUAAGUUCAGGCAAUUAGUUGUCAUUAAGGCUGGAGAGAUAAUUAGAAUUGAUGCUGAAAUUACAGGUCGUCCAAUCCCAGUGGUUUCAUGGUCUAAAGAUGGAAAAGAUAUUGAGGCCAAGGGCAGGUGUGAAAUCACUUCCACAAACUUUACCACUACUCUGAUUGCCAGAGAUGUUAUCAGGAGGGAUUCCGGACAGUAUGUCUUGACUUUGCACAAUGUAGCUGGAACCAGGUCUGUAGCUAUCAACUGUAAGGUUCUGGACAGGCCUGGACCAGCUUCAGGACCUUUAGCAGUGUCUGGUGUUACAGCAGAGAAGUGCACUAUAACAUGGGGUCCACCUCAAGAGAAUGGAGGAGCUGAAAUCAUGCACUAUAUAGUGGAGAAACGUGAGACAAGCCGCCUUGCUUGGACUCUUGUUUAUGGUGACAUGAAGGCAACUACCUGCAAAGUUACUAAGCUGCUCAAAGGAAAUGAGUACAUUUUCAGGGUCAGAGGAGUUAACAAAUAUGGAGAUGGUGAGGCUCUGGAGAGUGAGGCAGUAAAAGCGUUGGAUCCAUUCACUGUAGCUGCUGCCCCCACUAAUGUCCAGGUCACCUCAGUCACUAGUGAGGCCAUGACAAUCUGUUGGGAAAGACCAGUUUCUGAUGGUGGCAGCAGUAUCUAUGGCUACGUAAUUGAAAAGCGAGAGAAGACUGGCCUCCGCUGGUGCCGUGUCAAUAAGAAGCCUGUCUACGACCUCAGAGUCAAAGCUUCCAAUCUUCGAGAGGGAAAUGAAUAUGAGUACAGAGUGUUUGCAGAGAAUGCUGCUGGACUUAGUGCACCUAGCACCCCUUGCCCACUCACCAAGGCUGAAGACCCACAGUUCCUCCCCUCACCUCCUGCUAAGCCCAGGAUCAUUGACUCAACAAAGACCACAGUGACACUGACAUGGAAUAAACCACUGUUUGAUGGUGGAGCACCUGUAACUGGUUACAGAGUAGAAUACAGAAAGUCAAUAGAUGAUGAGUGGUUUGUUGGAGUCCACAACACCAAGAAUACAGAGUUUACAGUGGUGGGACUGACUCCUGGAGCUGAAUAUGUAUUUGUUGUCAGAUCCAUUAACAAAAUUGGAGCAAGUGAGCCUAGUCCUGAAUCAGACAAACAGACUGCUAAAGAAAAAGAAGAAGAGCCAGUCUUUGAAAUAAGCAAUGAAAUGAGGAAGACUCUUAUUGUGAAAGAUGGCAGCUCAUUUACAAUGACAGUACCCUUCAGAGGCAAGCCUAUUCCCACCGUUAGUUGGACAAAGCCUAAUAUUGAUCUUAGAGUACGUGCUGUCAUUGACACCACAGACACCUUCACUUCAAUCACCUUAGAGAAAGCAACACGCAAUGACUCUGGAAAAUACACUGUCACUUUGUCCAGCAUUGCUGGAACCUCCUCACUGACACUCAGUGUUAGAGUUCUUGACUCGCCUGGACCUCCUGCAUAUGUGGAAGUCAAGGAAGUGACUAAGUCAUCUGCUACUGUAACUUGGGACACUCCAGAGAAUGAAGGAGGAGGACCAGUAAAGAAUUACCUUGUUGAUUUCCGAGAGGCAAGCAGAAAAGGUUGGACUAGGUUGACUGAUACAUGCCACAGACUGACUUAUAAGGUGUCAAACCUAAAGGAAGGAGAAGUUUACUAUUUCAGAGUGACAGGCGAGAAUGACUAUGGUGUUGGUGUUCCAGCUGAGACCAAAGAGGGAACCAAGAUCACAGAAAAACCAAGCCCACCACCAAAGCUUGGAGUAACUGAUGUCUCCAAGGAGAGUGUGUCAUUGGCAUGGGCUAAGCCUGAACAUGAUGGAGGCAGCAGAAUUACUGGAUAUCUGGUUGAAGCACUGGAGAAGGGUCAGGAGAAGUGGGUUAAAUGUGGUGUCACCAAGUUUAUCCACUUUACUGUGUCCGGCCUAAGGGAGAAAGCUGAAUACUACUUCAGGGUCAAAGCUGAGAACUUUGCUGGAUAUAGUGAUGCUAAGGAAAUGUUCACCCCUGUUAUGGUCAAAGACCAGCUGGAAUCUCCCGAAAUCAACAUGAAGGACUUCCCCCACAACACUGUGUACGUUAGAGCUGGCUCAACUCUGAAGUGUGAAAUUCCUCUGACUGGCAGACCCCUGCCCAAAGUCACUCUUUCCAAGGAUAAUGUAGUACUUAAGUCAACAAUGAGAUUCAAUUCUGAAGUCACUCCUGACAGCAUCAAAAUCAUCUUGCGUGAAAGCAUUGCUGGAGACUCGGGACGCUAUGAUAUAACUGCCUCCAACUCCAGUGGAACCACCAAGUCCUUUGUCAAUAUUGUGGUUCUGGAUCGGCCAAGUGUUCCACUUGGACCUGUAGAACUGUUUGAUGUCACAGAGGAGAGUGCAAGUCUCAAGUGGCUCCCACCUGCAUAUGAUGGCGGCAGCCCCAUCACUAACUAUAUCAUCCAGAAGAGAGAAACAACUACAGCAAACUGGGUUGACGUCUCAUCUGCUGUGGCUCGUUGCACCAUAAAGGUCAUGAAACUUACCACUGGCCUGGAGUAUCAGUUCAGAAUCAGGGCUGAGAACAAAUAUGGAAUUAGUGAACAUAUUGACUCUCCAGCAGUCACAGUCAGCCUUCCGUACACUAUUCCAGAUGCUCCAUCAACUCCAGAAGUUACUGCUGUAACCAGGGAGAGCAUUGCAUUAGCCUGGAAGGAGCCCAAGUCAGACGGAGGCAGCCAUGUGUUUGGCUACCAUCUUCAGAUGAAAGAUAGGAACAGCAUCAUGUGGCAGCUAGUUAACAAAACGGUGAUCCGAUCUACACACUAUAAGGUCACCACCAUUAAUGCUGGACUUAUUUAUGAAUUUAAGGUGGCAGCAGAGAAUGCUGCUGGCCUCAGUGUUUUCAGUAAGGCUUCAGAUGCUGUGUUGGCUAUAGAUGCCUGUGAGCCACCCAUCAACCUAAGAAUCAGUGACAUUACCAAAAACUCUAUCAGCCUUGCCUGGGAGAAACCCAACUAUGAUGGUGGAUCCCCUAUUACUGGUUACAUUAUUGAGAAGAAAGAAGGUGUUAGUCCUAAGUGGUCCAAAGCUAGCCUCACCAAUAUCACAGACACACAUUUCACUGUGGCUGGACUUACCCAGAAUGAAACCUAUGAAUUCAGGGUCAUGGCCAGGAAUGCAGUUGGUUCAGUAAGCAACCCAUCUAUGACAGCUGGACCAGCCACCUGUGUGGACACCUAUGGUGCCCCAGAAAUUGAAAUUCCCCAGGAGUACCUCAAUGAGGUCAAAUACAGCGCAGGCUCAGACGUGGAACUUAAAUUCAAUAUCACAGCCAAACCUACCCCCACAAUUGAGUGGUUUAAGGAUGGACGAGAGCUCAAACCUAGUGCUCAGCUCACUUUCAAACACAUGUUUGAGUCCACUGGUAUAUUCCUGAGGGACACUACUCGUCUGAACUCGGGGACAUAUGAGGUCAAAGUGAAGAACUCCCUGGGAUCUUCAUGUGCCAUUGUCAGGCUGCUCAUUCAAGACAAGCCAGGACCUCCUGCUGGCGAAAUUCAGUUUAAGAAAGUGAUGGCUGAGAACAUUACCAUCAUGUGGUCUCCACCUGCCGAUGAGGGCGGUGCCAUGGUAACUCAUUACAUCGUAGAGAAGAGAGAGACCAGCAGAGUCAUGUGGUCUAUUGUGUCUGAGAAACUUGUAGACUGCAUCGUGAAUGUGCCCAGACUCAUUCAGGGUAAUGAGUACAUCUUCAGAGUCCGUGGAGUCAACAAAUAUGGCAUUGGAGACCCCCUGGAGUCUCAGCCCAUUAUUGCAAAGAACCCGUUUGUUCCUCCCAGUGAACCAUCCAAGCCUAAGGUUACUAUGAUCACCAAGUCCACAAUGACUGUGAUCUGGGAAAGACCUGCACUGGAUGGAGGCAGUGAUAUUGAUGGUUAUUACCUUGAGAAAAGAGAGAAGAAGAGUCUUCAGUGGUUCAAGGUGGUGAAGGGAACAAUCAGAGACACCAGACAGAAAGUCAGCAACUUAAUUGAAAACAAUGAGUACCAGUUCAGAGUUUGUGCUGUAAACAAGGCUGGAGCAGGAAACUACUCUGAAGCCUCUGAUCUUUACAGAGCCUAUGACCCCAUUGAUCUGCCUGGAGAACCCACAAAGCUCCGUGUGGUCGACUCCACAAAGACUUCCAUCACUCUUGGCUGGGAGAAGCCUGUCUAUGAUGGUGGCAGUGAAAUCACACACUACUUACUGGAACAGAUGAAUGCAGGAGAGAAAGAAUGGGUUAUCACCAACCCAGAGGUUAAGGGUUGCGAGUAUGUGGUGUCCCACUUGAAACCUGCCACUUACUACUUUUUCAGAGUAUCUGCUGUGAACAGCAAGGGCAAAGGAGAGGACAUCAAGCUGUACCAGCCUGUGCAAGCUAAAGACAUAUUAGAGGAGGCUGAUUUGGACUUAGAUGUUCCUAUGACAACUCAAUACACAGCAAAAGCCGGCCGCGAUGUUGAAGUGUUUAUCCCAUUGAAGGGACGACCAGCUCCCAAUGUCACCUGGCGACGUGGUGAUCGUAACAUGGCUGGUGAUAACCGCUUCUCCAUCAAGAGCACUGAGAGAUCCACCACACUCCUUAUUCCAAAGGUCACUCGUGAUGACUGUGGAAAGUACUUGCUGGAAAUAGAGAAUGGUGUAGGUGAACCCAAGAUAAUCACAGUUUCCCUCAGGGUUCUAGAUAGUCCAUCAUCCUGCCAGAAGCUAAUAAUCAAGAAUGUAACUAGAGGGAAGCUGACCCUAAGCUGGGAGGCACCUCUUGUUGAUGGUGGCUCGCCUGUCACAAAUUACAUUGUUGAGAAGAAAGCCUCAACCAUGAAGGCCUACCAGGUGAUCAGUGCAGAAUGUCCCAACACAUCUUACAAGGUGACCGACCUGGAAGAGGAUAUUGCUUACUUCUUUCGUGUGUCAGCUGAAAAUGAGUUUGGUGUGGGUGACUUCUGUGAGUCCACUGAAGCUGUCAGAGCAACAGAGACUCCUGGAGCUGUUAAAAACCUGGUGAUGUUGGACUCUACAAAGACCUCUGUCACACUGCAGUGGACCCGACCAGACCAUGAUGGAGGCAGCCACAUCACAGAGUACAUAGUUGAAAAGAGAAGCCAGGAUGAAGUCAACUGGAGUUUAGGUGCAACAUGCAAACGUUGCACAUGUGAGGUGACUGGACUCAGGGAGAAUGCCAUCAUGGAUUUCAAAGUGUUUGCCAAGAACGAGAAAGGAAGAAGUGAUUUCUCUCUGAUUGGUCCAAUCCCAGUGAUAGAUUUUAAUAUUCCUCCAGAAGCCAGUCUCAGUGAUUAUCCAAAUGGAGAGCUGGCUGUUCGUAUUGGGCAAAACAUCCACAUUGAGCUACCAUUUAAGGGGAAACCAAGACCUGCAAUCAGCUGGCUGAAGGACAACCUUCCACUAAAGGAGAGCGAGAAGAUUCGCUUUAGGACCACUGACAACAAGACUGCAGUCACAGUUAGAGGAGCCAAGAAGGAGAAUGCUGGCCAGUACACUUUAGUUCUGGACAACAGAGUGGUCAAAAACUACUUUGACAUCAAUGUGAUCACUCUUGGACCACCGACAGCUCCUGUUGGUCCUAUUCGUUUUGAUGAGAUAAAGGCUCAGAGUAUCAUCAUUUCCUGGGAUGAGCCAAAGGAGGAUGGCGGUGGUGAGAUUACAUGCUACAGCGUGGAGAAACGUGAAACCUCCCAGGCCAACUGGAAAAUGGUCUGCUCAAGUGUUGUAAGGACCAGCUUCAAGAUCCCUAACCUAGUCAAGGGAGCUCAAUACCAAUUCAGAGUCCGUGCCGAGAACAAGUAUGGAGUCAGUGAACCACUCUGCUCCUCAGAUGUUAUUGCUCAGCACCAGUAUAAACCUCCAGGUCCACCAGGAAAGCCAGUUGCCUUCAACGUCACCAGUGAUGGUAUCACCAUUAAGUGGGAUGCUCCAGGCUUUGAUGGAGGUUCUCCUAUCUUGGGUUAUCAUGUUGAGAAGAAGGACAGGAACAGCCUCUUAUGGCAGAAGGUCAAUUCCACAAUCAUUUCCAAAAAAGAGUACAGGAUCAUUGGUCUCAUAGAAGGUCUGGAGUACUCUUUCAGAGUUUAUGCUGAAAACAAUGCUGGACUAAGCCCUGUCAGCGAGCAGAGCAAACAUGCUCUUGCCAUAUCCCCUGUUGACCCACCUGGCACUCCUGUCUGCAUUGAUACAACAAGGGAUUCAGUCACCCUGCAAUGGGAAGUUCCAAAGAGAGACGGUGGAAGCAAAAUUGUGGCUUACAAUGUAGAAAGGCGCCAAGGCAGAGGAAAAUGGCUACGAUGCAACUUUAUUGAUAUAAGUGAUACCCAGUUCACUGUGACUGGUCUGUCCCCCGGAGACAGAUUUGAGUUCAGAGUGAUUGCAAGAAAUGCUGUCGGUACAGUCAGCCCCCCAUCUAACUCUUCUGGAUAUAUCAUGACCAAGGAUGAGAACAUUACUCCUGAAAUCGAGUGGUCCCCUGACCAGGUGCUCACUCUGAAGGCUGGAGAAAAUGUCAAGCUCAAUUGUACCAUCACUGGGCGCCCAGUUCCUCAGGUUUUGUGGUACAAGGACGGCACAGAAAUUGAUAAGCGAACAAUGAUUGACAUUGAGAUUACCACUGGCAUUGGCACCAGCAGUCUGUUUAUCCAUGAUGCAGACAGGAACCACCGUGGAAUUUAUACUGUGGAAGCCAAAAAUAGCUCUGGCUCUAGGAAAGCAGACGUUAAUGUCAGAGUGCAAGAUACUCCUGGACCUGUUGAGGGUCCCAUCCGCUUUACCGGCAUCACUGCUGAAAAGUGCACUGUAUGGUGGAACCCACCAGAAAAUGAUGGCUGUGCUGCAAUCACCCACUAUGUAGUGGAAAAAAGGGAAACAUCCAGAAUUUCCUGGGCUUUGGUUACAUCCAAAUGUGAAGCUUGCUCAUAUAAUGUCACCAACCUCAUCAAGGGAAAUGAGUACCAGUUCAGAAUCUCUGCAGUCAACAAAUUUGGGGUUGGCAAACCACUGGAUUCUGAUGCAGUUAUUGCACGCAUGCAAUACACUGUGCCAGAUGCUCCUGGUACGCCAGAUGCAACUCACAUAACUGGAGAUAGCAUCACUAUGUGCUGGACCAGGCCUAGAUCAGAUGGAGGUAAUGAGAUCAAGCAUUACAUUCUGGAAAGGAGAGAGAAGAAGAGCCUUCGUUGGGUAAGGGUGUCUUCCAAGAGACCCAUAACAGAACUAAGGCACCGUGUCACCCACCUGACCGAGGGCAAUGAGUACGAGUUCCGCGUCACGGCUGAAAAUGGAGCUGGUAUUGGACCAUCCAGCAGUACCUCCAGGCUCUUCAAAUGCAGAGAGCCAACAAGUGCUCCUAGUGCUCCAAGUGUAAUCAAGGUCAUUGACUCUACUAAGUCCACUGUCACGCUGGAAUGGACAAAACCAGUAUUUGAUGGUGGCUUGGAAAUUAUUGGGUAUAACAUUGACAUGUGUAAGGCCAGUCUAGAGGAGUGGCACAGAGUCAAUAGUCAGAUUUGUAUCCACAAUAGAUACACUGCAAAGGGCCUGGUAGCUGGAGAGCUUUACAAGUUCAGAGUCAGUGCUGUGAAUGGGUCAGGAGAGGGUGAAGCUUCAGUUAUGCCACACCCUGUUCAGGCUCUGGAUAGACUUACAUCUCCAGAAUUUGACAUUGAUGCAAACUUCAAACAAACUCACACUGUGAAGAACGGAGGAAUAGUCACUCUCAGCGUCGCUUUCAGAGGAAAGCCUACUCCACUGGCCACCUGGUCUAGAGUAGAUGGUGAGCUUCCUGUCAUGGCGGAUGUCAACACCACAGACAGCUCAUCCACUUUGACUAUAGAAGGUUGCACAAGAUAUGAGGCAGGAAAAUACACCUUGUCCCUGGAAAACAACAGUGGACGAAAGUCUAUCACAUUCACUAUCAAAGUCUUAGACACUCCAGGACCUCCAGGAGCAAUCUCCUUCAAAGAUGUUACACGUGGUGCUUUGACAAUGAUGUGGGAUGCUCCAUCCAAUGAUGGCGGAUCCCGCAUCCAUCACUACAUAGUAGAUAAACGUGAGGCAAGCCGCCUUGCUUGGCAGGAGGUCAGCAGCAAGAGCUCACGCCAAAUGAUAAGGAUAACUGGCCUAGACAUUGGUGUGCCAUACUUAUUCAGAGUGACUGCUGUUAACCAGUAUGGUCAAGGUGAACCAAAGGAAAUGACUGAGCCUGUCAUUGCCACAGAAGGACCUGCACCACCCAAAAGAUUAGAUGUUGUUGAUACCACUAGUUCUACCGCCUCCCUAGUGUGGCUUAAGCCUGACCAUGACGGAGGCAGCCGCGUCCGAGGGUACAUUGUUGAAUUCAGAGCCAAGGGUAGUGAUUGUUGGAUUGUUUAUGGAGAGACUAAAUUGCCAAAGAUGUUGGUAGAAGGUCUGAUUGAAAACACUGAGUAUGACUUUAGGGUUAAGGCCAAAAAUGAUGCUGGAAUCAGUGAGCCUCAAGGUACUUUCACCUCUGUGGUCAUUAAAGAGCCUCUCAUUGAGCCAACUGCUGAUCUCAGCAGUAUCACUAACCAGCUCAUCACCUGUAAGCUUUCCAAUACUAUCACAAUUGAUAUCCCAAUAAGCGGCAGACCUGCUCCCAAGGUCACAUGGAAACUGGAGGAAAUGAAGCUGAAGGAAACUGACAGAGUCUUAAUCAGGACCACAAAGGAGAGAACCACACUAAUAGUGAGAGACAGCAAGAGAAGUGACAGCGGCAAGUAUUACCUGAUCCUGGAGAAUGCUGCCGGUGUGAUGACUUUCACAGUGACUGUGGUCAUCGUCGGCAGACCUAGCCCACCAACUGGCCCUGUGAAGAUUUCUGGAAUCUCUUCAGAGUCUUGCACACUGUCAUGGUCAGAGCCAGCUGAUGAUGGUGGCACAGAAAUAACCAACUACAUUGUUGAGAAACGCGAGUCUGGCCAUGCUUCAUGGCAGGUAGUAAACUCCAGUGUGCAGAGAACAACAAUCAAAGUGACUCAUCUUACCAAAUACAUGGAAUAUACAUUCAGAGUGUGUGCCGAGAACAAGUUUGGAGUCAGCAAGUCCAUUGAGUCUGCAGCUGUUGUGAUCGAGCAUCCAUUCAUUCCUCCAAGUCCUCCAACUCGCCCCGACGUGGUAUUUGUGUCAGCAAAUGCAGUUGGCAUUAAGUGGGAUGUGCCAUAUUCUGAUGGUGGCAGCCAGGUGACAGGAUACUGGAUUGAGAAGAAAGAGAGGAACACAAUCUUGUGGGUGAGGGAGAACAAACUGCCCUGCCUUGAGUGCCAUUACAAGGUGUCCAACCUGAUCGAGGGCCUGGAGUAUCAGUUCAGAGUGUACGCCAUGAACCUAGCUGGACUGAGCAAGGCCAGUGAAGCCUCCAGACCAGUGGUGGCACUCAAUCCUGUUGAUCCGCCGGGUAAACCUGAGAUUACAGACAUCAGCCGCUCCUCUGUUUCGCUGUGCUGGACUGUACCCUUCAACGAUGGUGGCAAUAAGAUCGUCGGCUACAUUGUGGAGAAGAAGGUCUACAGCACAGAUGAGUGGGACGACAACCGCUGGCUCAAGUGCAACUACACCACUAUCACAGAGAACUACUUCACAGUCACAAACUUGGGAGAGGGAGAAACCUUUGAGUAUCGUGUCAUCGCCAAGAAUGCAGCUGGGGUCCACAGCCUGCCUUCUGAGACCACUGGUCCAAUCACAUGCAAGGAUGAAUACUCUCCUCCUAGAGCUGAACUUGACAGCAAAUUGACUCGUGAGGUCAUCACCAUUAUGGCUGGCUCUGACCUUGUCCUGGACGGUGCUGUGGGAGGCAAACCAGAACCCACAGUGUACUGGUCCAAGGGUGACAAGAUUUUGGAUUUGGGAGAGAAAUACUCUCUGACAUACACGUCAACAAGAGCCAUGGCUGUCAUCAAAAACUGCGACAGAUAUGAUACGGGUAGAUACAUCCUCACCGUCAAGAACGCCAAUGGUAUUAAGACCGCUUCGGUCAAUGUGAAGGUUCUGGACACUCCUGGAAAACCUGCUGACAAGAUUGUGAUCAGCAGAGUCACUGAGGAGAAGUGUACGGUUUCCUGGAAGAUUCCUCUGGAGGACGGCGGAGACAUCGUCACCCAUUACAUUGUAGAGCGACGUGAAACCAGCCGGCUCAACUGGGUCAUCAUGGAGGCAGAGUGCAAGUCGCUGUCAUGUGUCAGCUCCAGGUUGAUAAAGAACAACGAAUACGUCUUCAGAGUCAGAGGAGUCAACAAGUUUGGACCUGGAGUUCCUCUGGAGUCCGAGCCUAUCAUCGCCAGAAACGCCUACACUGUCCCAUCCCCGCCGGGCGCCCCAGAGGCCACAAUGGCGGGUAAGGAGCACAUCGUCAUAGAGUGGCUGAAGCCUGAGAGCGAUGGAGGCAGUGAGAUCAAGAACUACAUUGUGGAAAAACGAGAGAAAAGCAGCACAAGAUGGACUCGGGUGAACAGAACUUACACAAUUUAUGACAUCCGUCUGAAAAUCACUGGCCUGAUAGAGGGAGGCGAGUACCAGUUCAGAGUCACAGCUGUCAACAACGCUGGAGAGAGCCAGCCAAGCGAUGCCUCACCAUACAUUAUCUGUAAAGAUCCCACAUACACCCCGGCUGCUCCAUCAACACCUCGCAUAGUGGACACAACCAAGCACAGCAUUAGCUUGACCUGGACCAGGCCCAUGUACGACGGCGGCUCCGAUGUGACAGGCUACGUCGUAGAGAUCUUAGAGGACUCAGAGCAGUGGUACCGCGCCACUGCUAAACCUAUAAAGACCAAUGAGUACGUGGCCGGUGGCCUGGCAGCCAAUAAGAAGUACAGGUUCAGGGUGGCGGCCAUUAACGGCAACGGCACCGGGGAGUUCAGUGACCCGACUGGAGAGAUCGAACCACUGGAGAAAGUUGAAAUGCCUGACCUGGAACUGGCCGAAGAUUUGAAGAAGACGGUUUGUCUGCGUGCUGGCGGUACCCUCCGCCUGUUCGUGUCCAUCACCGGCCGACCGGCACCUGUUGUUGCCUGGAGAAAGACCGGUGUGGAGCUGCAGAGCCGAGGCUUCAUUGAGACCACCGACAGUCACACCUCUCUCCUGGUGGAGAAAGUUAAUCGCUAUGAUUCUGGAAAAUAUGUUGUGGAGGCAGAGAAUCCAUCUGGAAAAAAGACGUGCAUUGUCCUGGUCAAGGUCUAUGACACCCCUGGUCCUCCUGGUUCUGUCAGGGUGAAAGACUACACCAAGGAGUCGGUUGUGAUCACCUGGGACGUCCCAAGCCUGGAUGGUGGUGCUCAUGUCAGCAACUACAUCGUAGAGAAGAGAGAAGCCAACAUGAAGUCGUACAAGACUGUGACCACUGAGUGCAGGAAGACUUUGUACAGGAUCACAGGAUUAGAGGAAGGCAUGCACUACUUCUUCAGAGUCCUACCUGAGAACAUUUAUGGUGUUGGGGAGCCUUGUGAGACAGCUGAGCCUGUGCUGGUAUGUGAAAUACCAUCAGUGCCCAUGGACCUCAGCAUUGUGGAUGUCACCAAGUCCACUGUGACACUCCAUUGGGAAAGACCAGUGCAUGAUGGCGGCAGCAGGCUGACAGGUUACAUCAUAGAGGCUUGCAAGGUGGGGUCAGACAGGUGGAGUGCCGUGGCGACUGUUAAGGCCUCUCAGUCCCAGCACACAAUCCAGUCGCUUACAGAGAACGACCAGUACCUGUUCAGGAUUCGUGCCACCAACAGCAGGGGAGUCAGUGAGCCCAUGGACAUUGUGACACCAAUCUUAAUCCAGGAGAUCAAGGUGAUGCCAAAGAUAGACUUGACCAGCAUCCCUCAGAAGAUUGUUCAUGUGCACCGUGGCAAAUCUAUUGACCUGAACAUCCCGAUUAAAGCCAAACCACUGCCGGUUUGCUCCUGGUACUUCGGCGGUGCCAAGCUGAAGGACAGCUUGGACCGCAUCAAGAUCGACAGCAACGGGAAAUACACACACCUCGUCAUCCGGGACACCACCAUUGAUGACACUGGAGAUUACACUUUGGAGGUGAAGAAUGCUAUCGGCAUGGCAACGGAGGUUAUCAAGGUCAUCAUCCUGGACAAACCUGGCAUCCCAGUUGGUCCCAUGAAAAUCGAGGAGGUUGAUGGAGUCUCUGUAACAAUUAGCUGGGAACCUCCAGAGAAAGACGGUGGUGCCAAUGUCAGUGGCUACGUGGUGGAGCAGCGUGAAGCCCACCACCCAGGCUGGUCCACCAUCUCUGAAUCUGUGACCAGACCUUGCUUCAAGUUCACCAGGCUUAACGAAGGAACUGAGUAUGUGUUCCGUGUUGCUGCCAUGAAUCGCUUUGGUUUUGGCAGCUUCCUGCAGUCUGAAGUGGUGGAGUGCAAGAGUGCCAAGACCAUCCCCGGACCUCCAAGCAGGCCAGAGGUGAUUGAUGUCACCCAUGAAGGCAUGACUGUGACCUGGCAACCACCUGUGGACAACGGUGGCUCCACCAUUGCUGGCUACAUAAUAGAACGUAAAGAGGCCCGAUCUGACAGAUGGUUGAGAAUCAAUAAGAAUCCAGUUACUAUGACCAGAUAUCGUUCUUCCGGGCUGAUUGAGGGCCUGGAAUAUGAAUUCAGAAUCACUGCUAUCAACUCCAGAGGAACUGGCAAACCCAGUGAAAGUUCUGCCAUAGCUGUUGCCAUGGAUCCCAUUGAACCUCCAGGUCCUCCAGUUAAACCCAGAGUCACAGACAGCACACGGACAUCAGUCUCUCUGGCCUGGCUGCCGCCUGAAGAAGAGGGUGGUUCUGUUGUUACUGGCUAUCUCAUUGAGAUGCAAAAGGUGGACCAGGUUGAAUGGACUUUGUGCAAUACUACACCCACCAAGAUGUGCGAGUACACCCUAACACACAUGCCCCAGGGUGCAGAGUACAGGUUCAGAGUCAUUGCCUGCAAUGCAGGUGGUGCCGGAGAACCUGCAGAGAUUUCUGGAGUAGUUAAAGUCCAAGAAAUGCUUGAUUAUCCUGACUUUGAGCUUGAUCGUGUAUACGAGGAAGGAUACGUGGUGCGGCAAGGUGGAGUCGUCCAUUUGUCUGUACCCAUCAAAGGCAAACCUAUACCCACAGCUAAGUGGACAAAGGAUGGUCGUGACAUCUCGCAUCGUGCCAUGAUUGCCACCCACGACGACAUCACUGAGCUGGUCAUCAAAGAGGCACACAAAGAUGACAGCGGUACCUAUGAUUUGGUGCUGGAGAACAAAUGUGGUAGGAAAGCUGUGUACAUCAAGGUGAAGGUGAUUGGUCGACCUGAUGCCCCAGAAGGUCCUCUAGAAUUUGAUGACAUCCAGGCUAGAUCAGUUCGCGUCAGCUGGAGACCACCUUCAGAUGACGGUGGAUCUGACAUCCUGGGCUACAUAGUAGAAAGGCGGGAAGUACCAAAAGCUGCCUGGUACACAGUGGAUGCCCGGGUAACUGAGACCUCCCUGGUUGUCAAGGGCUUGAAGGAGAAUGUAGAGUACCACUUCAGGGUGUUUGCGGAGAACCAGUUUGGUGUUAGCAGAUCCCUUAAGUCAGAUGGAACUGUUCUGCCAAAGACACCUCUUUGUCCACCUGAACCUCCCAGUAAUCCACCAGAGAUCAUGGACGUCACCAAGACCACAGUGUCUCUGUCUUGGGCCCGGCCCCGGGAUGAUGGUGGCUCUCGUGUCACAGGAUACUAUGUUGAAAGAAGGGAGGUUUCCACAGAGAAGUGGGUCCGUCACAACAAGACCCACAUCACUACCACCAUGUUCAAUGUCGCCGGACUUAUACCCAACGCAGAGUACAUGUUUAGAGUGGUGGCUCAAAAUGACAUUGGGCAGAGUGAACCUGGUCCUGCUUCAGAAUCGGUGGUCUGCAAAGAUCCAUUUGACAAGCCCACCCAACCAGGAGAUAUUGACAUCAUUUCUAUUACUAAAGACAGUAUCACCAUUCAUUGGCUCAGGCCAGAACAUGAUGGUGGAAAGGAGAUCCUGGGUUACUGGAUUGAGUUCAGGGAGGCUGGAGAGAGCGCUUGGAAGAAAUGCAACAAGGAGCGUUCCAAGGAUCGGCAGUUCACCAUGGGUGGCUUGAUGGAGGCCACAGAGUAUGAAUUCAGAAUCUUUGCUGAAAACGAGGCAGGACUCAGCCGACCUCGUCGCACACCCAUGGGCAUCAAGACCAAAUUGAGCGUUGGUGAAGCUCCAGCUUUGAAGGAAGAGAUCCAAGAUGUAACCACUAAGCUUGGCGAAUCUGGCACUCUAACUUGUGGAAUCAUUGGCAGACCUUUGCCUGAGAUCAAGUGGUAUCGCUACGGCAAAGAACUGAUCCAGAGCCGCAAGUACAAGACGAGCUCAGAUGGUCGCAACCACUCCCUCACAAUUCUGACAGAGGAGCAAGAAGACGAAGGCAUGUACACCUGCAGGGCUAUCAACGAGGCUGGAGAGAUAGAGACCAGUGGCAAACUACGCUUGCAGGCAGCUCCCCAAUUCCACCCUGGCUUCCCUCUGAAAGAAAAGUACUAUGCUGGGGCUGGUACCAGCCUCCGGCUCCAUGUCGUCUACAUUGGUCGUCCAAUCCCCCAGAUAAUGUGGUUCUACGGCAAGAAACCUCUAAAUUCAUCUGAGAACGUGAUCAUUGAAAACACAGAAAGCUAUACCCACCUUGUUGUGAGGAAUGUCCAACGAAAAACCAAUGCUGGUCGCUACAAGGUUCAGCUCAGCAAUGUGUUUGGAACUGUUGACACCUCUCUGCGUGUUGAAAUCCAAGACAAACCUUGCAUCCCUGAGGGUCCCGUUGUUGUUGAAUCCCUGCUCAGGAACUCAGUUGUGAUCAGCUGGAAGGUUCCUAAGGAUGAUGGAGGGUCUGUAAUCACCAACUACAUUGUAGAGAAAUGUGAAGCCAAAGAGGGUGAACAGUGGCACCUGGUGUCCUCCUCUGUCCCUGGCACCACCUGCCGUGUCCCCAACCUGACUGAAGGCUCUGGAUACUACUUCAGAGUCUCAGCACAGAACCAGUAUGGUGUCAGUGAGCCUCUGGAGAUUCCAUCAGUUGUCCUCAUCAAGACUCCAUAUGAUAAACCUGGAAUCCCACAGCAGCCAUUCAUUAUCAGUUCUACCAAAGACUCUUGUGUCGUUUGCUGGAAGCCUCCAACUAGCGACGGAGGAGCGAAAAUCACCAGCUACUUCCUUGAGAAACGCGAGAAGAAGCAGAACAAAUGGAUGUCUGUAACAACAAAGACAUUUACAGAGACCAGCUAUGAAGUCACGGGCUUGAUUGAGAGCUUUGAGUACGAGUUCCGUGUGAAAUGUAAGAACAUUGGCGGUGAGAGCGACUGGUCUGAGAUCUCUCUGCCAGUCAUUCCCAAGUCUGAACAGGCUCCUCGUGCUCCUGCAUUCAGAGAGGAGAUCAGAGACAUGACUGUCAAAUACCAUAGCAAUGCCACCUUUGUCACCAAGGUUGUGGGCCAUCCAAAGCCUGUUGUCAAAUGGUAUCGCAGUGGCAAGGAGAUCCUCGCAGAUGGAACAAAAAUAAAAGUCCUUGAGUUCAAGGGUGGCUACUAUCAGCUGGUCAUCACUGCUGCUGAUGAGAACGAUGCCUCAGUGUACCAAGUUCGAGCAACUAACCCGUCAGGAUCUAUCUCUACAACAGCCAACCUGGAGGUGGAAGUUCCUGCAAAAAUACAUCUGCCUAAAGAACUCCAGGGAAUGGGAGCUGUACAAGCUGUGCGUGGUGAUCACGUCACCAUCAAGAUCCCCAUCACAGGAAAGCCUGAGCCAGCGGUCACUUGGCAGAAGGGUCCGGAGGUUCUCUCAAGCUCUGCUUAUCAUCAAGUUAUCACCACACGAUCCUUCACCUCCCUGGUGUUCCUGAAGGGAGUACAGAGGAAAGAUACUGGCUAUUAUGCCAUUACUGCAAAGAACAGAUUCGGAUCAGACAAGCAAACUAUUGAGGUGAAUGUGGCUGACAUCCCUGAUCCUCCAAAGGGACUUGUGGUCAGUGACAUUGCACGGGAUUCUAUCACGCUGACCUGGGAGCCCCCUGCCAGUGAUGGUGGCAGUGAGAUUAUUAACUACAUUGUGGAGAAGUGCCCAACCACUGCUGAUAGGUGGAUUCGUGCUGGUCAUACAACAGACUGCAGUAUCAACAUCAUCAACAUAUUUGGAAAGACCAAAUAUCAGUUCCGCGUUAUUGCAGAGAACCAGUUUGGUGUCAGCCUUCCAUGUCCUCCAACUGAGCCCAUUACCACCAAGGAAGACAAAUCUGUGAUCAGGAACUAUGACGAGGAAGUGGAUGAAGACAGAGAGCUCACCAAGGAGGAAGCUGUGUUCUAUAAGGUGAAGGAACUGUCUUCCAAAUACAUCAUCUCAGAGGAGCUUGCUCGUUCCCAGUUUGGAGUGGUCCACCGCUGUGUGGAGAUUGCCACUAAGAAGACUUUCAUGGCCAAGUUCAUCAAAGUGAAAGGAACUGAUCGUGAGUUAGUCCUCAGGGAAAUAGAGGCUCUUAAUGUUGCAAGACAUAAGAAUAUCAUCUACCUUCACGAAUACUUUGAAAGCAUGGAGGAGAUUAUCCUGAUCUUUGAAUUCAUCUCUGGAGUUGAUAUCUUUGAGCGGCUUGGUACCAGCAACUUUGAGCUCACGGAACAGGAGAUUGUCCGCUACCUGAGACAGGUUUGCUCUGCUGUCAAGUUCUUACACAGCCAAAACUUUGGCCACUUUGACAUCCGCCCAGAUAACAUUGUUUACGCCACAAGGAGAAGUCUCAACAUAAAAAUUAUUGAAAUGGGACAGUCUCGACUGUUGGUUCCUGGAGAAAACAUCAGAAUGCUGUUUUCAGCUCCAGAGUAUUAUGCCCCAGAGGUUCACCGCCAUGAUCUGGUCACCACAGCCACUGAUAUGUGGUCUAUUGGUGUUUUGGCAUAUGUUCUACUCAGUGGCCUUAAUCCAUUUGCCGCAGAGUCUAUGACAAAGAUGAUUGAGAACAUCUCAAACUGUGAGUACGUUUUUGACAGGGAAGCAUUCAAGGACAUCAGCUUAGAGGCAAUGGACUUUAUAGAUAGACUUUUAGUCAAGGACAGGAAGCUCCGUAUGACUGCUCAUGAAGCUCUAGAACAUCCAUGGCUCAAGAUGAAGAUUGAGCAUGUCAGCAACAAGGUCAUCAGGACACUGAGACACAGAAGAUACUAUCAGUCACUAGUAAAGAAGACUGAUACCAUAGUUUCAGCAGCUCGUGUGGCAUUCGGAGGUGCCUUCAGAAACCAGCGAGGUCUGGAAGUUGGUAAAGUUAAGAUUGGAACUGAGUACCAUGGCUUGCGUGCUGGGCCUGUCAUGCAUGCCUCAGCUGAGGAAGGUGGCCAUAUCAGAUUUACCUGUAGUAUUGUGAACUUUGGCAAGAGCACUCAGGUAUCAUGGUACUUAGGUAACCGUCAGUUACAUCCAAGCCCCAAGUAUGAGAUUUCCUACAGCAACGGCUUUGCCAGUAUUUACGUGAAGGACAUUGAAGAGUCUGAUGAUGGUGUCUACAGAUGCAAAGUGGUGAGUGAUGAUGGAGAGGACAGUGCCUAUGGAGAACUCUUUGUAGAAACUGUGAGGAGCAUCAGAGAGCACUAUAUGAGCCGCACCAUCAGGAAGCUGAAAAGGAGGGUUGACAAAACUAAACUUCUCCAGAGACCACCUGAGUUCACUUUGCCACUCUACAACCGCACAGCAUAUAUUGGUGAGGAUGUGCGCUUUGGUGUCACUAUCACUGUGCACCCAGAGCCACAUGUAACCUGGCUUAAAAAUGGAGAACAAAUCAAAGAGGAUGACAGCAAGUACACAUUCACAAGUGAUAAGGGCCUGUAUCAACUCAUGAUUCACAACCUUGACAUUGGUGAUGAUGCUGAAUACACAGUCAUGGCCCACAACAGGUUUGGAGAAGACAGUUGCAAGGCUCGUCUCACUGUGAUACCUCAUCCUGUGCUGGAGGAUACAAUGAGGCCCAUGUUCAAACGUCUACUGGCUAAUGUUGAGUGCACAGAGGGAGACAGUGUCCGCUUUGAACUCAGGGUGUCAGGAGUUCCCACUCCUUCUCUUAAAUGGGAAAAAGACGGCCUUCCUCUACAGUUUGGUCCCAAAGUUGUUGUCAUAGAACAGGACAUUGAUUAUCACAUUCUUCACAUCAGGGAGACUCUACUUGAGGAUGAUGGAGUGUACAAAGUCACAGCAACCAACUCUGCUGGCUCUGCAAGCUGCCAGGCCACUCUGAAAGUGGACCGUCUCACUUACACCAGAAGAGAGUACAAGAGCGAAGAGGAGAAACUCAGACAUGUACAAAAACAAAUAGAGAAGACCAACAAAAUGGCUCAGCACAUUGCAGCUACAGAGGAACUUGUACCUCUAAACCCAACAGCACAGGAGGCCCUCAAAUUUGCUGCAGAGAUCUACAAACCCGCAGUAAGUACCAAGAACAUUGAAGGCGAAUUUGACAUCACAGAGGAGAAGACAGAGACCAAGAAGCUAGAGGAAGAGAGAAGGAUUUUCAUGCCCUAUGAAAUUCCUGAGCCUGUAGUUCAUGAUCCUAAAGCUCUGGAUGAAGACAAAGCCAUUAAGCAGUUUGUACCUCUGUCUGACAUGAAGUGGUAUCGCAAGAUACGAGAUCAGUAUGAGGUAUCAGAGAGAACAGAAAGGAUUGUGCAAAAGAGGCAGAGACGUAUUCGUCUGUCCAGGUGGGAGCAGUUCUACGUGAUGCCUCUCCCCAGAAUCACUGACCAAUACAGACCAAGAUGGCGCAUUCCCAAAUUGACAAUGGAUGAUCUUGAGACUGUUAGACCUGCCCGACGUUCACCAUCUCCUGAGUCUGAAGUCUCCUUUAGAUCCAGAAGGAGGUCUCUUGGAGAUCUCAGUGAUGAAGAGCUGCUGAUGCCUGUGGAUGACUACCUGACAAGGAAGAGAGCUGAGGAGGAGACAAUGAUGCUGGAAGAUGAACUUGAGCUCGGCUUUUCUGCCUCUCCUCCUGGUAGCCCCAUCCGAGUUCAACGACGCGUCGUUGAACAUGAGGAAAGGAGGCAGGGAGUCAGACAUGAGGCUGCUGAGAUUUCAGAGACAAAGAAGAAACGUACUAUUUCUCAGUACACGAGAAGGAGAAGGUCACUGUCUCCUACCUACAUUGAGCUGAUGCGACCAGUCUCAGAGCUAAUUCGACCACCGCAUGCUAGACCUGUGGAAACAGAGGGAGAAAUUGUGGGGAGGAGAUCCCCUACUCCAGAGAGGACCCGUCCUCGUUCUCCCAGUCCUAUUAGAUCAGUGGAGAGGUCUUCCCGCUCCUCCUCUAGGUUUGAGCGGUCAGCACGCUUUGACAUCAUGUCCCGUUAUGAAGCCAGGAAAGCUGCUCUGAAGUCUGAGAGGAAAUACCAGGUUGUGAGUCAAGCACCUUUCAGCCUUGAUCAUGCUCCUCGUGUAACUGUCAGGAUGCGCUCUCAUCGCAUUCCAACUGGUCAGGACACAAAAUUCACCCUGAACAUCCAAGCAAAACCAGAGGCUGAAAUUGCAUGGUUCCACAAUGGAGCGGAAAUCUCUGAACAUAGUGAGAAAUACAUAUUCACAAACAUGAGUGGCGUUCUGACCAUCACUAUCCUGGACUGCCAAGAAGAAGACAGCGGCACAUACCGCUGUGUGUGCUCCAAUUCAAAGGGUGAGGCAUCUGACUACGCCACCCUGGAGGUAUCAGGAGGUGGAUACACUACAUUCUCCUCCCGCCGCAAGGAUGAGGAAGCUCCUAAAGCUUUUGUCCCUGAAGUCACACGUAUUGAUCACUAUCACACCACGCACUUUAAAUCUGGCUAUACCUCGCAAACCUACCUGGAGGUGGAAGAGAGCAAGUCAAAGCUAACAGAAACACGUGAGGUUAUCACACGGGAAAGAAUUGGUGCCUCGGCCGAGAGAUUCUCUUCUGGUGAGCGAUUCUCCUCUGCUGAGAGGUAUGACUCAUCUAUCAAGUAUGCCUCCACUGAAUAUCUUUCUUCUAGUUCCUCAUAUUCUUCAGAGAAGUUUUCUUUAACUGGAAAGCAUGCAACAUCUGAAGAUAAACUGAAAACAUCCUCUACUGAUUCUGCUCUUGAGCAACUUUCGGUUCCCAAGGAGAAACCUUCUCUUCCUGCCAAAAUCCUCACCAAGCCACAGUCUGUGACUGUUGCAGAGGGAGAGACAGCCCGGUUCUCUUGUGACAUCGAUGGGGAGCCUGCACCAACUGUGACAUGGAUACACGAGAGCAAAACAAUUGUAUCAUCUCUUCGUAUCCAUGUCACCACAACUCAGUACAAGUCCAGCCUAGAGAUUUCAUCCGUGACGACAUCUGAUGAGGGCAGUUAUACUGUGGUCGUGGAGAACUCAGCAGGUAGACAGGAGGCUCAUUUCACCUUGACAAUCCGCAGGCCACCUCCAAAGGAGGAAACCAAAACUGUCAAAACUACUGAGCCACCUGUGAAGCCACCAGCACCCAGUGUGAAGUCACCUGAGCCCUCAGCGGCAUCCCCUGCUCCUUCCUCAGCACCUAGUAUAAAGUCACCAGAACCAAGUGUAAAGUCACCAGCUCCUGCACCUGAAGUUAAGUCACCCACACCAAGUGUAAAGUCUCCUGAACCAGAGGAAGCAAAAUCAGCUAAGAGCAUCAAAUCUCCAGAACCAUCAGCACCCUCUCCAGCACGCAGCUUAAAAUCACCAACUCCUGGUGUAAAAUCGCCUGAACCGGAAGGAAUCAAGUCACCACGUGGGCUAAAAUCUCCAGAACCCAGACUGAAGUCACCACCACCAGUCAAAACUCCUGGAGGUGUGAAGUCACCAGAACCUGAAGAGCCAAAAUCUCCCCGUGGUGUUAAAUCACCAGAGCCUGCAGGUAUUAAAACACCAAGAGGUCUCAAGUCACCAGAACCCGCAGGAAUCAAAACACCAAGAGGCAUCAAGUCUCCAGAACCUCCAGGUAUCAAAUCUCCAAGGGGAUUGAAGUCACCUGAGCCUGAGGGAAUCAAAUCACCUCCAAGGGUAAAAUCACCUCCUCCAAUUAUGUCCCCCAAGAGGGUUGUGUCUCCUCCCACUGUGAAAUCCCCAACCCCUAAACCUCCCAAAGUCCUCAGCCAACUAACAGCUGAGGCCUGUGAAGGUUCAGUCAAGAUGUCCUGCGUCUGUGAAAGCAGCGUCAGGGAGGUGGUGUGGUACGUUAGCGGCAGGAGGCUUUCACAGAGCAGCCGCUUUGAGAUGCACUACUCUGAAGGAUCCUGCAGUCUUCUGAUUCAUGAGCUGGCAGAAAGUGACCAGGGAGAGUACACCUGUGAGAUGAUUUCAGAUGGAGGAGUGUCCAAAUCCUCCUUCUCCUUCAGUGGUCAGGUGUUUCAGUCCAUAUACAAGAAAGUCACAGCUUACCGAGAGCAGCAAGUGGCGCUUAAAGGGUCAAUGAUGGUGAGUCACCAGGAGUCAUCAAAGGCCUCGUCCAUGAUGACAAAGAAAGAAGUCCACAUGAUGGAGGAGUCUUCGGCCUUUUCCUCCUCUGCCCACCAGACAAUGAUGUCAUCCAUGAUGGAGUCCAGCUCCUUCAGCAGCAUGGCAGCUGAGAUGAAGUUUGAGACCAUGUCAAUGUCCAGCAUGUCCUCCAUGGCAUCUGAGACAUACGCCAUGAGCUCCAGCAGUCUCACAGAUAUGACAUCCCACAUGGAGGGAACCUCAAUGAGAGCAAUCGGUUCUGCUCCGAGAAUCGAAGCUUUGCCAGAGGACAUCAGCAUCGAACCUGGCAAAGUCCUGACGGUUGCUUGUGCGUUCUCCGGCGACACCAAGCACAUAGAGUGGUCCCGCUCAGGCAAGACGAUCGACGUGUCCACGGGUGGACGAUUCCACAUCGAGACCACGGAGGACCUCACCACCCUCAUCAUCACAGGGGUGAAGGAGGAGGACGGCGGCGCCUACACCCUCAGACUGUCCAAUGAGCUCGGAUCGGACUCAGCAACCGUUCACAUCAGCAUUCGAUCUGUGUAAAAAAAAAAAAAUCUGAUAUUUCAAAUGUCCCCUUUUCCCUUCUUUCAUGACUUUUUAUUUAUUGAUGAAACACAGUAGUCUACUUGAUAAGGAGCUGGAAUAUUCUUGUAAAUAGGAACUAUUUUUGUACCAAACCUGACGUUAAUUUUUGCCAAACUAGACUAAAGUCUAAAGUUGUAAAAUGUGCCAUAUUGGAUAACUAUGACUUAGGAUGUUUGAUCCAUUUUUCUUUGACAUGUACAUAAUGUAUAUAGCCGAGUUUACCGGUUAUGGGAAAUGUAUGCAUUGUUAUUUAUGACAAUAAUAUUAACUGAAACUUAAAGAAACUAAAUAUAGUUUAACAGGAGAAAGUUUCCGUUGGAACGAAUACCCUGCUAAACUGGGAAACUAAACUCUGUGCCUCAACGAUAAGUUGAAGUCUUUAAGUUUGCCUCAACAGGUAGAGAGGCUCCCUGUUGAUGUUAUGAACCGGAGACAAAACUUUGAGCGCGUCGCUGCGAAGGGAGCGGCGCUUUAGUUUGUAACAGGAGCAUGAGAUCCUGAGUGCUGUUUGCAUCUACCCUCAUGCAAGCAGGACGACUGGACCUCGUGCGCCGACUGAUUAUGUCAUACUGCCAUUUCUAUGACAGGCUCACAGUGCGAGCGGCCUGCACUGCUUGAGCCCAAAGUGUUUCUUUUUUUUGUUUUGUGCUCUACUUCUGGAAAACGACCGUCAACUCAGAGUCUUCCGUUGUUCCAUCAACCUGGCCAGAGUCCUGCUGGCGCUCGUUUUCAGAGGCAGAGCUGCGCCUCGGAGGUCUGCAGUGUGCUUGUGUGUUAGUUUGUAGAAGUUCACCUGUCGGUCCACAGGGUGGCGCCAAUGAGACCAGCAGCCACAAACAACAGCGAAUGCACACCUGUCCUUUGGUGUCAUUCUGCACUUUAUUGGAUUGAAGUUAGCUGUAGAUUUCAGUGUUUUUUUUGCAGCCUCCUCGAGUUUUUCUGCAAUUAUUGAUUUAAUAAAGCAUGAUCAUCAGCACUA